AUGUCUAGACCAACUACUCCCAUUCACGGCAGACCAAGGUCUCGCUCUGGGACUCGAAGCCCAUCGAACGUUGCCGACAGAGCCGUGUGUAAAAUUGCUGGUAAGCGCGCUCUUUUGCAUAAUUUCAUCAUUAUUUUAAGAAGUUGGUUACCUUGUAUCAUAUACUUGUUUACUUUGCGUUGACGUGCAGAGAUCUCGAGAAGUAGAGUUUCAUUUAGAACUGAUUGACCUUGUGCUUGGCUAACUGUCUGCUUGUUAUGUUUUUGUGGAAAUUUCUCUCCUGUUCAACAAUGGGAAAGCUAAAUUGGUAUAUUACCAUGUCUUCAAUUAACGAUCGAAGCAGCGCUAAAGUACCUGUUUCGAAUUAACUUUCUGGCAGCUAUACUUAAAAUUUGCCAACAGUUGUGCUAGCGGAAUAAUUUGACGUUUAACCAGUUACAUAAAGCUAAAGAUAGGACAAGGUACAGAGCUGUCUGUCAAUUGCUUUAUUUGUCUUUGUUCGAGGAUACAAAUAGAAAUAGUUCUGGCUAUUUUCCUUUAACAAAUGCACGGUCAGCCGAGUUCUCGAAUUGUAUCAUUAUUUCACAGUCAGUGAGCACAUGAUUUCCAGUCGCAGUUGCGAGACAUGCAUUGUUUUUAUUUUAUUGUUAGUUAGAAAGCUUAUUUUCUUUGAUAUUAAAAUAUUAACACUGAAAAACAAAAACAAACUUGCGCAGUCGGCUAAAGUAUUUAUCCAAAUCAGGUGAAAGUUGUUGGAAGAAAAGACACGGGUAAAUUACAAGAUUAAUACACGUAGAAAAGUCCUUCGCCACUUUCCCAUCCGGCCCAACAUUUGCAUAAAAUUAAGAAUUUAUUGGGCUGUACUACAUCUUAUCAGAGAGGAGGUCACAUCAGACAAUGUUUGUCCCCACACCCCAAGAAUCGCUCUCAUAUUUCACAAAAUUAUAUUGGACUUCCAGUUGGCAUAAAUGCAAGAAGUGACAGGACACGACUGUGAAAACUUUUAAUCGCAUCACGCAUUCAUCUCAGCCAUUAUUAAAGACGAGGCGUGCAGGCUUCAUUUUGAUAAUAUAUUUUGAGAAGGCGGAAUUUUAAAGAUAACAUAGGUCUUGCAUGAAAAUUAUCAGCAUUCUUGCUCAUCGGAGAACCGUCCAGUACAAAUGGUUACUUCGGUGCUGUGGUAGAGCUCGCAUCUUGCCUUUCUUGCCCAGUGUAAAUGUCAUCAAUCGCUCUGUGACCAAAAUUUGACGAUCGAGAAACGAGUUUGACUGUGAAAUGACUUCGAGUGAAGCAGCGAGUCUCUUGGGAGUAAUCGUACUUGUCUAGGUUAAUGAAUAGGGCCUAAAGAUUGGAGACAACAGAUUUUUUAAAAUGGCGGACCACGAGUUGGAAGAAUUGGAUGAGGAAGACGACAAUGUUUAUGAGUUAAUGAUCGAGUUAAGGCGGAGCGAGCCAGGUAAUUAAACCACACCAUGUGUUUUGCUACUGAAGAAGAAAGUGUUCGUGCAAAAUCUUGGCUUCUUGUUUUAGUAGCCUUGUGAAUAUUUUAUGUACUCGACUUAGUAAAGUGGUCGAUUUAACACUUAAACUACCUUCCUUAUCGGUCGAGAAGCUUUGCUUCGCUGAAGUUGACCAAUAUAACGACAGAAAGUGAAAGCGAAUUCUUUAGAGUUUCUCUUCCAUCAUUGCUACACUGCGGUGUUCGGGCAGGUAUAUUUAUGCAGUAAAUUAGUCCGUGUUAAUUACUGUUUUCAUUCAAAGAUAACAACUCGGAUGGAUAGUUAGUUUUAUUAAAACUUCAUUGUAAGCUUACCACUAAGAAUCAGCGCUAACCUUUGCUUCAUUUCGUCUAUGUUACAGAUCACAGAGAUGCAGUUCAGAAGAAAACUUUCACAAAGUGGGUUAACAAUCAUCUUCAGAAAGUAAGCUUGUCAAUUUCAUUCGUUCUCGAUUGCGGUUCAACUGUGUGUUUAGUUACUACUAAUAAUAGAACAUAAGCCUUAUCUGUAAGAUAUAGGUUACGAAAUUUAAUGUGCGGUUUCAUUAAUUUUUUUUUGUCAUUUGAAUACAUGGUGCAAAGUUUUUCCUCUGCUGUCCCUAAGUUAAAUUACGGAUUUCCGUUCUCAUCGAUCAUUAGAGGCCUAUUGCAUCUAAUGAUUGCUUGAGUCCGUAGUUUGUAUUGGAAUUCACUUUACAGUGCAAUGGUUAUAAAGUAGAAGGUGUGCUCAAGAGGAUUAAGUUAAUUUAAUUCUCUUGCCUUCUCGGGUGAGCUGAGAAGAUACAUUACCUCAAAGGGUCUUAAGAGACCAUCAUGUCUGGAUAGGAAAAUUUUGCCGACUUUUUACAAUUUUACAUUAAAAUUUAAAUGUUUAUCUUUUACAAGGUGUACGUGUAUCUCAGUUAGCUAAUAAAAAAAAUUGAAAUGGUUUAGAAUUCAUAAAAGGAUAAUGGUUAGCAUUUAGUGACUAAACAGGAACUAGAGGUAUGACCUUUUGUUUUAAAAGGGAGUUCCCUUUGAUAUUUUUUUCAUCAGGCAUGCAAUUCAAUUUUUUUUUCAGUUUGAAUAAGUUAGUUUCAGGCUGGCCAUAUAACGAUGCCAAGUUUACACAGUGUGUUUUUACCCUUCUAUCUCUCAAACAGAACAGCUUUAACUGAGAGAUUACAUUCUGAAGUGAUAAUCACAUUAACAAAACUACUAAGCUCUAUCAUAGGCCGCAUGUCCAAAAGGCAGUUUAUUCAUUUCUAGGAUAAGAUUUUAAAAAGUUGGUUUUUAUUUUUUUUUCAAAAACAGUUUAUAAGGGCUAAAGAUUUGUAUGAUUUAUAAACUGUAAGGUAAAACACUGAGAAUUUAUCUUAACACCAGCUUCUACAAAGCUUUACAACCUGCAAGAAAAAUGAUAUACAAACCUGGAGCUUAUUCCUAAGGUUAUCCCUUGAAACUCCCAAGUUCUGAAUGUCAAGCUUGUAAAUUAGUUACAAAAAUUUGUUGUUAGAUCGAGAUAACAACCUCUAUGGGAUAAGUCUGAAAAUUCUCAUCACCAGUUUACUGGAUAAUGUAUUGAUGUUAUAAAGAGAGGUUACAAGCUAAUCAUUUCAUGAUCAGGGAGUUAAAAAGGUGAAUCAUCCUUCAGAGCAAACUAAUUGUAAGCCAUGCCUCUUUAACUUGAUGUGAUUUAUACAGUUUUAGGAGCUUGUUCAGGACGUUUGCUUAUAUUUAAAUAAUGCUAUAAUUGGUCAUUGAAAGAUUAGGAAUGAGUAGGAUCUGAAUAAAAUCAGACUGAUGAGGAUAACCACUUUCAUAAGCUUUUGCUUACAGCAUAUAAAUCAGUAGACUCACUCAGAUGCAAUAGGCAUUUUUGACUCCCAAAAUGGAAAAAAGAUUGCUAGAGAAACACAUUUUUAUUAGGCUUGUUUUUAGAGAAUAAUGUAUUUUGACAUGUUUAUUACAGAUUGAAUUUGUUUUACCAAUUUCACAGUGUUAAAUUAAUUUUAGUAUUUUAUUAUCCGUAUAAUAUGUAUUUUUUUGGGAUUAGAACUUUAUAAGUAAUAUUAUAUAUCUGUAAAUAUGCAAUUUAGCCCUCUUGCUGCCUAUUUAUAAAUUACCUGUCCAUUAUCCACUAAGUAAGACUCUUUUUGACAAGAUAACUUGAUAACUGUUGCCUUUGUUAACUUGAAUCUUGCCCUAACCUGCUGAAAUGGUUUCCUUCUCAGGUUAAUGUACGAAUUUUGGAUCUAUAUGAGGAACUAAGAGAUGGAACCAAUCUGUUAUUACUGCUAGAGCUUCUUUGUAAGAUCAACUUGGUAAGUAUAUUUGUAAAAAGUUGUGGUUUGAGAAAAUGUAUGUAGUAGACCUUGGAUAGACUAGAUUUCUGUAUUUCAGUACUGGCUAAGUUUGGUGUUUGAUGUUUUGGGAAUACUGCACUAAUGUGUGAUAUAAAAUUACCUAGAUACUAUGAGUGUCCUGUUUGGUCCAAAACCUAUCAUUUAUUGCACAAGUUAACAACACUUUCUGUUGGUAUAAUGCUGCAAUCAACUGUGUGGGAUGUGGGGAGAAUGAAGGAGAAGUUUGUAAAUCACCAGCCCUGGAAACAAAUAGUAACUGAAAUAACAUUUUGAAUUUCUUUGUGGCUAAUGUAGUAGCCCAUAUGCUUAGCAAGCUAAACUGAUGUUGGAAAGGUCUGGUUAGGGAUAGUGCACGACUUUUACGGAGUCAUCUUUCACAGGAAAGUGUAACUAAGUUUCGGAAAAUUGUCCAGGAAACUUUAUCUAAUGCAGUUGUAACCAUUAUUGACUAAAUGUAGCAUGGCAUCCAGAUGAAUUGAUAAUAAUCUUGGUUACUUCAUAUUAUUUAAGUGAGGAUGAACUCUGGCAGAUAUGGGAGUUAGUUUCGCAUAUUUGUAGUUGUUACCAUCUCUCUGCAACUGUACAUGUUUUUGUCUUGUAAUGUUUAUGUGGGAUUUCUUCCUUUCCUAAACUGCAAGUUUUACAUGAGUGUAAGCUUAAUGUUUUUUGUAAUGAGAUGAUCUUUCGUAAUUUUCUUGUUAUUUUUUGUGAUAUUUACUAUUUAGCCAAGAGAAAGAGGACAGUUAAGAUUUCACAGACUUCAGAAUGUUCAGACUGCUUUAGAAUUUCUUCAGUCACAGCAGGUAUCUUAAGUUUCAAUCAUAUACUGUAGAAAUUAAAAACCAUGGGACACUCAAGGGGUGUAUUUGGUAGAGAAAUGUUAGGAUCUGUCUUGUACUGAACUGAAUUACCUAUUUAAAGCACAUGAAAUGAUAAAUUAUAUUUAUAGGUCUUGAGGAUGAUUUUCUCCCUGUAAAUCAGCCUAUGUAUUCUUAAAACAAGAUGUGUGUUUGUUCAACUACAUUGCAUGGAUCUGCAUCUGCCUGCUUAGUUUGAAACUGAGCUCCAGCUAAACCACAGUUUUCUUGAACACCUCAAUCUUUCCUGCAAGUUUCCUAACCCUUUGAUCCUGAAGAGUAGCAAGAAUCUAUUGUAGGUUCUCUUUAUAAUAUCACCCCUGAAUCACACAUCAAGUUCAUUAGAAUAAAGGGAAUGAUCUCCGGAAAAAAGAAGCUUGUGAUAGUUAAACAAAUUCUCCUUGUCAGAACCUCAGGAAAUUGAUAGAGAACAGCAUAGAGAAUAUGCAUACUGAUGUUAGGGAGUAACAGAUUUGAAAGAUUUCUUUACCCAAUGUUACCCCUCAUGUAGACAUUGUCAUACAAAGCCUAAGCUAAUGAGUAUUUUGUUUCAGGUGAAACUGGUGAACAUCCGGAGUGAGGACAUAGUGGAUGGUAAUCCCAAGCUUACCCUGGGUCUGAUAUGGACAAUUAUCUUACACUACCAGGUCAGACAAUAAACCAUGUAUUUAUUUUAUGUCUGUUAAUUCUUUAAUAGGUAAAUAAAUUUGAAUAAUUCUGACUAGUUUCAAAAUAAAACUGUUCUACUGCCUCUUGAAAAAGUAAGCUUCCCUUACUUUGUUGAUAACUUGUAUGAUUCUUUUGAACAUCUUUGCAGAAAAAUUAUAUUUUAGUCCAGUUCCAGACUAAAUGCAUGUAUGUCCAUGUUUCUUUACAAUUAUUGUUAUGUAAUGGUAUAAUUACAGAUUUCAGAGGUGGAAGUUGUGGGAAAACAGGAGCAGAUGACUGCUAAAGAUGCUCUUCUUCUGUGGGCAAAGAAAGUAACUCAGGGGUAAGUGCUGAGAUGAUAAGAGCAAUUUGCAAUUAAGUGUCCAAAGUGGGAUUUCACAGACUGAUUUGGCUUUACUAUGCUCCAUUAUUGUUCCUUAAAACAUUAAUUUCUUUUCCAACUAGUUAGUUAUCAUGAGCUGAAAAAGAGCAACUGCCAUUCAGUUUCCAUUGUUAUUCUGUGCAUCAUACAAAUUGCUUGCUUUUACUUAACCCUUUAACUCCCAGAAGUGAUUAACAUGUAGCUUUCCCUUAAAAAAUUUUCUCUGAUGCUGAGCUUAACAUGCUGCCAAGAGGCAAAGUGAAAACAACAUAUUGUGUUUCUUUCUGUUUUCAGUUAUCCUUCAGUUGAUGUUGGAAACUUUACAACUUCAUGGAGAGAUGGGCUGGCUUUCAAUGCAAUUAUUCACAGAUACAGGUAUCUUAAAUGUUUUAAUUUGUGUAACAAAGAGGGUUUAGUUUGAUUUUUGUCAGGCACAUAAAUUUCAGUCAAAUGUGAUAUGUGAAUUUAUGGUCUUUAAUAGAAAUAUCAUGGAAUUGUGAUUGUUUUUUCCAACAACAGGCCAGAUCUUGUAGACUUCUCCAAGUUGAAUAAAGCAAGCCCUGAUCAAAACCUGGAGUAUUCAUUUCAUGUGGCUGAGAAAGAACUUGGUGUUCCAAGACUCUUAGAUGUGGAAGGUAAAAUAAAUCACUAAAUGUACAGGUUCAAUUUGCUAUCAGGAAGGUCAACCACUCAGAAUUGUUGUUAAGCACCAGUUGCUGGAGAAGUUUGCAGGAUGAAUUGGUGGCAAUUGCUGGUUGGAUUUGUGGGAAUGAAAGCUCUGGGCUUGAGUUCUGGCUAGAGCAUUGUGAUCUGAACUUUCCUUGUGUUCUUCUCAGUUUAGUUGUUUAAAACUAAAUCAUCACUAAUUCAGGGUAAGCUGCAUAGUGCCGCACAUAACUUUGGGUAAGUGAUAACAAUGCUCUGAUCACCUUAGCUCAGGAGUAUAAAGAGAUAACAGAGAACUGCCGGUAAAUCCUGAUAAGAUGCUGGAAGAUAGUUAGAUUGAGCUAUUGUCUUCACUUGUCCAUCCACAUGAAUUGUGUCAAAUUGUCAGAAUGGAUUGUGGUAACUAGCAAAUGGGUAUUUUCCUGGGCAAGGGAAAAAACUUAACUUAAACUUUUACAUUAAAUAUUGCACACAAUAUGGAUAUGAAUGCAUUGUAAGUGAAUUUCUGUAAAUAAAUAAAUAAAUGAUGACUGUGAUGCAUGACUGUGAACCUGUUAUGAUUUCUGUUCCAGAUCUCGCAAAUACCGAACAACCAGAUGAAAAAUCUAUCAUGACAUAUGUAUCUUCCUUGUAUGAAGUAUUUCCAAAAGAGCCAACAGUGCAAGAGUCAUUGCAGGAUAAUGUAAGCAUCCUUGUACAUGUAAUGUCGAGUUCUCUCUCAAUUUCUUAUUAAUUUUUUUUAUGGAUUUGAAACCGAAAAAAUGAAUGAAGCUGGCCAGUUAAGUAUUUUUUGCUUUAAUCUAUUCUUUAUUUGAGUCAAAUUUUGAUUCCUGUGAUUUAUCUAUAUUCAGGAAAAGCUUUUCAAGUUUGAAGAAUAUUGUAACCUGGCAAAAGCUCUAGUUGUGGAAAUCAACAAAGUGGAGCAAAAAAUGGAGAAACAGAGAUUCCCAAAGACUAUCCAUGGAAUAAAGGUUUGGAGGAAAAGUUAAUUUGUGCAUUUACUAUCAACUAAGCAUCUUUUCUUUGAUUUACAACCAUUUAUGUUAGGGGAAAAAACUAAAUAAUAACACAAAGGAAAUAGAGGGGAACAAAACUCAGCAUUUGUACGUUUUUGUUCAUGACUUUUACUGAAGAGACUUUUCUUUUGUUAUGGUGUGCAGCAAAGUAGUAGGAGUUGAGGAGAAUGAAGUGUUUCUCUCCAGAUUUUGCCUAGACAAAAUGUUUAAAUUCACGUUCAUUGAGUUAAAAUGUCUGCCAGACUGACUACAAUUCCUCUUGCUCUGUGGCUUUACCUCUGUAGUACAAUAUUGACACCCUUCAACUUAAGAAUCCUGUUAUUCCAAACUUCCUAGAUUUUUCCCUUGAUAUAGAGCAAGCCACGAGAGGCUUACACCUGCUACAACCGGUGACAAAAAUUGUGUGAACAUUAAUUUCCUAAAGCGUCCCUAAAGUUGAAUGGUACAGUUAACAAAAUGCGUAAAGUUGUUAGUUGUUUUCGCAAGGAUAGAGUUGUGUAAAGGGGGGAAGGGAUACGGGUAUGAUUAUGAAAAGUGUCCAAGGAAAUUAUCAGUAAUUGAUCCAAAUUUUGAUUUACAAAUUAGAUGGAUUUAUGUAUUCUGCAGCACCUCUGAUUGAAAUAAUCCUUUGAAAAUGAACACAUCUUGGAUUUAUUCUUUAACUUUUAGGAGCUCAUUGUUGAGUAUAACCGCUACCGUAUAAGUGAAUUUCCUGAGAUGGAAGCCUCAAGACAUUCCUUAAAAAUGGUGUUUCGUGAACUACAGGUACAGUUAAAUGUGUUUCUGAAUUUUUAUGGAGAGUAGUUCUUUCUGUAAAGAUUGGAUUAGAUUACAGGCAAUCCCCAUCGUAGAGCGUUGUCAGUCACACAAAUCAAAACAGGUAAUGAAAAAGUAAAGUCAGUACCAAACUUCCGUGGGCGCCUCACUCCCAGAGUUUGCACAGUUUCUAUCACCAGGAAGUAAUUUAUGUCAUUGGCAGAGUUUUCACAGGUUCUAUCACCAAGAAGUAAUUUGUCUCCUUACGAUAUCAACAUGUUGUCAACCACAAAGAUGCGGAGAAGAAAGACAGAGCCACAUUGUUUCAUGUGGCUUUAAAAUUCUGACAGCUAGAAUCAUAGGAGUAUAUGGCAAACAUUACGGAGAAUCUUAGAAAGAUGAAAAUAGCAUGCAGCUUGAAAGAAACUCAGACAAUUUUAACUAAAGCAAGGGAAAAAUCUGGAAUCUUCUUGGGAAGGAAAGUGACCUCGAGCUUGUCUUGGACUUUGACAAAUUGGCAAGAAUUCUUCUUUCUUUUAUAGUAACCUUUUUUUUAUAAGAACGUUUAGGCUGAGAUUAACUAAAAUUUUAAGAACGUACGAAGAACAUACUCGGACUGAGAGUCAGAGAGAGUCACUUCGCUCGUUUUUUUUUUUUUUUUUCUGAGAAGUGUAAAUAAUGGUAAAAGAAAUGUAAAACUAUGGUCUAGCAGGACAAUUAUCUCACGUCAGAGUUAAUUCAUUGGAAUACUGUACCACAUAACUAUAAGAACAUUUUAAGAACGUUUCCUGGCGUCAAUCGCGAGACGAAAUAAGGGCGUUCGGCUUCUACCUCAAAAUGAGAUCGCGACGUUCUUUUAAAAAAAAAAAAGUUUACGUGAGAAAGUUGUUUACCUGCUGCUAAAAUCUGCUGGCCUCAAACUAAGAUAGUUUUGAGCUUUAAAAUUAUGAAAACUUGCAAUAAGCCAACUAAAGAGCUAAGUAACUUUUGUUCUAUAUCUUCCAGGCACUGUAUGGCCCUAUGGCAACCUGGUUGGAGUUUCCUUAUGAAUGUAGUCCCAGGGAAUUAGAAGUGGUAAGAAAUGUUUAUUUUGUAACGUUAACUGAUAGAGAUUUCUCUGCUGCUUACAGAGAUUACAUGCGAUAUGAUUCUCAGCGGUUAAUAACGCAACUUGUGCAUUGAAAAGCCCUUGAAUCGUAACUAGUUGAAUUCGCCUUCCUAUAAGAAAUAUUUAGAGUCAAGCCGCGCUGAAUGGCGGGUAAAACUACAGGGAAAUGCCUUGAGACAGCUCAUGCUAUUUCGGAAUCGUGUACACUUCAUCUGGUUCUAAACUAACAUUUUUAUUGUUCUAUUUUCUUCCAACGAAUUAAUUGGACGAGUUCAAUGACAAAGUUGUCUUCUGUUGUUCCGGAAUGUUUGCAUUUUUACGAUAUUUCGACCAUUCAGUAUGUUUACGUGUUUUCUACUAAUAUGAAAAGAAACUGAACAUCUUGAAAGAGUCUCUCAGUGUUCUUUGUGCGCUAAAUAUUUUUAUUUUUCAAUUAAAACCUGGGUCAUUUUAAUCAUCUCUCGGUAUUGAAGAUUUCCUUCGCAGCUUUUGUUUGGUCUCGUCACGCAACGUGCUCUCUCUCUCUAUUUUAAACGGAUGCGAAGAGGACUGUCACUAUUUCGGACUCUCGCUUGUACAGGGCGGUGGGUGGGGAGUGUUUCUUCUCAAAAUUCAAAGUCACGACUUACAUCAUUUUUCCUUACAGUCAUGGACAAAGCUUGUAGAGACCCAGGACAACUACAACAAGUCACUAAGAAUUGAGCUUACCAGGUUAGAUAUGUGUUUUCACUCUUCAGCUGUUAAUCUGACUUAAUUUAGUUAAGAUGAUAUCCGCCCAAAGCAGUGCUCUUAGAACAAUCACUAGGUCACUGAAGGCGUUGUUUUGGUGCCAACGUUUGAAAGACAAGGGCCAAAGUUCAAAAAUUGGUCGCCAGUGGCACUCAGGCUCUUCUAGAGCACAGCUUAAGCGGUACUCUGUAAAUGGUAUUCAGGAAAGUGCAAAAUGUAAUGAUUUGAAAAGAAGAUGUCGCCCACAAGAAUCCAGAAUGAUUUAAAUCUAUGUCUUGAACGACUAUCGUGUUGUCUUUUUCAUUAGCGGGGCCUUGAGAAUCAAAGGGUAAAGUUCACGAUUAAGAGGAUUACACAGUCUCUUGAUAUGCAUCUCCACGAAAAUGCUUGUGAUCAGCUUCACAUAUUUUUCCAAAUGCCUCCACCAAUCACAGACAGCUUCUGGGCGCACCAUGAAAUCCGUGUAGAAAGUUUUCAGUUCAAUCUUAGAGGAUCUAAAUCGACGGAUGAAAUGUUCCCAUAUAUAAAUUUCACCAUUAAUCCCGCCUAAUCCCCCAGACAAAGGAAUUUGGGCUGACAUCAAGAUAACACGCGCUAACUGAUAAUCCACUUUGAACUUAUCACCUGUCUGCAUGAUAAUGUAUGUAGAUUAUUGGAAGAAGGUAGUCGCUGAUUACGUGUGAAAGUCAAAAGAUCGAAUCUCGAAUACCUGUUUUAAUUUAGGAUCUUAUGCCUCUGCUUGAAUCCAAAUAUUUUACAGGCUUGAACAGAUGCAUCAAGUGGCAGAAAAAAUCCAGAAAGAGGUCAGUAUCGAACAUAGCAGAUACUUUCUUUAUAAAAGAAAAUCUGCCCUUAACCCUUGACUACCCAAAGGAAAUGCCAAAUUUUUUCAAUAAUGAGAACGAUGAACCAUCACACUACGUCUAAUAUUUCAUUUUAAAGGUAUUUUCUGGGGUAUGAUGUAAAUGACAUCAACAAGUGUGAGGAGGUAACUGAAAGGACUGAAACGAGUCCAAAGUGAAAAAUGAAAAACGUUGAAAUUUUUCGCUUGCGUCCUUCAUCAGGGGUAUACCACUAAACUAUAGCGUAAAUUGCAGCUCUUAGAGCGUUGAUUGUGGUGAGAUAUUACCUGGACCAAAACAGUACAAAGACAAAAAGUUCCAAAAGUUGUAGGGGUGGUAAAUCAAGUUAUAUUGGAGGGGUCAUGAUUUCAUGCCUUCAAUAUGCAGAUCUUUUACGGACCUUUUGGUGAUGAAAAUUUCAGAAUAAGUGAUUAAAUAUUUACUAUGUAAUGUCGCUCUCGGCAUUAAAGGGUUAAGUUUCUUUGCAACUCCAUACAGAUUGGAACCGUCUGUUAUGUUUGUACAAAACAUGUUGAAAAACUUAAUUUGAGCCAUUAGAGGCGACGAUCGACUGAUCGAAGAGCCAAUUCAUCGUUGUCCCUUAUUUAAACACGACAGGUAAAAAUAAAUUUUCAAACCGGUAGCGCAAUCCUUUUACCUGUUGAAUUUUCAAGAAAUCCAAGCAAUUUUAGGUGGUUAUAAAAGGAGAUGGUGUCGUAUGAUCAUCCGGGUGAGUAUAGUCCUAAGAAAGACUAUUGUCGAUAGUGGUGACUGACGCUUCGACAACCUGAGCGGAAGUCCUCAUCAUAGUCAAGUGACUCUGAUGAUGACUUCCGCUCAGUCACCGCUACCAACAACAGAACUUCUCAGGACUACACUCACCUGGACAAUCAGACUGCACUAUCGCAUGUUACCCCUGGGUUCAACCCAUUUACAGUAAAAGGAGAUUACGGAGUCGUGGUAAGCCACUCUGAUGGCGUGUUUGUUAACUUCGCGUUCUGAACUAUUAUAUUUGGUAACAUGCAUUUUUAUGCUUCCUUUGCUUUCUGAAUCAUAGGAUCAAUUUUAAAAUUUAAAAUAUAGAAAUCAAUAUUUCACGUGUUCCUUUCUAUCACCAGGCAACUCUUGUCGACGCUUCACUCGAUGACAUUGAAGAAAGAAUCAAAUCAGUAAGUACAGAAGUAACAGCUAUCUAUGUUUAAUCAAAACUACAACAAAAUUCUCGAACGUGAUUGGUUAUCACCAGCCCGAUUUGAACACUGAUAGGACAGUGUACGCGUCAUGCUUGUAAUUGGACAGUGUAAUAGGACAGUUUACGCGUCAUGUAUGUAAUUGGACAGUGUAAUAGGACAGUUAACACGUCAUGCCGGUGUAAGUGGACAGAACGCGUCAUUUGCGCGCGCUGUUGCCUCGCAUUUCGCCGAGUUAACUGGUUUUUUUUUAUGAAAACGUAUAUCUGAUGUUAAGUUUCGUUCUCAAAUUCUGCCAUAGAUUUGAUGAAUUGGUAACAGGAUAUCAUGUCGUCCAAUUCGGUCUGUAAUCAUAUUCGUGAUUAACAAAUCGGACUCGCGUAUCGCGGUCGUCCGAUUUUUGUUCAUCACCCGUCUGAUUACAGACCGAACUGGACUCCACUCGGUCCUAUUACUUUUACAACUAUGAAAUAAUUGAGAUACUAGGAGCGCCCUGAUUGGUCCAAAACCUAUCAUUUAGUGCACUGGUAAACCUAUAGCCUUCGGCGCGUGAUUUACAAACUUUUCUUGCGUUCUCCUAACAUCCGUAUUGGUUAUUACGCCGGUGGUAAACUGGCAAAAAAGGCGGGCUAUUGCUUAAAUAGUUCCCUCCAAGUUUUUGUUCUCCUUCACAUGACUGGUUGGCGGGCUAUAAGAAUAUUUUAUUAAUUGAAACGUGUGUCAUGUUUAUUUUGUCCCUUGCAGGAAGAGGAAGUCGGUAAUACCGUUGAUAGCGAGACACGCCGAAAGCACUUCUACCAAAUUGAAAAGUCUCUUGUGGUAAGCGCCAUCCUUAAGUUGUCUUUUUGCUACACAAGCACUCACACAGGCUGCAUUUGGCUAAUUUUAGGAAACAGAGGGUGGACGUUUGGAUAGCGGGGUCAUAAUUGUUCCAGGAGGAAGAGAUUUUGAUGUAUUUAAUAUAAAAUAAUUUGCAAUUUCCCUGCAUUAUUUUGAUAUAGUCUGGAUUGAUAAUAUUUUUUUUCAUUCCUGCAGAUGUUUGAGACGAGUAUCAAGCACAUGUUAUCUGGCGUGGACAUUCUUGUCGCCGGCCGCUACUCCAGAGCGGAUGAAAUAAGAAUUAAGUGAGUCUGGGAGACUUUUUACUGAGCGAUUCGCACAUUUAUAAGAAGAUUAAUGACCUACAGUUUGUUAAGAGGAAAUUAUACAAAUUAUGGCCAACUUUUACCUCAAUUAAUGUUAAAAUAUUUUCACGGAUACAAGCUGACCACAGAAGUGGCAGCAUUCCUGGCUUUUAAUGCUGAAGAAACCGGUUUAAAAGGCUCCAGCCGUGUAGGCCACUUCAUGAACAUGUUUUUCCUUCCUUUUUAGAGUUCUGUCCAUUGAAAGGCGCUGGUCUGAGAUGAAGGAUCGAUUGGAAGCUCGUUCCACAAAAGUACUCACUUACCAGACUUAUAGCACGACUGACGGCAAGAAAAUGAAACUGGAAUUACCUGUGGAGAAAACUGUGGUGUCAACGGAGGAAACAACGCCCAGCCUAGAAGACUUGGAAGAGGUCACGACAAGAAGAAAGGUUAUAACCAUCACAAAGAGGACCUACCGUUCCUCAGGGGGCACCCCCACAGAAACAAGGACAACUGUUGCUCGGAUCAUGUCCGCAGAGGGUUUGAGUGACGGUAAGAAAGAAACAGAACUCUGUGGUUUGUCUUUAAAAACUUUUGCUGUGCUGUUUUUCAAUCAGAUGUUUUCCUCAGUUAAAAUUAUUUACGUUUCUUUUGAUUCUGAUUGAUUCUUCAUGAUUUAUACCCUUGGACUUCAAAGAGUGACUGCCAUCUAGUUACUCCUUGCAGUAUCGCCCCUGAAUCAAACGUCAAAGUCAAGAGAUUAAGGGAAAUGAUCGCUAGCUUAAGAAGCUCUUGAUUGUUUGAAAAAUUCUCCUUGUUAGUUCCACAUGGAAUGUAGAGAUGAAAGUAUGGAGAAUAUGCAUACUGAUAGCAGGGUGCAAAUUGUGUUAAUCGACCGUUGGGAUUACUUUUGAUUUGGCAUGACAACAGUCAGUUAAAAAAAUCUCCCUGCAAUUGAUUAUCAGCGCAAAGAAGUGGUCUUUUGGCGCCUAAGCUAUGGAGUAAAUAGUUGUUUUGAGUUUGAUUCUACCUAAAAAUUUUAAUUUAUCCCAGACGGAAGCGACAGUACAACCUCGACCCAGGGCCGCACACGAGUGAGAAUGAAGUUUGCAGCACUGGAUGGAGCUGGGGAUAAAUCACAGCGAUUGGAUGCAAUGUUAACUUGGCUAAGAGAAACAAAGGUUCGUUAAAAAACUAACUUUGGUCGAAAACUGAAUCGUGAACAGGAUUAGCAAGCAGUUGAUAAUAACAUUACUUUUGAUUUUUGGUUUUAAAUGAAGUUCGUAUCUCCUCGGCUAUUUUAAUCAUAUAUCAUUUUUAGCGUGACGUCAUUGUGACUUAUGCAGUCCGACUGCUGGCCAAAGAAUUUUAAACACAGGCUCAAUCAGUUCUUAGCGUGUGGAAUCCUGCCUCUUGCUCCAUGUUUUCAUUACCGGUAUUGAGUUUCGACUUCCCCAUGCACUGUUAUUUUUAGACAUCUUGUCUAAGUUUAAAUUGUCGUGGAACUGAUUGUGAAUCAGUUUCACCAUCAUGUAUAGACCAAAAGCAAAACUUAAGGAGAGGGUUUUCGUUGACUUAGGUAUAAAACUCAUUUUGAGUUUUAGUAGACUGCCAUAGAUUCGAUCGGAACAAACCAGGAAUAGAAUUCAGUGAUAAAUUUAGAAACUUUGUUUCUUCCCCGAUCAUAACUUAAACUGUGAGGAAAUGUUUUUGUUUUCAUAGUUUUGUGAUUGUGAGAAGUGUGUCUUGUUUUUGUAUCAUAUGGGCAAAAUUUCAAAAUGAGACAUGGCAUAAUUUAUUGAUAAAUUCGAGGGAAGUAGAAAUAGAUAUUUCACCUCUUUGUGGUAACCCUCAGUAGGUUGUUUAUCUUCAUUAAAUAACACGUAUCUAGCAGGUGGUAACCAGAAACUUCAGAUUAUUUUUCCGUUUUGCAUUUAUUUGUUGAUGUUUAUUUGCCGUUCUGGCACAGUCAGAGGCAGGCAUAAAUUUUUGCAAAAAGCUCUCGCUGAUAUGAAGCGUUACGCAGUUGUCUUUUUUUGCGACAAAAAAUUAACUUCGUCAGAAAACUGAUACGUGGAACAACGCUCCUAAAAUAUGGCUCGAUUGGAUAGAAAAAUGUUGUUUCGUAAAUAUCAGGUAUUUAAAAUAUUGCGUUUUCAAAAUGUUCUCUCUCAUGUAAAAUGUCAGGAAGACACUUUUUGGUGUUAUGUUACCUCCCCCAUAAUAAUAUUUUCCAAAAAUACGAGCAAUGUUUUCUAGAAGCUCAUUUCUUUACAUUGAGCUCUCUGCUGUCUCCUUAAAAUUAGGUAAAUUAGAUGUCAACAUGUCAAGGACUUUGCUUCUAGUUGCUUGAAUGAUUUAUGACAGGUCUUUAACUUCAUCCAAGAAGACGUUGCAUUAAUUUUUUUGUGGACCUGCACUCAAUUCUGGCUGUUAUCGCCAAUUUAUGCUCGUUAUUGUUUACUUCUGACUUGCAGGUCUAGAAACUGUGAAUUCGCACCCAUGUUUCAAACUAUGUCUUUUUCUCUUGAAUUAGGAGGCCCUGAGUCAAACGCGCUUGUAGUUUGAAAGUGUAGUGUUCUUGUCAUUACAAUCUUCUUUCAGUUCGACUUUCCAUUGUGGACUCUGAUGGAAGAGUGAGAAACUGAAACAUUAUAUAUUCAAUAAUAGUAUUAACAUUGCUAUUGGCUUCUGCUACAGAUACUAAGUUACAUAUCCCUUGUUGUAAUAGCCUAUAUGUAGAUAGCCAUUGACCUCCAAUCUCGAUGUCUUUUUUUUGCACAGGACGCCAUCGAAAAGGAAGACUUUGGUCUGGAUUUACCAUCGGCACAGAGACACCAACAAAACCAUCAUGCUCAACACGAUGCUGUGCUUGCCUUUAAAGACGAACUGGAUAAACUUAAACAACUGGAGGUGAGAUUUGUUUUGUGUUACUGACCGGGCAGAGAAUGUUGUAAGAAUACUGAUAAAUUAAGGGCGUCGUAACUAGGAGGAAAAUCGUUACGUUUCGUGGAAAACCAGUGCACUUGUAGUUCUGAUACCUGAAGGAGCUAGGUCGGGAGGGAGCUGGGGUCGAGGAGUGCCUUUGAGCGUCGUCUUGGUCAAGGAGUAUUGAUAUGAUGAUAAGAUGAUGAAAGGGUGAAAUGUCUCAUGUGUAUCCAGUAGAUAUCUAUUGAUAUAUCAUUCUGUUUUGACGCAGGCUGAAGACAGAAGUCUUAGUGAGAAGAUCAUUGAAAUCCACGAAGAAUAUGCUGCUCUUGUGGUGCGACAGCUUGAUCUUACACGCCUUCUUUCUCUUUUGUUGUUGAUCAGUGCGUCCAAAUUCGAAUUGUGUAUUGAUGCAUCAUGAACUCUUUAUCUUGCAGAAAAGUUCUGUGAAUCGCAUUAAUUAUCUAAAGAGCCUUGUGGAGUUUAUGAGCGAAGCCACCAAAGAAUUGAUCUGGAUGAACCAACGGGAAGAGCCCGAGGUCUCUCGUGACUGGUCCAUCACAGAUCACGACAUUGAAGAUCUUCAAGCACACGGAGAGGUAUUGUAAUUAUGAGAGGAGCGGGAUUGGGGCAGAGUAGGGAAUGACGCUGUUGCUUAACCCUUUAACUCCCAGAAGUGAUUAACUUGUAACUUCUCCUUAUAGUAAUCAUACGUCAUCUAGCAAAAAAGUAAUGAGAAUACUCAAACUUAUCACUGAGAGGUUCUUAUCUUGAUCUAAUGCCAAAUUCUCCCAACUAAUUUACCAGGAAAUGUGUAACAGCUAGAGGGGAGGAAACCAAUCAGAUCUUGGGAGUUCAAGGGUUAAACUUGUAAAAUUUUUUAUGCCCUUAGAAUCUUGAAUUUGAUGUUCGAGACAGAGAACCUCACUACAAUAUGCUGCUUACUAAAGGAGAGAACCUGGUGCAGAGUGGGCACCCUGCGCCAGAACCAAUAGAGGUGAGAUUCAUUAAGAGAAAAGACGGGGAUCGUCACUGGUGGCCCUGUGACGUGAAAGAAUAGCGGUGAUUAGCGUACUUUUUUCUAGAGAAUUGAAUGUUUAGCAAUUUACAAUUCAGCGUUUUAGGGUGAUGAGGUGGAGAGGUGUGGGGGCAAAUCUUUGUGAGAAGGUUCGAACAUGAACGGAGCUACUUAUCCCUGCCGGAGUUUGCUUCUUCCCCGAAUGGAAUGAUGGUCUUUUCCCUGGUUACCCCCAAAAAUUUCGUCAGCUUUCUCUGAGUUUAUUCGUAGACACAUCAUAUUCCCGGAAGGAGCUCCCUGCUUUGGAUGCAAAGGGUCUUGCCUAAGAACAUAACGCAGCGACCUGACUAUUUCGUGCGCCCAGACCUCUCGAUCCGGAAUCCAGCACGUUCGCCAUUGUGUUGUUUUCGAUUCAGAGGAAAUAUAUCACGAAAACUAAACAACGGCUCAAAAAUCUAGUAACGAGAGUGUUCGGCUGAUAUCUUUUCCAUGCAGGCGUACCUGAAUGCUAUGCGCAGUCAGUGGUGGUGGCUUACCCAACUUCUCGUCGCCUUCCAACAGCACGUGAGAAAUGCAGAGAUGUACCAACAGGUGUGGUUUAUUCUGUACCAUAAUAAUCUGUUCAACCUCUGAUGUUAGUUUCUUCCAGCCUUGUGAGAUCUUGCAUUCUUAUCGAGAGUAAACUGACAACAUUCCGUUACUUUUCCUCACGUUUUGCUUGAUCUAUAUUCUUUCGGUUCAGUAUCUCUGCAACUGCGCACCUACCCCUCCCCUAACCCAACAAGAACCCUGACUUGUUAUCAGUUGAUUAUUUUGGGAAUAAGGGAGCGGUAGGUGCGCAGUUAAUCAGAUACUGACAUGGAUCAGUUUUGAAACGGUUUAAAUGCAUCUUAAGUUUCCUGCUUUUCCUUUUACUUGAUUGCGUGUAGUAUUUCCAAGACGCACAUACCACAGAGAAAAAGAUGAUUCAGUUGAUCGAUCGACUGAACAGUGAAUAUGACGUACAAAACAUAUCGUCACGUGACGCAGCCGAGCAAGCUCUGAAUAAUCUGACGGUGAGUUGUUAAUAAACAGCCCAGGUUUCUAUGUGUUAUUGACUCGGCGUGUGGUGAAUAUAGCAAGAUAUUCACAUGCCUCGCUUGGGUAGCUAAUCAGAACACGUAAUUCUCUCUAUGCCCAGAGGCGGAGUCAGCUAUAUCUACAUCAAAAAAAUGUUGCAUUUGGAUUCGGCCUGUAUCUUUCCUCCGCGUUCCUGACUCGAAUUUUCUCUUACCUGGCAUGCUAGGCGAGAAAAAGAAACGACAAUUCGAUUUGCGUUCGUCUCUUUUUCUGGGCAUUCUAACCGCGACCAGCGACUAAAGCAACUGGGGUGUAGUCUCGCUUGACGGGAGACGCUUCAUCUGUCUUACAACUUAGUCCUGACUGACGAUUCAUCAAGAAAUAAAUUCUGUAAUACUUUCCUGUACUCUAGUUACAAUCUGGAAGCUAUGAAAACAGGAGACCUUCAGGUUUUUUAAAAUUGUUAAACAAGCUAUGGAGGGGUAAAAUAUUAAAGUUAGUAAGGAAAUUGAUUGUCUGAAUGGGGUCUUGACAAUCGUGGGGUGUGCAAAGAACCAGUGAGGAAAUAAAAUGGUCAGUUCAUUUUCUGUUACCAGUUAAAAAGUUCAUAGAAUCAAAAUGAGUGGCUCGUGAGAAAAACGAUCAUACUUCACUAAUAAAUGUGUUCAUCACUAUGGCCAACCGCAACUUUUUGUUCCAAGACAGCAAUUAAAAUUAUUACACCCUGAGUCCGCCUUCCACCCAUCUUCGCAGACGAUUAUGCAGAUUGCAUUUUGCAUUAAUUAUUUUCUAUAGUUGGUUUUAUAAACCUUCCUCUGAUUUCUUUAGCAAGCGAAUUAUCAGAGUAAAGGGGAUUUUUCCCGUGUUUAUAUAGCGCCAUCUAAACACGAGGUGGGCUGGGAGAACCUGUGACAGCGGUAAACCGUGCUCAACUACUUUCUUUCAAACACGCAUAUCCACCAAAGAGAGCGCACGUUAAAACCGCUAUCGUAUCUUGCAUCCAGCAUGCUCUGUGCGAAUGCUUAUAGUAUCUGUAAUCACAAAAUGAUCGUAAAAGGGAACUCAUUGGUUCUAUUUUUGAUAUCGUAGUAUUUGCAUAUAAUUUCCGGCACCAGUUGAAAGAAUAGUAUAUCCCGCGAAGAACGUGGGCAUAGAUGAAAAAAAAAACUCUCUAGAAUACACUCUAUUAUUGGAAAAGAUGAUUUGCUGGUCUAGAAUUCAUAAGUUGACAGGUGGUUAACAAUACCUAGAAGUCUCUAGCUUUAGUGCUGUUGUUCACAUCUGACGUGGCGGUAACAGAAGGUCAAAACUGUUGCAUUAGAAUAGCUUUUGUCUUCGUAAAGGUCCACUGGUGAUUAUUGGUUGGUAUUUUUAUUAACUACUGUGAACUAUCUAUUUGCAUGAUAAACAAAGCCUUUAUCCUUUUCCAUUUUAACUGUGGUGCAUUUCUUAGCUGUUUGCUGCUCAUGUAUAUUCGAUUUACGAGAAAUUGCAUAAUAGGCUAUUUAGAAAAUAUCUUUUAUUUCCAAAAACUUUUGCAAGUCGACCAGAUGGUUUUCGCGCUACAUUACGGUAAUUCUUGCUUACUCUGACGUUACUUCGCGGUAUUUUAAAAUGCUCUCGGUGUUUAUUUACAGCCUUUCCGGUCUCUAUUAUUGAAAUCUGAUAUUAAAAACAAAUUGCGAGUAGUUUAGCAUUAAAGUUAUUAAUAUUUAAUUUCGAUAAUUAAAAUUCAAAAUUUGCCUCUCUUUGUGAGUGUCUGGUUUCGAACUUUACGCGCGCGUAUCGGAUUUCCUGUCAAGUGUGGAAAUAGUUGUUUGGAAGUUAUUGCUCCAAGGUCCACUUGCAUAACCAGAACAGGAAGCGUAUUGAUUGUACAGAGGGAAUUGACGUCUAUCACUGGCAACACUUGUCCACUGAUUUUUUUAGAGUUAAUUAGGGCAACUGACGGAUUGAUUUGUGGAGUGAGAACUCGUGACUGAUGAAUUGGAUCCACGCAGGUUCAGUUUACACGUGCAAAGGCACACUUCUCAAACGUCAGAUCCAGCCGUCUUUCCGAACAAUGACUUAUAUGCAAACGACAACGACGAAGCGUUAGACGAAACAGAUGCCGAAAGUGCUAGACGGCUUAAUUUCUUUAUCAAAACAGUCCUGGCAAGCUAGCCGUCGCGAAAGUUAAGAAAUGUGCGUAGUUUUGCAUUGGAAUCCCAUACCACUUCUCCUGUUCAUUUUAUUUACAUCGGCGGCUGUCGCUUUCGUGGCGUUAAUUUCACUUUUGUACUUCAUUUACCGAUCAAGGAACGAAAACAAAUUACAUGGACGAAGAUCUGCAGCGGUUCCCAUAAGAACAGCGCGCUUGUCGCGAGCAUCUUUCCAUAAUCUUCUUCAUCCAGUCUCUUUCGUAACUCAAAUGAUAAAGGGCCCUUGCACUCGUGUUUAUUUUGCAUUCAGACGAGCAUUACACAGCGCGGCUACUGUAGUGAGAUGGCGAACUUCACAGCAGCCGAUCUUCGAUCACGAUCAAUUAAUUCACGACUCUCGCUGGCAAAGGUUUUUAAGAGAAAUAGUUCUCCCUGCCUCGGAGCAGACAGUCCAGGCGGGAAUUCCAUUGGAAAACUUCCCGGUUGUCAGACAGUCACAAAUGGGAACGAUUAUCGCAUACUCUUUGGAAUAUAUUCGCGAUAUUUUCGAUCGAAAGAUCGAAGAAAGAAGUGUUUCUGCACCCAGAGAACGUUAUUUGUUGCUUCUGCGCGGACCAAAGACGGAAAGUGAGAAGGAUCUAGAGCCAAAGUUUAAAGACGUCGUUACGGACAUGCUUCAACUUAAGCAGGUAAACAGUUUUCCAAGAUGUUCAUCCAAAAAGACUGUUUUAAGUGUUUUGAACAGGUCGAAACGUGGCGAAUGAACUAAUAUUAGCGACAAACACUGUGCUAAAUUUGCAUUUUAAAAUAGUGUGCUUAUGUCUGACUCCAGUUUCCGAAAGCGCUUUUUUUUUUCUUUUUUAUCUCUCGAUCUUUUAACUCGAAAAUGUUGUUCGCGUGGAAUUUUUAAAUACUUGAUAUCGGUCUGACGAAGUGUUCUGAAAGUAAAUUGGCCCAUUUGCAAGACAAAUUUAUAGAGUUGUGUUUGGUAGUUUUCCACAGCUGGUUAUUUUUAAACUAAAGAAACCCCGACGUGUCUCGCGUGAUCAAUUUUCGCCUGUUGUUAAUUUCAUGCGGUGAUGCUUCAGGGGAUCGAGGUCGACGUUGCUAGAGCCGCAAGCGGUAUUAAAUUACAAGUCAAAUAAACGUUGAAUUUGUGUCAAUAUUUGGCAAGAGUCAUACUCACGAAGAAGCUUUCAUUGUUUUAAGCCUAGUUCAAGGGAGAAUCAUGCGCUUCACCUCUCUGUCUUGUUUACAGAUCUUUAAGUUUUAUUUCUUUCGUUAUUUCACUCUCCGAUUAACUUAUAGUUAUAUUCUUUGAGAAAAUUUGACCUUCACAGAGGAUUAUAGUGUAUGUCUAUUCAAAUGUUUUAAUUAUGGCAAAAUACAAUUAAGCUCAUAACUUGUUGGUAAGCAAAAAUUUUGUUAUGAAUUAUGUGCCUCUUCUUUCCUAAAUGUUUACAGUUGGUUAAAGGGAUUUCCAAGGAAUAAAUAUAUUUCAGUUUAAAUGCAUAUUUCUGGUGUGAAAUGUUUGGACAUGCCACCAGUAUGAAUAAAAUUUCCCUUGUUUGCUGUAUCAAAAUAAAUUGAAAAUAUAGAUGAAAACAAAGUAAACUUCAAAUUCACAAGGAAACUUUUUAAAGAGUUGUUUUGGCAUGACUUGUGCUAUCACCUGUUUACUAUGCUGUAGCUGUUGACUUUGUUGUACACAUCACAUAAAAGUUUUGCAUCAGAUGUCGGCAUGAGUUAAAUAUAUUACUAUUACAAAGUUGUGGAAGUAUUAUAAAUAUAACUGGUUUGGAAAUUUACCAAGCUAAUACUAGGUUUAACCACAACAAAAUUUCUAUUCAUAAUGAUAAGGAAACACAAGCCCAGGUGAUAUUUUUGAAGAUGGUCUCAAUACUUCACUGUCAUCCACUAAAAUUACUGCCUAAGUUUUCCCAAGGUGGACACUGUUAGUAAAUCUUUCUCUCAAAGUGCACUGCUAUGCAUUUGAUAUUUUUAUAGCAUAUCUUUUUAAAAAUCAACAUAAUGGAGAGGAUUGGUAUUGAUAUCUUAUUUGUUUGUUUUAAUCAAACUGUGAUAGUUAACACACAAAUUUACAUUUUUUUUAUAAUUUCUUGCCAACAAUUUGUGUAGACCACUGUUAGGUUGAUUCUGAAACAUUUCUUUAGACAAUGAAUUCUGCACAUAAUAUUACUGGUUCUUUAAUGAUGCUUUAGACCAUAUACUUACAGAUAGAGCCUUUGAUGGCAAUCACUCAGCCAUUUGACCCUUUACAUCCUUACAUCAAUAUACUUCUCCUCAGGAACAUUUCUCUUAGCAUUUCCUGAGGUGCUGUUUGGAGAAUUUUUUCAACAAUGAAGAGCUUCCUCCAGUGUCGAUCAUCUUGUUUACUCUUUUGACUUUAACGUGUGAUGCAGAACAAUAUUGUGGGGCUAAAUUAAAUACUAGUCACUCUUAAAGGAUUAACUGUGCACAAUAUGCAUGAUCACUGACAAUUAUGAUAAUAGUGGAUUACAGAUGGUGUCAGACUUGAACAAGAGUGUCAGCAUCUCAGUCAUUCCCUCCUCCUACCUUCUGUUCAUGUUUCAUCAGGCAUAUGUUUCCUCUGUAUAUCAAAAGUUAAUCAGGCAUGACUUCAAAAGGAAAGUUCUGUGGUAGGAAAGUUCUGCAAUAAGAAAGUUCUGCAAUAAGAAAGUUCUGCAAUAAGAAAGUUCUGCUCAAUUAUUAUAUUACCUAUUGUCAUUUUGAAGAUAAUUCCUCAAAGAAUGUUAUGUUAUCUUAUAAGUAGAAGAACAGCUUUUCCUUUUGCACUUUUAACACAACCAAGUUUUAUCAGAUUUCUUUCCACAUGUUAGAUUUCAUCAGAAUAUUUGAUCAGACCAGAGUAUUUGAUCACUCCAGAAUAUUUGAUCAUACAAGAAUGUUUGAUCAUAUAAGAAUAUUUGAUCAUGUCAGAUUAAUGACUGAGGGGGUGGAGUGGCAUAGAUAGCAAUCAGCAAUAUGAUCCAGUCCCCUUAUUACCGGCCCUAGUUUGUUGUCUGUCAAGAACUGAUUUAUUGCUUUUCUUGCCUUAAUCUUGCACAUUCACCUCAGUAUUUCUUUGUUAGUAUUUUUCCUUGCAGUUUUAUCUGAUCCUGAGUGAUUUUACCUUUCAUCUUUUCACUUGUAAUGCUGGUUCUGAGAAUUAAAUUCUACCUAAAGAUAUCUACACUGUUUAGUCUAUUUUUAGGAUAAGUUUUUAUUAGCCAACUGUUUAAUUAAGAGUACAAAGAAUGUGUAAAUCAAGUACAAAUAUCCGGACUACAAAUCACAUCUCUAUUGCUUUGCUCUUCCUAUCUUAGAAGAAAUGCAUAUGAAGUAAAUUAAUUGAGUGAUUAAAAAAGAAAAACUCAUCAGACAUUUUGGUGUAUGGUAUUGCAGAAUAUUUUACAUGUUGGUUGUAUUUUGAUGAGUUACUACUACUACUAGAGAAGGGGUCCUGCUAAGAGGGUUCUAAGUCUAUAACCUCCUCAGUUUUCCAGACAAAGUGACAAUCUUAAUGACAAAAUAACCUGGUGUGCCCUUAAAUGUAAGGUGCUAAUUUAAUACAGAUGUCUCAACUGGAAAAUCCUACUCAAUGCAGUGGUAUACCUCUUCAGUCAACUUUGCCUGUGACAACUCAUUGAUCACAGGAUUCUAUAGCAUGUUCCAAAAUGUGACAGUAUUUGUCAUGUUUUAUGCAACAAGUUACCGUGCAAAUUGAUUGUGCUAAGAUCCUUCAAUUUUUUUUAUUUUCCUCAGGGUUUCCUUAGGUCUUUAUUAAAUAUACAGUUAUUGGAAGAGGUUACACAAUCUUAAUCUGUUCUUUCAGGAUGUUGAGAAACAUUUUGUUAAUUUUUUGACGUAUUUUAAAAUUUCUUGUAGGAAAUGAAGCAAGAACUUGUUGACUUCAAAGAUGUCGUUAGCUCAUUGCAACUUCUGAGCAAAAAGGUAGUUCCCCUGCCACAAAGAAAAUCCAAAUUGAAGGGCAAAGUUUUGGUUGAUCCAGUGUGCAGUUACAAGAAUAUGCAGGUAAGAAUGGCAGGCACUUUUUGAUGUAGUGAUUGGAAUUUGUGACUUCUGUUUGAAGCUCCUAACCUAAGUUCUACACAGCUGGGUUAUUAAGUAUUUUUCUCCAACACUUACUAUUUGGUGAUAAACUUGAUUUUGUCAGAAAUUUGGGAUUUCUUUUGCCAUUAGAUGGCCUAUUAUUAACACAUGGUGUGCUAUUUAAUUUGCUUUUCAGAAUGUUGUCAACAAAGGUGAAGAAUGUCUACUCCUGGAUAAUUCUGAGCAUCAUUCUUGGAAAGUAUGUAUUAUUGCUGAAAUAACUACUUUGAGUUAAAUCUAAAGCAGUGAUCAAGAUCUUCUGAGAACCAACAUACAAACAGUAAAACACAGACAAGCUGUGUGGCUGACUAAUCAACAAUCAAAGUAUGUAGACAGAAAGAGAAACCAACAAACAAUCAAUGAUCAACAAGUAAAUAAACAAGAGGGACACAUUGUUCGCAGACAGAUGUACAGGCAGCAGGAUUGUCAUUAGAGGGUGGUCAGAGGUAGAAACCUGCUGGCUACCUUGUGAAUUUUGCUCAAAACAGAAAAGAAGUAAAUUUAACUGAUUGUAACAUCACUGUCUGGCUAAAAAAUGUGGAGCAUGCCCCUCAACCCCUCAAAGAAAGGUGCACUGCAAAUGCUUGGCAAGCACAAUUCAAUUCAGCUGUCUACUAAGUUCAGAUUGUGCAUCUUUUACAUUUUCUAAUGACUACCCUGAACAGACAGACAGACAGACAAGACAAAUAAGGCAUGUAGAUAAAAACAGAUGGAUCACCAUAUCUGUUCUUUUUUUGAUGAAAAUUGUUGUACUCUUUGACAGAUUACAAAUGCCAGCAGUAGACAGUGUGAAGUUCCAUCCGUAUGUUUUGUUAUUCCUGCUCCAGAUGUGGAAGCUACAGAAUUUUCCACCAGGUAAUGGUCACAUAUUUUAACCUUCAACAUAGAAAAACUUGGAUUUUGCAUGUGCUCUGUUUGGUAAGGAAGAACGUCUUGUAUUGAGAUGUAAAAUAUAGAAAGGUUAUAGUCACAGCCACAUUCAUUCAUGUGGACUCUUUGUGUUGGAUCAGAAAAUAUUACCUUCUGACUAACCAAGCGUUUGACCUGUGGAAAGAAAUGUUUCUGUAUCAACCUGAUGGUGGUCUGUACAAAUUGUCUGAGAAAAAACUAUUAAAAAAAAUGUAUCACAAUUUAAUUAAAACAGACAAAUAAGAUAUCAAUAAUUCAAUCUCAUUUAUCUUUUUUGGCAACCUUUAAAGAUAGGUUUUUCUCCAGUAUUGUUACAGUAUAAUCUUUUUUCUAUUUCACCAGGUUAGAAAUUCAGUAUAAACAUUUACUGACAUUGUGGAGAACAAGACACUGGAAUUUAAAGCAAGCCCUAAGCAAAGAACAAGUUUUUACACAAGUGAAGAUCAUAAAAUCCACUUCUCCUGAGAAGGUUAGUUGGUACAAUUUCUUGCUAGAAGGGAUAACAAAGUUGGUGCAGGUAUCAUGAGCAGUGAAGGAUAGGAGACUGGGACUUAGGCUGUAAGGAUGAUGGGUAGCGAUGAUCCACUCUCCUGGAACUUCACCCUACUUAGGGUUGAGUUGACAUUUUCCCUAUUAACCCUUUACAUAGUCACAUCAAUAUGCAUAUUCUCCAUAUUGUUCUCUGUACAUUUGCGAAGGUGAUGACAAAGAGAAUUUGUUUAACAAUCAAGAGCUUGUUUAGUCGGUGAUCAUUUCCUUUAUUCUCAUGACCCUAUUGUUUGAUUCAGGGGUGAUAUUGUUGGGAGAAAUUAGAUGCUAGUCACUUUUUAGGAGUUAAAGGACUAACACCAAUCCUGGGUUAAUUGCACGCAAAAAUUUAAUCUUGCCUUGUAGUAAAACGUGGAUCAAAGCUGAUCAAAUUUUGUAAAACUCCGGCUACAGUGUGAAUGGAUAAUAUUCAUAGAUCGCUUGUUAAAAAUUUAGGUGUUUAGCUUGCCUAUCAUGCUGGGUUCCCUUUCAUUGCACUAAAAAAUAAAGUUUGUACCUGCGCUGGUAACACAAUCAGGGUUAGUAUCAUUAUGUUUUUUUUUUGGGUGCACUACUUGGCUAUCAGUUUUUUUCCCCAUGAUGAUUCGACUUUUUACUAUAGGUAUGUUCUAAACCUUUUGUUUCUAAGUGCUACAUGACUUGGCACUAGUCAGAUUUUCUUGAAAACUCAGGUUUCAAACAGAUACCAGAAUAUGAAGGUGUUCGAUAAAAGUGUUUGCGUAAAAAUCAUUGAUCAUUUCAUUCUUUUCAGGGUAAGAUACCGCUUCUGACUGGAUCAAAAGAUGUGGAACAACUAUGGAAAGAAAUCCAAAUGCCUGAUGACCAGGAAAUAGCUGGCAUCACAGAACGGCUAGAACCAGCUUCUGUGUCAUUGAAUGAACAUGCUAUAGAACCAGAGACCAUGUUUGAAACACAAACGGUGCCAACGCUUGACAAGGUGAAGAGAAUGAAACAAUAAUUUUUCACUUUCAGAAGUUCUUCUUGGAGCAAUUUCAAUAAUAUGUGGAGAGAAAUCCGGGAUUGUCUUUCGAUUGGCUUUUUUUCGUUCUGUGAUUGGUCAACAGAAUUCGCUCCACUCUCUCAACCAAUCAGAUGCAACACUAAAACCAAUCACGAUUUGGUCGCGUUUUCCCGCGCCUUAGGCAAUUUGGUCAGUUUUACUUUGAGUUGGCAUAGGUUUUUCAGGGUAUUUUCCUUCUUCUGAUUGGCCUUUUAGAUUACUUUGCUCUUCGUUUUACGACACUCAACCGAAAAGCACUCUAAACUUCUUUUGAACAAGUAAAACACAUAAAUCACUCACCAAAAAAACACUUAUUAAAGUUAUUUAAAUUUUGGAUUUUUUUACCUUUCAGCAAAGUGCUCAGAGCACACUAAAUGAUCUUCUCGCGUGGGUGAACAGAUCUGAAGAGGUCUUGAAAACAAAGUCACUUGAGACGCUAAACCAAAGAAGCCUUUCCAGCACACUUCAGCAAGUUGAGGUGAUUUAGUCUUUACUUGUACAGUGUGGAUAUAUUGUUACGCAAACAUGUGAUGAAAAUGCACAAAAUCAUCUACCAGUUAUUGAAGCAAUAGACCGCUCUUCCUAUCGAUUUACUGUUGUAAUACCCCACACGGGAUGUUGAGAGAAUUUGAGAAAAGUUUGUGAAUCUGGCUCGUGAUUUUCAAACUUUUGGAGUGUUCUCCCAACAUCCCAAAAUUUUCUAUAGAAAACCUGCGUGGUAUAGUUUGCUGUGAGAUGAGGUUUCACAAUUUUUUUAUGGUUAGAUGUGAGCAGCGGCAAACUAUCACUGCUUUCUUUUCCGUAUACAUUCAUUGGUGCGUUUUGAUUAUCAUAAAUACAAGUAAUGGAUUUCAAAACGCAUCAAUUACAAUCAAUCACACUGAACCAAUGAGCUGCACGUAUAUGAGCUCGAAGACAUUCAACCUCAUUGUCUGUAUCGAUAAGCAAACUUUAGAUCGUUUAUUCAUCAUGUGACAUCUUUUACAACACGUAAUUUUUUUUUCGCUCCCUGACAAUCAUGGUGGACUUUGUUGCAUUUUAGAAAUUGCAAGAGGAGCAGAAACAGAGAACACCGCAGUACGACUCCCUCACACAAUCCGUGGUGACUCAGAUGGAUCCUCAACUACAGAGCAAAUUAGGUUUACUGUCAGAAAAAUGGAGAAAUGUUAAGAAAGAAGCUAACGGUUGGCACAAAAUGUGAGUUGAGGCUGAAUCAAUUCUUAAACGCGUACUCUUCUGGCGAAAUUCUUUUAUGCUAAUGCGUGUUCCAGGAAGCAUUUGGACCCUGAAACGAGUUGCUCAAAAUCCUAUUGACACUAAUUCAGGGUUGACUCCAAAAUAACGAUAACAUAUUAAUGAGGGAUUUCUGUACAGAAAAAUAAGUACUUCUGUGAAUCCAUACCAUGGCCUUCCUGUUGCCUGGUGUUCUUUUACUUUGGAUCUCUCGAGUUUUGUCAAUCCCGUACUAACCUUCAUCCUUGGGGCAAUUCUCAAUAGUGUCGAAAGUAAUUCAGGUUUGCUUCUUCUUUUUUUUUCUUUCUAUAAUUUGGUCCGUGAUUGGUCCAGAGAACCCGCGCCUCUCUCUUAACCAAUCAGAUGCAAAACUAAAUUGUCACGUCUGAGCUCUCCUAAACCUCCACUGAAUGCGCUUAGCCGUCGAGUUAACGUUAGUAGCUUUUCUUGCCCUAGUAGAACUUAUAUCACCUAUUUGUGCUAUCGCACUCUUUUCCAAUCGACAGGCUUGUGUUUUUGCUGAACAUUGCUGAACUGGUAACAGAUCUUGAAAACAGUUUGCGACGUGUUGAAGUGAUCCUUAUUCAACAGCCGGGACUCACUGCUAACUUGAAAGACAUUCAGCAUCAGACAAAAGUGAUACAGGUAACCAGAAAUAACUAGACUGUAAUUUCUAUCUUUUUAUUUUCAUUUUUGUUUUUUUCUCUCUCCCUCUUUUCUUUCUUUUUUUUUUUUUUUUUUUUUUUUUUUUUUGAGAAAAAGGAGUUAAGAAAACUUAACGUAACUUCAAUUAUUUCGUGGCAAGGUAGUCUUAAGGUAAAUCCAAACGUUCUAAUUGGUUUUUACUUGGUAAAAAUUUUGUCAUACGAAGCGUAUCCACGGAAACGGUCAUAAGCCGCCUUUUUUUUUCUCGAAAGCUGGAAAAUUCAGCAUAACGAGUUUAGUCCGAGUGCCAUACAAUAAACUACCAACCAACCUUGCUUGCUUGAGUUGUACUGGGGAAUAUCGGCCCUCAGUUGUUUCUGCUCGCACUUUGCUGCGCCUGGUAUGCACUACCACGACUUCGCGCCAAUAUUCCCCAGUGCGCCAGUGCGGCUCGCAGGUUCGUUUACUGAAAAGUGAAUGAAUGAAUGAAUAAAUAAAUAAAUUAAUAAAUUAAUAAAUGUUUAAACCCUUCUUUUUCUUUUUUAUUUCUUGAUCUAUAGGAAAUACUCCAGACCGAAAUAGAACCGAGGAAGGACAAAACGGACGACAUUCGAAGAUCACUGCCCGACCUCAAGGAAUUUGAUAAGGCUAGAGUCCAGGCUGUUCUCGAGAGAUGGGAAGCAGCUCGGAACGAGAUUGAUAAUCGUCUUGGGGGCCUGGUGAAAGCUGAACACAAACUGGAGCAGUUUCAAGCUGGGUUGCAAAAUGAAUUGGACUGGUUGAAGAGAGUCGAGGAAAAAGUCCAAGACCGGGGCUGGAAUACCGACCCCAGUAAUGCUGAAAGUGUUAUGGAGGAACUCACAGUGAGUCUGAAAUGCUUAUUUUGCGCUUGAAGGCAUGAAAAUAAUUAAGUUGCAAGGCAGAGCAGAUUUCAAGUGAGCUUCGAAGAGCCAAAGCCAAAGUUGUCACUACUACCAAUCAAUAAAAAAGGUUAACAUCUUUAUUAACCAAUGGGAACUCAAAGUAAACACAGGCAACCUGCUUGAAGCGCGGGAAAACACUAAGCAAAUUUGGGAUUGGUUUUAGUUUUCCAUCUGAUUGGUUGAGAGAGUAGUGCGAAUUUCUUUCUGGACCAAUCACAGAGUGAAGGGAAAUAAAAUCAUAGCAAUCCUGGAACACUUUUCGACACUCAAUUGCAAUUGUCUUUUAGUUCGUAUGAAUAAUUCAUUAUCGUUUUGAAAAACUUUCAAUCUUCCUUCUUACGAUUUGCAAGAAAACUUGUGGCCAUUUACUAUGUUCAUAUUCCAGCGACUGAGUAACUUUUUAACACUGAACCUUCCAAGAUCUGAUCAAACAAGUAAUUCUUCCUUGUAGGUGAUACUGUAUAUUAUACGUUUCAUCAAAAUAACACCCCUAGCUGAUAGCAGUUCUUUUUAACAUCGCUUGUUUGCUGGAUGAUCUAUCGGACUAUCGAGGAGAAUUUACAUUUUAUCAAUUCCUGGUGUAAAAAAGUUAAAUGAACACAAUAUCCGUCAAUUAGGAGAUCUUUGCUGAGGGAUGAAUGCCUUUGCAACUUUUGUUCAUGAUGCAGUUCUUUUUGCUUACAAAGCUAUGGCUGGAAACAAAGCAGAAAACUGAAUCGAGAUUUUCAAAUUUGUUGUUUUAGUCUCUCUACACGGAUAUCCGAAGCCAGCAAGUACCAAUCAAAACUCUCUGUACUGUUGGACAUGAGUACACAGACGAAUCACAGGUGAGCGGGGACUUGGGUCAGAUUAGUACCCAAUCUCUAUUAUUUGGUUUGAGAUGAAAGGAGACUGGCUACUCCUCUUUCAUUUAGCUUGAAUUAUACGAAGCCCGUCUUCACUCUAUGAACAAAUCUGAACACGAAUUCAAAUGAGAAAUUAUCAGGAGAAUUCUGGAGCCCAUGUCGGAAUAUUACAAGUUUGAGAGGGAGUUUUACUUCCUAGUUACUUUAAUUGUUUAAUUCCCAUGUUCUGAUUAUUAAUUCUCCCCUCUGGCUGCUACACAUUUCCUUGUAAAUUAGUCACAAGAACUUGGUGUUAGAUCAAGAUAAGAACUUCCACCUGAUAAGUUUCAAUAUUCUCAUCGCCUGUUUGCUCGUUAAUGUAUAGAUAUGAAAGGGAGAAAUUACAUGUUAAUCACUUCUGAGAAUUAGAGGAGUAUAGCUUAGUACUAAGUUUUUUUGGUGUUUUUUGCUAGAUGUGGGAAAAGAACCUUGAGGACUAUCGUCACAGCCUGCAUCACCUGCCAGAGUCCCGAGAAGCUGUCAACCCCCUCCUGGAAAGUGCGCAGAAGGGCCGAGAGGAAAUAAUAUCAUCCCUGAUGAGUAUGAACGCCCGAUACGAAAAACUCUUGAAUGAAGUGCAGCUUGCCAUGGAGAACCUUGUGGAGACCUUGAAAAGACACGGAAAAGAACACAAAGAAGUGAGUCGGUGCCUUUCGCAGAUUAAUCCUACUCUUUACCUCACAAUUGACCUUACAAAAUGCACGACUUUUAUUGCCCGAUUAUCUUAACGAAUAUUUACUUUAUUUACUCUAACUCUGCACUGUCAGUAGAUUGUGACAAGUUGAGGUUGUUCUUCAGGAGGUAUUUAUCUUUGACACCUCAACAGACUGCGCCGCUAAUGGUUCAUAACCACUUUUUUCUUUUAACGCCUCUCUUAAAUGCGGCUUGACUGCGUUUAAAAUGCCGCCUUUGGAUUAAUCCAUGGCGACACCUUUGGUUUGCUAUGAUUAGCCUAACGAGAGCCUUAGGCGGUCUUUCACAGUUGUAAUUUUUCUCCAAAUUGCAGGUUUCUUUCUCUAAAAGUUAUGGUAUUGUUUGACACUCUACUUGUGGCAGAAGUCGACUCGCACAAAAAAUCGGAUACGACAUUUAGCCUUAACUGUGAGCGGUUCACGAAAGCUCGAGCUGCCAAGAAUCUAAAAAAGACCCUUCGUUUUCUGCGUUGUCCAAGCUUUUGCUGAUUUUUUUUGUAUUAGAACUUUUUUUUGUCUGUUUCCUCUUAUUCCAUUAUCGUAAUGGGAUAAGCUCACCAUGCGUUCCAGUUUUUGAAAUAUUCGGUAACAAAAAGUAAUCUUUUACAAGAGAAACAUAUUUGUAAGUGUUACAUAUCUGUACAUCUGUAUUUAGUUUCUUGAAAGAAAGCGUCGUUGUUAAAUAACAUAUUGGUAUCCAGAAUUUUACAAAGUUAGUCAUUCGAAACAUGACAUAAACCUGAACAUGUGAUCACCCUUUUAAAUGAUUAGGGUAAUUUUUAAUGCGAUUAUAAAUUUUUUCGUUGCUAUACUGGUUAACCAUUGUGCGCGCAUUAAUCUCAUUUAUUUUUCGUAUUGUUUUAAUGUGAAUGGCAUUUUGGAUUAAAUCAAAAUCGCACAUUGUCGUGACAACUGGCAUUGUUAGGUUCACUGCGCGACGGUCACCCAACAUUGGCGUGACGUUCAGUCAUACCUUUUUGUGACGUUCGCUUUGUACUUGUUCAGGUUGAAGAGGCCUGCUUACAGUGGUGCACCUCGAUACAGCACUUACUUGACUGGCUAUCCGACACAGAGAAAAUCCUGCUGACGCAAUCAGCCUCCCCCGCAGAUGUCAAACAAUUAGAAGAGCAAAUUGAAGAACAGAAGGUAAGAUCAACAUGAUAAUGAUAGAUCACAGGGAAAUCGUGUCCUUUAAAGAGGAUAAGUGGCAAUAAAUUUAAAACUUUCUUAAGUUAACUCUCGUAAGUGUAAGAUAGAGAGAAGUCUCUUGGUUAUGAUCCUCGGCUCUGGUCAAUAUGUGUCCGUCGCUAGUUUGACUCUCCUUGUUCCAAUUGGUUUAUCAUUGCCUUUCCUUUGUUUUCCUGUCUUACUUACUUAGUGAUUGAAUUUGAUGGGGUAUGAAAAGGCUUAUGAAAGAGCUAACAGUCUGAGUGUAAAACGUUGAAUAGCGCUCUUGUUUAAUGGAAAAAUCCUGGAUUUUGGACUUCGGAAAGACCGCCUUGGCAUAGUGCUACACUGAACAAUUUACGCGAAGGACUGUCAUUUGAUUUGCGUAAUAGCGAGGUCCAGAACAAGUUCUAGCAUCUAGUGACAGUGACGUGAUGACGGGUUUUUUAACCCAGCGCUUAGUGAGUGUCUCUUUUGAGAAUAGUUUCUUAAACAACGUAAAUUAUAGAAUCAAUUUUUAACGGGGAAGAUCUCAUUUUCAAAAUACUCUCGCUAGAUAAAAGGGUAAUUACGCCAAAAUUCAAGUGCUCUUAGAUUUUCGCCAUCAGCUUUUGAACAGUGGAAGUCUUACAGAUUUAUUUGCACCUUUGGCGUGGGACUUUGCCCCUGUUUUGAGAGCCACUGGGCCGAAGGUCAGAGUCGAAUUUGGCGGUAAAUGGACUGGUCCCACAGUGCUACACUGCGCAUUGUACUUGGCUUGCUUUCAUUUGAUUGGCUGCACAACAAUGUGAGAGUUCUUACCUACGUGAAAGGUUUUGGUUGAAAAAGUCUUCUAAGAAUCAUCGCAUAUCCUACUUUUCAUUAUCAACCACAGAGUUAGAGUGACAAUUUAAAGUAUACCCAUCUUUCCGCAUGGCAGUGCAUGUAUUACUCGACUAUUUGACAACAUGUGACUUCUCCACGGUUUGUCAGCGAGAAGCGGGAUCUUGAUAGAGAAGUUAGUUUCCAGAAGUUAGCAACCAGAAUGGAGAAUUACGAAGUGGAUCGACGGAAUAAACAAAAUUAGAAGAACCGUCCAGUCGCUCAGUGGGGUGUAAUCCAUAGGCUGAAAACUGAGAUUUACUUUACAUUCUUAGAGAUUUGAGUCUGGAAUAAAGGCUGAGGAAUUAAUUAGUAAGAGUCUUAACUAGCCGUUUGUUUUGUGAAUUUUUUUUUAGUUCUUUUGACGAGAAGGCUUUUUGUAAUUAUUCUUUCUGACACAGUUCAUUCAUAAGUUGGAAUCCUACAUUCAAGGAAGUUUUUAAAAUAAAUUUAUUUUCGGUCAAUGGUCCCUUGAGACCAGUUCCUCAAGAAAGCCAAACGUUUUCGCACUAAUCUGCAUGUAAUCAGCAAACAGUCGUUUCUGGUGAUUUUAAUAAUCACGGAAAACAAACACGUCGCCUGUCGUAAUCAUGAUUGAAGUUUAGCACAAGGAAGGUUCCUUGUUCUCAGAGAGCUAGUGAACAGACGUAAAAACGCGGUUCUCAAGACUGAACUCGUUUAGUCAGCUCUCAACCACAGAAAUUACGUCGAGAAAUGUUCUUCAGUAUUUUAAACAACGUCGAUUAUUCGAUUUGGUGGUGUUAAAGAUUCCAGUGGAGAGAAGGACGCGAUGUUUUGUAACUUGAAACCCAGGUUCGACAACUUCUUUGUUCCUUCCUAUUUAACGGCUCUGAGUUGGUGUGAAUUGUUCCGUAAUUGGUAAUUUCGAUCGGUUGCAACCGCGGAAUAGACCUCGUUCAGCCUAAGUAUACUUGCUCGAUUGUUCGGAGACGUUCUCUGCACUGAUCUGUUUAGUACAUCGCUGAGUACGAAAUUCAGAUCAGCGAAGUUGAUGAAUUUAUUAUCUAAGCCGUCUCUUUGUGUGACAUGGUGAGGUCGCACUCUUCUUUCGAACAGUAGCGUAAAUGCGCAAGCAAAUCAAGUUAAAAUAUGUUCAUCAGACGCUUGUUUGCAUUACAGGAGAACUCAAGGGCUGUUUCACGUCAUUAGGGUGCUGCUUGCUUUACUCUUGAACUGCAAAAAACUCUGUUUAACUUUUCGCGAGACUUAUGUCUACAUUAGACAUUAACUUCGAUAAGUUCCCUUUGAGCAUCGUAUUUAAUCUCUAAAUCGCUGCAAUUUAACGCUGAACCCCUAUGAAUUAACUUGAAGUUGUGAAAUUUAUUUGCAUAUCAAUGAAAUAAGAACAGUAGCAUUGACACAAUUUUUGAUCUAGCGACCUUUUGCCUCUAGGGUGCCUUUUUAACUAGUCCUUCAGAACAGUGCAUUGACGUAAGAGGGGCCUUGAGAAAUUGGCGAUUAUUUUUAUUACGUUUUUCAUCCCGUAUCCACAUACCAUUAGUACUAAUUAGAUAAUCCAAUCACUUUUGAGCAAUAUCGAUCACUUCCGAGGGUUAGAUUGUUAUUGUUAAAGAUGUUUAUCAUUUGUUGUGUGUGGAUCUUGAAAAAAAUCCGCCAAAUUUCGCAGUUCCUUACUUAAAUCCCUUUCAAUCUUUAACAAAUCAUCCGUAAUCAUUCCUGUACUGUCAUAGUAUUUACUGUCUCCUUUUGUAUUUUCCUAUACUUCAGAGCUAAUAUUUUCUAGUUUCCUUCAAGUUUAAAGUUAUUUUGCACGUUAGGAAACAUUUCUUAACGAUAUCGUGAACAUAUCAACAUGUAAGACCUUUAUUUUUUCUCGAAUUUAUUGAGCAGCACGUCAUGCCAACAUCUUCGUGCUAGCCACUUUAAUAACUACUUGAAGACCUAAUUGUGCAACAAACGAAAUAACUAACUACCUAAAUCAUUCAAAACCUACUUUACAAUUCACUACCGAAGGAGCUCCUAAGAUAAAAGUUUUCUUUGGCACUUAAGCGUUCAGAGGUGGUGAUUUAGUCAGUUCUUAACCUUCAACUCCCAUGACCAAGACAAAAUUUCUGUACAAUAUCAGUACAAUAUAGAGCAGAGAAGUAAUGAGUAUAAGGGGAUGUUUAGUUGAUCCAAUACCAAAUUCUCCAAACUAACAUCAUACGAAUGGUAAUGCAGACAGUCGGGAGAAUUACUUAUGAGAUCUUGAGACCUGAGGAGUUAGAGAGUGAAAUUAAUUAAAUAUUGUUCUUUUCCUCAUCCAGCGAUUUACCAAAGCAGUCUAUGAGAGAAAGAAACCGGUGGAAGUUAUGCUCGAGCAGAGCAAGCAGUUCUUGAAAGGCAGCGGUCAGCUUCUAUCGCCCACGAAGAAAGCCGAACUUGACUCGAAGAUGAGCAUAUUGGAAGCGAGGUGGGGACGACUGCAAGCUGAGCUCGACAAUCGGUACAUGAGACUUGUGAGGAUCCACGAAAAGCUAACGAAUUUUGAAGAACUGUUGCAUCCUUUCUUGGUAUGGUUUGUGUUAUUUUUUUAAAAUUAUUAUUAUUAUUAUUUAUUAUUUAUUAUUUUUAUUUUUAUUUAAAAAUUGCAUCAAAAAAUGGAAUAUUUCCAAAAAAUGUCCUCAACUUAUUUUUUUACCUCAUGAACGGUCCUCAAUGUUUUAAUCCGUUUGUGGUCGGCGAGUGCCUAAGCUUUGGCUUCAAUGAUUUUAAAUUUUUUUGCAAUCAGCCAGUGAUGUUGGCUCCUUACCAAGUAGGGCACUAAAGAAGGAGACAAAAUUUGCAUGGUGGAGCCAAAGAUAAAUGGAUUUGAGAAAACAUUUGACACCUAACGCAUGGAAAACAAAGGGGACAGCGGGAUGACCUAUCAGCCCCUUUGCAAUCGUACUCUGUGUUCUUCAGUCGCAAAAUGGAAUUUCGUGCAUGCUUUUUCUUGCUUUAUCACACACAUCCCUUUGCUUGUAAAGCAAAGAAAGGAGAGAUCUUUAAAAGAUGCCCUUUUGAUGAUAAUAGCUCUAUAGUAUUUUGAAAAUUUAGGUUUAAAAUGUGAAUGUAUGCCCCGUCACCAUUUUGUGUAUCUUAAACCAUUUCGCAGAUAUUUCUCAGGGUUGUCAACUUUAAUCCUUAUUAAAUAUUUCCAUUUGUGUUUCCUUUUGGUUUAUCGUUGUCUUUUUUGGUGAUAUUCCUUUCUUAUCAAGCGAAUUACUUAUAGUGUAUGGUAGCUGCAAUGCGGCAAAAAUUGAGUUAAAGCAUCAUGAUCUGGCUGCAGUAAAACAAAACCCGGAACAAGAUUUGGGCGUUAAGGGCGAUCCUCUCACAGUUUCAGUUCUUGCUGUAUUUGUUCAUUUGAGUGAAUUUCGUAAUCUGUUUUCAGGCGUGGCUCAAGAAAGCAGAGGAUCAGGCCAGUGCUAUUCUCCUGGAUGCCAAAAAUAUCCAAAGAGCCCAGGACAAACUUCUCAUUCACAAGGUUUGUGUGCUCCUAUGUAAAGAGAUUUAGUUCAUUGAACAUGGCUUUCCAUCAAGAUAACGGAACAAUGAAAUAAUGUUAAGCUUCAUUUUCCAUUUUAUCUAGUUUCCGGAUUCAUUGUCUAUACUUUGUGAUUGUAACCUUCAAUCUUUACCCGUAAAUGAGAGAUAAGACUUUGUCCUCUCUUCAUUCCGCUGGGUAUGUCACGUAACAAUUUUCUUAGUCACGCAACACCAGUAAUACAUUGUAUCAAAUAUGUGUUUCGAUAUUUUCCUUCAACCAAGCUGCGUGAAACGCGUAAAUGUUCUAUUAAUUAUUAAGGACUUAUUCAAAAAAGUCAUUUCCAAAUUAAGAAGAAAGUACUUCCUCAGUACCACACCACUAACUAUUGAUGCGUAAGAGGUCAAACAAUUUUUAUUUUCAUAAGGAUUAUUCUCAGAAAAGAAUGCCUCACUCAGGUGGAAUUUAGAGAUUUUCACGCGGAUUUAAAGACUAUUCAUCAGAAAUAUUACAGCCAUUUUUCCGCUUUGAGAUAUUCCGCAUAGAGAUGCAUCUUUCACGAGGUGUUCUUCACCCGCCAAAAUUUUCGCUACCAAUAUAACUAGGGCGAAGAGUAACUCUGCUCGUCUUCAUUUUCCCUCUUGACUGACGUUCAAAGCGACACUUGAAAGUUUUGAAUGAGGAAUUUUUCCAUCUUUUUUUAUUUUCUUUUGAAUUGAUAAUUUUUGUAUGCGUUUUGGCGCGUUUGACAUUUUUAUAAUGCAAAUAUUUACCGAAGAAAGCUUUUUUUGGACGAGUCACACGUAAAAGGGAUUAAUUUGGGUUUGUACCUUCUUAUCGUUUGAUCCACUUUUCUUAAAGGCCAAACUAAAUUACAGUGAACAAUAGGCUGACCUUGGAAAAAGGCAACUUAAUCGCAAUACAAUCAUGUUUCUAAAAAUGCUCUCGUUUCAAUGUAGCAUUUUGUCGACGACGUGAAAGAUCACGAGAAAGACUUAAAGGAGGUAAACCAAAGUGGGGAGGACUUCCUACACGAAGCAAAGGUGACCAUUUUUCUUUAUAUUUUAUAACAAUUGACUGCUAGGAAGUGUGACCAUUGAUUGAAGACCUUUGUGUUACAGUGACUCAUUGGCCGGUUUGCCGUGAGUGAAAUUGACUUAGAAACCCAAACAUUUAAAUUUAUGCGUUAUUUGAGUACUAUCUUCGGUGGUGUUUAAGAGUUUUUAAGGGUGGCAUCGGUCUUAACCUUUUUAGAUGUGAGUCUUUAUCAAGCCUAGCCACAAGUAUUUGUCAACCCAGUUUAAUGUUCAUGACUUGGCAACGGUAUUAUAGUUUUUUAUUGCAUUGUGUUCAUUGCACUUCCCAUCCGAUAAUGACUAUUCAUGACAUUAUUCAAAGUCGGAAUUGUUGAGUUAGAAGGAUUCGUGGAGGAUUCUGUUCAUUCUGUACACUCCAACUUUUCAGUACCUAAAUGAAUGUCUGCAGUCUCUUGGAUGAGCGCGUUUGACUAAAGUUUGCCUAUGGACACUCAUUGGGAAUGUACUUUGUGGGAUUAUAUUUUCAUAGCGGUUAAUGAAAGGGCCUACUUGUCGUCCUCAUGCAUUUGCAGUUGUAAGAAAUGUGUGAGCCGGUUUCAACGUGUUAGCUCUGUUUUAUUUGUUUUAGGUUUUCCACGCAGAGCUCGAGCGUUCUGUUGCCACAUUAGAAUCCACAGAUGUUGCAUCGCCGGCGCAAGUUAGUAUAGCGGUCCCUAAUGAAAAGUCCUGGGUACUAGAGAACAAGCUUGCUGAUAUUAAUGAGCGCUACAGCAGGUAAAGAGUAAUUCCUUUGAAAUUUUUUUGUUUUCUUUUGAUUUCGUUGGUGUUUUUUUUUUUGGCAUCUCAGUUUAUCCUCUAUAAAAAAAAAAUAUUACAAAUCGCACAACCUUUUAGAAAUUUACGCAAGUCAGAUCUUGAUUGUUUUUGAGGCAUUACUGAUUGCAAGAUCUCUUUACAAUUCCACGUGUUGCAUUUCAUGUCGCAUUUCACAGUAAGUGGAGUCAUUUUACGGCCCAGUUAUUGACGUUUGAAUCGAUAUUGACAGUUCAAUGUUGGGCCGGUCCCCUGCGUUGUGCUCUUUUGUAACACCGUAGCCUUCUGCCCCAGGGGGGGACUUGAGAAACUACGGUGAUUACAUUCGAUAGUCUAAUGUACCGAAGGAGGCAAUUCUCUCUGUCACCACAUGCCAGUGAGGCCAGGAUAACCCCGGAAGUUACGACCUACCAGGCUCGAAACAGUUCACCCUUUACACCCCAUCAUCAGUAAGCAAAUUCUCCAUACUGUUCUCUAUACAUUCCCAAGAUGCUGAUAAGGAGAAUUUUUUAAAAAACCAAUAGCUUCUUUAGUUAAUGAUCAUUGCCUUCAUUCUCGUGUCCAGACGAUUUGAUUCAGUGGUGAUAUUGUCAGGAAAAAUUGGAUGCUAGCACUCUUAGGGGUAAAAAGAUGAAUAUUUUGCGACUAAGGCAUUUUCUCUCCUUCGCAGGCUUCUUUUGCUGAUUAGUGAACAAGGAACUAUCUUAGACCGAUCAUGGCGGCAAUUGCGUGAGUAUGACAGUCAAGCCACACAGGUGUUACCCUGGUUGAACAAAGCAGAAGACACAUUAGCCCGGUACAUGGCGCAGCCUGUGAAGUCAGAUCCAACAGCUAUUAAACAGCAAAUCACUGAACUGAAGGUAACUGGAAAUGAUUACAGAAAGCGUUGCAAUGCAGCUUUCAGAACAAAGAUGAAAUACCAAUACGACUCAAUGGGAGCGUACAGUAUAAAGAUGCUAUCUAAAGCGCGGGAUAACGCAAGGAACAAAGUCGCUCCGUAGUAGACGGGGCACUAUAGAACAUAGCCAAUCAGAGAAGACUUUUUUGUACCACGUAGUACAAAUGAACCAAUCAUAUGUUCGGCUUUGCAUAUGAAUCGCGAAGAUGGCGAUUUGAUUUUUUUUGAUUGGCUGUGUCCCCGUCUACUAUUUCCAUCCCACUGGCUCGGAGAGUGUCUCGAGUCAGACCAAUCUCAACGCCACAUUUCCAGACAUAUUCUUUGCGCGUCAAGCUUUUAAAAACCUCGCGACCACGUGGAGAACGAAGUGGGUGGGGUGAUCGGAGUGUUAGCACGCCUCACAGGUUGUUUUCCUCGUUUUGAUUUGUCUCUCGUCAGGUUCUGCAGACAGAGGUGAAUUUACAUCAGGCGGAGAUCGUAGCUGUUGGGGUACUUGGCCACAGUGUCCAAGGAUUGAUUCGAACGCCCGAGUUUGAGCGAGGGAAGACGAUAAGCCAGCGAUAUGACGAGCUGUGUGCGAACAUCAGUGUCUACCAGGAAAAAUUGCAGGCAGCGCUCACCACCUCACAGAACUUCAAGGAUGGAUUAGAUGUUGCGAUCAAGGCUCUGACUGAACUUAAGAAACAACUCGACAAAGUUACACCCGUGUCACGCAAUCUGAUUGAACUCAGGAACCAGGCGCAGCGGUUUAAGGUAACGCGACUAACAGAACAAGAGCUUAUGCUUCCAGAAAAUACUUUUGCUGGACACAAUUUUCAUUCUUUUAGCAUUUGUUUCUAAGGUUUGAAGAAUCCAAUUCGAGAAACAACGUAUACAUGCCUUUACGACUUUGCUUCUUAAUCCGUGAACCCACAAGAUAUAAUAAGAAACUCUUAAUUAUAUCUACUUUACAUAGCUAUGUAGGUUGAGUUAGAAAACUUGGUUUUAUAGCAGAUGAGUUUGUUUAUUUUUGUUAACUCUGAAACUUAGUUGAGAAUUCAAGAGGUAAUGUUUUGAAUCUUAGCCGCAAACGUCGUGUUAUAAACGGAUUAAUGUCAGUAUAUGAGCAACAGCGCAUCUGCCCUCACCCUAACCUAACAUUAACCCUAAACUUUAAUUUUUCGCAGAUUCUUCAAGUGGAAGUCAACCGAAACGGAACAUCUGUGGAAGCUCUGAACGAAAUGUUUAACUCGCAGAAGAAGAAGCAGAAAGAAUCCAAAUUGAAACAGCUCAACAAACUCUGGGUUGAAGUGUUGGAAAGAUCUGACAAUCGUAAGGAAGAACUCAAGAGUGUGUUUAUCAUGAUCGCAAAAGACUUUGAACGCUGGGAACUGGGUAUGAUCAAGAGGCUCGACGCCGGCGAACUGGUGACUAGUGAUAUCCUGGUGUUUGAGGAGAAGUUACAGGUGGGAUACGUGUGAUACUUUGUAAUACAAAUGAAUAAUUGGGCUAAGUUGCUUAAGAAACUGUGGCACUACGUCGGCUUAGGUACUACAAGGUAAUUUGGUUUUAUCAAAUUAGUCAAUGAUGUAAAUUUGCCAUCGUUCAUGAAUUUUAAAGCUGACAUUUCAGAGUUAACCCUUUGUCUGAGCGAAAUGUCAGCUUUGGAAACUCCCAACUGAGGCUGAUUUACACUAUCAACUCAGUUGAUAAAACCAAAGUACUUUUUAUCACAUUCCGGUUGCCCUAAAGCUUUUCGACAACCCUGAUUGGUGUGCCUCUCACUGUCGUAUGAUCUGUUUUUACGCUGUAAUCCUUAUUUAAAGACGGAGUGGUACACCAGGGGCUUCGUUAAAAGCGGUCUACCGCCGUCUGUUGAGCUUGCUAUGAGGUUCUCAUGCUUGGGUUUUGCUUGUGGCCAUUUUUCGGGCACAGCCCCCUCUUGUUACACCUUUGGUAACCGCUUGUGGAAAAACUUGGUGAAACCCCUGGAUACACGCUAUGCUGUUCUACUCGAAACUUUUAUUUGUACGGUAAAUGAAAUCUACAUCUUAGCUGCUCGAAAUCCUAAUUUGAAUUUACCAGAUACUCCGGGAAGGUAAGAUGGCUUUGCUGCUGAUCUUGUACAAAUACCCCUACUUUCGCUUCAGAUAAGAAUGGGCAAUGAACGAUUUUCACUCUAUUCAUAUAUACUCAACUUCACCUGUUUUCGUUUUUUAGCAUUUCCAAGACGAAGUCGAAAAGAUGCGGCCUGCCUUCCAAUCCGUGAACCAGGGAGGUCACGAACUGAUUAAUCUGGAAAAAAAUAAGCAACAGUCCAUCAUCCUAGAAACACUAGACCGCGUGAACAAGAACUGGCAGACUCUUGCGAUUAAACUGCUCAAUACCACGGCAAAGUUUGACGAGUUACAGGAACAGUCUGAAAAGUUUUACACUGUGUACAAAACCGUCACUGUGUGGUUGGACACCAUAGAAGUGAGGCUUGUCUCCAUACCUCCCGUGGGUCUGGACCCAGAUGUACUCAGUGCGCAGAUGAAAGAACAGAAGGUAAUUUGGGGUUAGAAGAGAAAAUGAAAAUCUGACUUGUAGAUAAGGCUCCAGGAAGCAAAAAUGACUGAAUAAAACUGAAUGAAGCCGCCGAAUUUUCCUCCUUAAGGCACCUGUCUGCCAUCAUCUUAUUAAGUAAAGAAAAAGUUAUGUUCUCUGGUAAAUAUGGUUCGUAAGUCCUUCGCACCCUAACAUCAGUUUUGAUAAUCUCCAUACUGUUCUCUUUACAUUUCCUUUGGCAUUAAUAAGGAGAAGAAGAAUGACAAUCAAAGCUCCUUACGCUGGCGAUCAUUUCUUUAAUUAUUAUGAUCUUCAUAAAUAAUUGGGCGGUAUUGAUGUAAGGAGAAAUAAGAUGCUGGUCACUCCAAGGGUUUUCAGGACGUUAUGAAGUUAUCAAAUCUCUUUUGAUUUCAUUUUGCAGGCAUUGCAAAACGAAGCCGUGAAUUACAAGGCUCAAAUCGAUCUGUUGGUUGGCCUGGGGAAAGUUAUCAUCAGUAUUACAUCUCAGCACCCCGGUGAAACACCUCAGACUCCGCUUGAGGGGGACUUGACAUCAGUGCGCACGCGUUACGAUGACGUGUGGAAACAACUGGAAACGAGAAAUGUCACGUUGGAGACGACCGUGUUGCAGAUGGAAAAAUACAGGAGACUGGUGCGGAAUAUUACAAUUUUUCUGGGAAGGACGGAGAAGAGGUUAGGCAAACUAGAACCCGUGGCGGGAGACACUGAUACCAUUAGACGUCAAAUAUCCGAUCACAAGGUAAGAUCUGAAGACCCCUGUCACGCUAUGUGCAUGACAUUAAUAUUGCGUGACUUUUUGGACACCUAAGAAAGCCCGAAGUAGAAUUACUUUCUGUUUGUCACGCUUUUCUUGUCAAUGUGCUGAAAGUUUGACCACAAUUCGAAGACAUAGCGCUUUUUUUUAUAUCACAUAAUAAGCUAAUUGACGUGAUGUGAAGAUUUCAAAGUUGGUGAGAAAGAACACGCUCAGCAAAUCGAAGGUAGUGAAAAUAUGUGUAUCACAAUGAACUGAUCAUGGCUCUUUAUUUAGUAUUCUAGGUUGUUUUAAUAAACUGAGGUGUUCACUUCAAUUUUGAUUUUAUAACAGCCAUUGGAAAAGCGUUGUAAUAUAUGUUCAUGACAGAUUUGCUUUGGAUUUCUUCGCCAGACUCUACAAAAAGAGAUUGCCCAGAACAAAGGAGAUGUUGAACUGCUCUUGAAAGCCGGAAAUGAUUUGUUAGAGGACCGAGAAGGUGCUGCUGGAAGUGAAGAAAUCCAGGUAAAACUUAGCUGCUAAAGUUUCUUUACUGCGGUUUCUCGCAGUCGUUUGCUGCAACUGUAGGGUAAAUGUGGGCAGAUAAAUUUUCAGCCCCAAAACGAGUAAACCUUGCACUGCGCGCGGGGAGGGGUGGGAAGGGGGUCGAAAGAGCAUCUUAUAAACUUGCAACGGAUCUUGGGAUAUAAAUGAUUAAUUUUGAUUGUGGAAAGUCUCAGUUCACCGUAUGGGGUGAGUGAAAACGAGUUACUAUUACCUUUGACUGUUAGAGGUCCGGUCUCUAUAACCGUGUGAUCCUCCCUUUCUUCUACCCCCCCCCCCCCCGGCGAGAAAUGGUGCUUUGCAGAAAGGUAUUCGAUGAGUUACCAUGACCAUGACCAACACGACUUAUUCUGUUCGUUCCAGGAAGAAAUUGCCAACGUGAGGAGCCGCAUGGAGUUCAUCGUGGUAGCUUCAAAUGAUCGACAAAAAGAGCUGGAAAGCACCUGGAGUACGGUCAAGAACCUGGACGAAUCAGUCCAGUCUCUCACGGUUCAGAUUAAACAGCGCCGCUCGGAGAUCGAGGCCCUCUUGAGUGAAGACGAUCCCAAGAAUGUUAGCAGACGGGUCAAGGUAACUCCCGUGCAUGUCGAGUCGUUCGUCAUCAAAAUAAAAAAAAAAGAAAUAUGGAACUAUGUAAAAAAGGGUCAAAAAGAAGGGUUUGAAGUAGCAAGAUUGGUUCAAGAACCAUUUCUCAAAGGAAGUGAAAAACGUGGCGAGCCGUUGAAUUCCCGGGGAAACGUGGUUAAACUUUAAACAGUUUCUUAGCCGUCGCUAUGUUACUAGCUUUAAGAACUGAUUAAUUGGCUAGUACAUUUGUAACUACCUCAUUCAUGGUAAUCUGUGUCAUCGACUUAGUCCUUUUGAGAGCUUUUCGACUGAUGUGUUCAAAGAAAUCUAACUUUCCUCAUUUUCCGCAGUCUAAAGCACCUAUGCACCUUUUCAUUAUUUUACUGUUUUUUAUUAUCCCAAACAUAUUUUAAAAUUGUUUAACUCAAUUGUUGUUUGUUUUGUUUUGUUUAAAUAGGCCUUAAAUCACGAAAUAUCCAGUCUGAAAUACCAGCUGGCCAACACCAAUGAGUCUGGGCAGGAAGUGAUAAGACAUCUGGAGGAUACAGAACAGAACCCAAGGAGUGUCGUCGAUAAGGUGACUGGAGUUAACAACCAGUGGGAUCAACUCCAAACUCAGUUGCUGGAGCUAAAAAAUCGUUUUGAAUUCAAGGUAAGUCCGGAAAGAAAUUCCUUGCGCGUCGCUCGUCACGGUUCACACAUCACAGUUCACGCAUCACGUUUCAUUCUAUUCACAUUUCAUGCUCCACGUCUCACAUUUCACACUAUCGUUUUCACGUAAACUUGUUCCUGUAGCGAAAACAACCGCGCCGAGGUAAGUGCAGUUGUCAUAUUAACCUAUAGAGAAGUGAAAUGAUGCCCAAGAGAAGUGGACGUCACGCUGGAAAUGUCACGUUUGAUGCCAAUUUGUGGAGCCGGGCAUAGGUGAGCUUCCUUUCCAAGUGCCAGGGAGGAGUGUCUCCCUUAAGUUUAUCGUGUCAUUACCCAGAUCUGUAUGAUCACUGUUUGAUAGUGCUUAGUGUGUAGCAUCAGCUGAUCGAGUGGAAUUUGAGAAUGAUAUUCUUGUUCUAGGAAUAAAUAAAGAUUUGUCUCUCUGAAAUCGAAAAGCACUGGGUAAAAGUUUAGGGUUACUUCCCACCUUUGCAGGUGUCCUUCGGGAAAAAAUUCGUACGCGCGCUAGUUUCAUUUAAAUCCUAGCAAACUAUAUAUCAGGAGAAAGCUGAAUAAAACAGUUUACCAUAAAAAUAUAAUUUAAGCGACUUUUCUCUUAAGGAAGCGUUAGGAGCCGGUAAGGCGUGAAACGACCGAAGGUUCUAUUGAAUUUAUUGGGUAUCGGAUGCUGCAGCACGAGCAAAAUGGCUACAUAGUCUCAUUCACAAGGCAUCAAUCAACUACGUGUGUCAGGCUUUUCCGUUAUUCUGAUUGGUUGUGUAGAUAUCGGCAUCUAAAGUUGGAGUAGCUAAAAAUAUGCGACUCGUUUUGCGUAAAUGGACGCUACGGGACAAAUAUUUCAAAUAUCAAAAUUUUCCGACACUUUCGUUUGUCAUUACUCCUAGGAUGUUUCGGCGAAAUUUUACGAGAAUCGGUCAAAUCUAUAUACCCUAUAAAUUUGCUCAAAGUGGUUGUAUUCCUCCCAACAUCAUAUACGAGAUUUUAGCUUUUAAAGGUUCGCCAACAACUCGCGCCACGCUAGGAGAUUAUCUCGCCUCCUGAAACCGCAAACUAAUAGGACAACGAGACCUCCUGGCGUCAAUGACGAUGAUAAAGAUUUCGUGGGAAAAGUAACCCAUUCAAGCCCCUUUUUUUUUUUCUCGAUCGCUCAGGGAAGCGUUGAGGAGGACGACACAAUAAUGACCCUCAUGUAUGGCAAAUCUUGGUUUGGCGGCGACUUCUUUGUUCGAAAUCUGGACGCCAGCGUGGAGCUCCCCCAGUCACUUUAACGAAGGAUUUUUUUUCUUUUCUUGACAGAAUGGUACCCUUUCUUUCUUCUUGGGGCCUGUUUUUUUUUCUUUUUUUCCCAAGGACUUUCUUCCGAUUUUCAUUUUUCCAUGAGCAAAGAUUUUCCCAUAAACAAAGAGCUUCCACGUAUGAAUUUUGUAAAGUGCGCGAUGUAAACAAUGUAUGGAAAUAAGAUGAAAAUCGAGCCCCAACAUGAGCGGUUGCCGCGAAAAUUCCCCCAGGGCACCCGCCCAGGUUAUGACAUCUUCCUGAUUUAUUAACUGAUUUGAAAAUACGUUUUUAUAAAUAACUUGGGUACUUUCAGAUAGAUUUCAGAUGCUUUUUUUACGGGAACGUUAGGUUGAAUGUUUGAAUUUCAGUUUAGUCAAAGAGAAGAAAAAUCGAUUUUUUCGGCCUCUGAAGGUGGGAAGUAACCCUUAGGUACGAGCCUGGAAGGGAUCAUGGUUGCUUAGUAUUCUGCGUGUAUACCAGCCGCGAAAGGAAGGAUCUAGACUAUUUUUAGUCACUGAGAGAAAAGAUGAACGUGAUUAGAAACUACAAUUGACACUGUUUUCUUUUGGCUGUUAUUGUUCUUAAGGUGUCUUAAGAACGUGUAGAAGGAAUGCAUAAAUUUGUGUUACGAGGUUACUGUGAUGUUAUUUAAGGCCCGUCAGCUGCUUGUUCAUUUAUUGUCCGUUUCCUUGAACAUUUUUCUGAACAUUGACGAAUAUUUUAUUUCUGUUGUUUUUUUAAACGCCCAAUCACUUUGUGUCGGUAAACACUCGCUCCGCAAUAUUGUGCGGGAACAGUUCUGGUUGAACAAUUUAACACGAGUCUCUUGGGGUAAUUAUUCGUUAUUGACAAGCAUGAUCGGUCGCUGAAUUCAGCUUCUUAGCCACAGUCCAAAUGAAUCCCGUUGUGACUGCUGUGGGACGAGUUUUUGGCUUGUUUAGACGGCGCAAACAAGAUGUGAGUUGAUCUCUAAACUUAUUCUUAAAGAGACAGAUAUGUUAACAACCUGAGACACGGAUGGUUUAUCUUGGAAUGUUUAGCAUAAAUGUAGUUAGUGUCUUGGCACAUCGACUGAUGAAAAUCAGGGGGCUGGUUAGUUUUUCGGCCUGUUUUUAGAAGAUAUUUUGUGGGUUGAAUUCUUGGUUUGUAUUUUGAACACGCGAGUUAAUGAAAUUUGUAUGUGCGAGUGCUAACAUCACUAACCCAAACAAUGCACAAAUUAUAGUGCGGCAAGGAUCAGGUGAUGUCGUAUUCAGGAAAAAUGUACUAGUUUCUGUCUCUUAAUUGCCAGUAUUCUAUUUAUUACGACUGAUUUACCAUCACCUCUGUAGUUGCGAGUAGACUGUUCGAAAAACUAUAUUGUUCGGUCUAUUAGAAGCGAUACAUAUCUGAGAACUUCCAAUUUUUAAUAUGUUGAUGGUAGUAAUAUUUCGCAGUGUAAUAUUGAUAGUUAGGUAAUGUAUGUACAGCAUCAAAUCAAUUCCGUCUGUAUUGCCCAUGAAAAACUGCGAAAAGAUGUGGACAAUUAUCACUUCCAUGUGUUUGCUACGCGUCGCUUUGGCCCCGCGGCUGUAUUCUAAUUGCUUGUGAGGACUGAUCUGAGAUGCAGUAUUUGAGGACAAUUGAAACCCACUCUAGAGACUUAAUUUGAAAUCCUGAUCUUUAUUUUAGCAAUCAACAGCUUAUCCACAUAUUUGAAUGGCCUAUUAUUAAACUUUGCGAAAUUUUUCUAGGUUGUCGUGGGGCUAAUUUGUAUUCAGUUUUGUAUGCAAAUUAAAUCUGAAGAGGCAAUUUUGUUUACCUAUCGCGACGGAAAUUAAAGGAUACAUUGGAAAAAGUAUAAAAAUAUUGGAUGUAGAAGAGUUUCUUCACAAUUUAUCGACUUUUCACGACUUGAAGUAAUCAGUGAGGCAUAAAUUCUCUUCACAAGUUUGAUAGUUUGUCAAACAGCCAGGCAGUGAGAAUUUACACCAUCAUCAAUUAAUUGGAUGCGACCAUUAGGUCACCUGACUAGCCGGUCAUUAAAGAGAUAUCUCCAUCAGUUGAGCGAAGUAGCUUUAUCAUCUUUGGAGGUUAUUGACCCGCGCGGUAUUUCAUUGUAUCUUUAGGAUGAUGAAUCUCCAACAGACAGCGAUUCUUCCCGUCCCUUUAAGGUCACCACAGUCAAAAAGAAUCUCCUUGAUACAUUUGAAGUUCCUAAAUCUGGGAAAACGGAACCUGCUGCUGAGAGAACUAACGUACUCCUUUCACCCAGACCGUUUGAAUUAGGGAAACCAGUGGCAAAAAGUUCUGAUAGUGAUGGGAGAGUGGAAGAUAAGUCUCCCUUUGGAGUUACAGCCGUCGAAAUGGGCACCGUUGAAAGUUUAAACUUUGAAGUCCCAAGUAAAUCUAGACCAGAGACUAAACAGGAAGAAUUUGAAUGGGGAAGGCCCCUUCUUGGGGCCUCUUCUGACGAAGAAGAUUACGAGGACAACGAUGGGGAGACGGUCGUGUUUGAAUCAGCACAACCUGUUUACUUGGAAGAGGAACCAGGCGAGGUAAGUAUUUCAUUGCAGAGUUCGGGAGAUAAAAGUGAUGAUCCUGAUGAAGAAGUCAUCGAGGAAUACGUUGAUGAAGACGGACGUCAGGUAAAAAGAAUUGCUAAAUUAACGACCACCAAGACAAUACUACGAGUAGAACGUCAGAUGCCCGACUUGGAAAUGGAUGUCGAUAUCCCUCCUGAGCCAAAAGAAGAGGUAGAGGAGUACACAGACGAGCACGGACAACGGAUAACAAGAGUAAUGCGCACUUCUCAUACCACUACAAUGAAAACGGUGCUGCGAGAUGGAUCAAUGAAGGUUGUCCUGAAACCUGAUGAUGUCGAUGAUUCCAAGCUUAGAGAAGAUCCCGAGGAAGGAGAACAGAUAGUGAUGAUUGCCUCCGAUGCUGGUCGUCGCACACAGAAGCUCAGAAAAUCAGUUUUCACGACUCAGUUGAAAGGAACAUUACAACCUGUUAACGUUGCGUUCCCGUCGGAAGAAGAAUCCGAUAUGCCGUCACCCAAACUACCUGCGGAGUCUGGAAUGGAAGUUGGAGACGAGGAUGAAAGAGGCGAGCCAGAAGAAAGGCCAGAAGUUAAAGAAAACGUGUUUUCUGUGCACUUCGAGAAAAAAGUGAUAAUUCCUGAGUUGAGUUCAUCGUUAGAGGAGAUUCCACAAUCCAAUUUACUGCCAACGAAAACAGAUGACCAUUCACCAAAGGCGAUUGACAAAAAUAAAGAUAACAGAGGACCCCAAGUGUUUGAAUCAGCGGCACCUGUCUAUCACGAUUUGGUCCCUUCACCAGAUGAUAGAACGGAGGAAGAGUCACCAGAGGAGGUUGAAGAAUAUCUCGAUGAAAAUGGUGUUCGUGUUAGGAGAAUUGUGAGACGUUAUGUUACUACAACUGGUAUAAGGAGACAGCAGAUUGAACCAGAGCAAGUCGAGUUUUCUAUGGCGCAAACAGGAGAUGGAUCACUGGGACAAGUCGAAGAAUAUAUCGAUGAAAAUGGAGUUCGUGUAAGGAGAACUGUGAGACGUGAUGUCACCACGACCAGUAUUAGGAGACAGCAGAUUGAACCAGAGAAAGUUGAGUUUUCUAUAGCGCAAACAGGAGAUGGAUCACCGGAACAAGUCGAAGAAUAUAUCGAUGAAAAUGGAGUUCGUGUAAGGAGAACUGUGAGACGUGAUGUCACCACGACCAGUAUUAGGAGACAGCAGAUUGAACCAGAGAAAGUCGAGUUUUCUAUAGCGCAAACAGGAGAUGGAUCACCGGAACAAGUCGAAGAAUAUAUCGAUGAAAAUGGAGUUCGUGUAAGGAGAACUGUGAGACGUGAUGUCACCACGACCAGUAUUAGGAGACAGCAGAUUGAACCAGAGCAAGUCGAGUUUUCUAUAGCGCAAACAGGAGAUGGAUCACCGGAACAAGUCGAAGAAUAUAUCGAUGAAAAUGGAGUUCGUGUAAGGAGAACUGUGAGACGUGAUGUCACCACGACCAGUAUUAGGAGACAGCAGAUUGAACCAGAGAAAGUCGAGUUUUCUAUAGCGCAAACAGGAGAUGGAUCACCGGAACAAGUCGAAGAAUAUAUCGAUGAAAAUGGAGUUCGUGUAAGGAGAACUGUGAGACGUGAUGUCACUACAACCAGUUUUAGGAGACAGCAGAUUGAACCAGAAAGUCGAGUCGAAACAGUUUUCUAUAGCAAGCAAACAGGAGAUGGAUCACCGGAACAAGUCGAAGAAUAUAUCGAUGAAAAUGGAGUUCGUGUAAGGAGAACUGUGAGACGUGAUGUCACUACAACCAGUUUUAGGAGACAGCAGAUUGAACCAGAGAAAGUUGAGUUCUCUAUAGCGCAAACAGGAGAUGGAUCACCGGAACAAGUCGAAGAAUAUAUCGACGAAAAUGGAGUUCGUGUAAGGAGAACUGUGAGACGUGUUGUCACUACAACCAGUAUAAAAAGAGAAGGCCAGCAGAUUGAACCUGAAGAGGUUGGACUUACUUUACCGCAAACAGGAGAUGAAUCACCAGAAGAAGUUGAAGAGUAUAUUGAUGAAAAUGGAGUUCGUGUAAGGAGAAGUGUGAGACGCGUUGUCACUACAACCAGUAUAAAAAGAGAAGGCCAGCAGAUUGAACCUGAAGAGGUUGGAUUUACUUUACCGCAAACAGGAGGUGAAUCACCAGAAGAAGUUGAAGAAUAUGUUGAUGAAAAUGGUGUUCGUGUGAGACGCACCAUCACAACCACAAGUAUAAUACGUAAAUCUGGCGACGAACAGAAAAAAGAUCUGGGUACAAAGGUAUUUGAGUCGGCGGCACCUGUUUAUCUCGAGACAGAAGAUGUUGCACCAACAACAAUAGAGCUACCUGUAUCCCACACAGAACAUGACGCGCCAGAAGAAUUUGAAGAGUAUGUUGACGAACACGGUGUACGGAUCAGAAGAGUUGUGACACGAACAGUGACAAGAACUGUGCAUCAUGGAAGUGUUGAAGGGACGAUCGGAAUGCAAAGGCCAGUAGAGGAAGUGGUUCCAUAUGAGGAAACUGAAACUGUGGAAACAAUCACACCUGAAUCCACUGUCUUUAAUCAAGCUGAGCUUACAUCAUCCCGGCGAGUGUCCAUCCCAUACCAAACAACCGUCGUACAACGUUACCUUGUCGUUAUUGAAACACUUUAUCAAUACGUAUUGGAGCACAAAUCGUUGAUCUUCAUCUACAGCUCAAGACACAUGCGGUUUAAUUUUGUUCUGGAGAAUUUCCUGCAGUGGAUGCUCACAACUUUGAAAAAGUUGAGCUGGAUGAGGGCCGUUUCGUGGAAAGUGGAUGAAAUCAAGACGCAAUUGCAAGAAAUCAAGGUAUUCCUCUCACGCAGAAUAUUUGUUGAUUUGCAUGAUGGGAAUUGCAUGAACAUUGUAUGCCGAGUAAUUUGCACGGUGCUUGUGGAUAUCGGCCAUGAGGCCAUUUCUGGCUCUUUUCUCUCUACCACUGCUAAACCUCUUUAAACAAGAUUUGUUGUCAUUGCUUGCAUGCGUAACGAGAAAGUCAACCUUGGAAAAACUUGGAACUACACUGAGAUGCGAUCCUAAAUGUGAUAAUCUGUAAACAAGAUAGACUGUAAUAAAAACCUAUUUAUUGCUAAUAAAAUAAAAUUUGCAUGGACGUUUUGAUAAAAAUGAAAUUAGUAGCAAGUAAAUUGUGGCUUCAUUUGAAGCUAUCUUGGUUCAUCUAUGCCUUUUGCUUAUCGCACCAUCUAUCACUGUAGUUGCGUUAGUUCAAAGUUCACUCUGAGGCAUCUGCAAUGUGAUUUGACGCGUCCUAUUCCAUUGAUGAUCAAAAAUUGAUUAAUGUACUACACAAUUUGCAUUUUAUGUUAGCACCACAUAUCUAAUACUGAUGUUUUAUGUAUAUGGAAUAACUUUGUUGUUUUGUCCGUUAUCAGUGUAUGUCGGCUAUGUAGUGAUUGUUUUCUGAGGAAUCAUACCUCCACUGUGCACUUCUAAGGAAGCCUCCACAUACUUCUUACUCGCCUACUUCUGGCCAAUUCUAGCAGUCGUGUUUAUGAUCUUGCUGCUACACGUACUUUCAAUUCAGUUAUUCAUUUCAUGUAUUCGCUUCGUCUAUGUUUACUUUUUUCCUUGCACCUAAUUAUUUCUUUUGCUUGGUUCCAGCUUGUAUUCGUGCAGCCUUCAUCUUUUACUUUGUUCUCACAUCACAAAUUAUUUUCACUUUACAUUCCUUUCUAUUACUGUUACAUUUUGUUUGUCAUGUUUAUAUCAGUUUCCUUUUUACAUAUAUGCUUUAACCGUAGCUAAUAUCAUUCAUUUCUUGAUCUUCUUAUUGUGCCAACUCAUACUCGUAAAAGUUUUGUAAAUCUCAUAUGAAUCUGUGAUUUUCAAGAUUUCAUUUAUUUUUCUACUUCUUUCCUCAUUUGUUUGCAGCUGAAUUAAAUACAGUCGUUGUUAACGAGAGAAUCUAAUAGAAGCGUUUAAAUGACUGAUACUCGGCUGAGUGUUUAUUUUUAAACGCGUUCACGAGGGUAACAGUCAUAACCAACGAUAAAAUUAAACUUUUUAAAAGUUCAUAAAACGGAAUUCCUUUUCGAGUAUGAGGAUUACAAUCUGAUAUUUUCGUUACAAACAACUUUUAGGACAAGCAAUAACAAAAUGCACAGUUAUUGAUCAUUUGAUUCUAAUCUGUUCAUAAAAAUUCUACCUGUUAGCGUCUAACUUCACUGAAUCCUUAAAUCACUUUCGUGGGAAAUGAUAACUGCAAAGAAAUACUUUCAUUCCUUCUAUUUCCAUAUGUAAAAUUUCUAACAUUUUUAAGGUGAGAAAAACACCAAGUUUUUAAAAAGAUCCCUCCCUUUUUCUCGUAGGACAUAGAAAACGAAAUCGCUGAUCGAGCACCAGUCAUUGAAAACUUCACCAAAGUCAGCGAGGUCCUGGUUGAAACUGCGCAACCUGGCGACAAAGAGGAACUUUCCAGAGAGGUGAAUCACGUGACCGAAGCCUUGAGCAGCAUCGUGGAUAGAACCGCGGACCGACGGAGAAGCUUGGAAAAUGUUGCGCCUCUGGCGGACGAUUUCCAUGAUGCCUUACAAAACCUGUCAGAAGUGAUUUCUAAAAUUGAAGACAAACUGAAUACCCAGCGUGCAUUCGGGGCGGAGCCUGAAAAGAUCCAGGAGGAGAUUGAGAAGAUAAAGGUGAGGCUUUCACAGAAAGUUAGAGGUCUAAGGGGCCUCUGUAAGUAAGAUUCUAUGGGACAUUUUUUGUGCCGUUACAGUGACUUCAAAGUAUUAGUUCAGUUAGAUAAAGGAACAAAGAAGAGACAGCAGUACACCAUGAAAGAAGUAGGUAAGCUGAAGAUGGAGAAGAUUGAAACGGAUUGCAAAUGGAAAUUGACGAGCGUGAAAAUAAGAUAAGCUGAAUUUUAAGAAUAAACAAACCGUAAUGUAGUGCCUUUAAAAUAUUCUUUCACUUUAUUACUCCAUUUCCGCGUGAAACUUUGCAACUUCAUUAUAUCAUAGUCAUUAGUAUCAUUAUUAUUAUUAUUAUUACUAUUUUUUUAUCAUUAUUAUUAUUAUAUUAUUAUUAUUAUUAAUGCUUUGAUGAACCACACGACGCUUUUGAAGUUCAUUUUUUUAAUUUUUUAAUGAAAACAAAACAUGUUUCGGAUGAAAUAUCAUCCAUCGUCAGUUGUAUUAUGAGAAAUAAAAUGAAAUUAUACAAUAAAUAGUAUAACAAAGUGUGGAGAGGAGAGGAGAGGAGAGGAGAUAUUAUCAUUAUUAUUAUUAUUAUUAUUAUUAGAGAUGUUAUUAUUAUUAUUAUUAUUAUUAUUAUUAUUAUUAUUAUUGCCAUUAUUAUUGUUCUUAUUUUCAUUAUCAUUAUCAUCAUUACAAUUAUUAUAAGUAUUUUGAAUUUUAAGUCAACUCAUUUGGUUAGUAAUCGAGCGGGAAAGAAAAAAACGCCAAAGUUUCCGUAUUUUGAGGUGACAUAAAUGUGAUGUUGACCCAUCAGACAUCAGUUGUUUACUUUGCUGUUUUCCAGUCGGCACGUGUACUUAAAGUCCAUUCUCCUCUUGUACUAGAUCCAAAGUUUUUCUUGUAUCUUUGUCCGAUCCUUUUCAAGGGUCAAAUUUUUGGAUAAAAUACAUGAAAAUAGAGGGGGGCCAUGAACAGAAAACAUUGCUGAAAAUGUUGUUUUUUUGGUUUUGUUUUUUUUUUUUUAAUUGUGUCCUUAUAUAACUGGCAUUUCCUUAGAAAAUCCGGCAAAAUUUCGAUUUGUCAAGAACUGAUGUAUUUUCUCACGUUUGAGUUUGUUGUUAAGGAAGAAACUGUCAAGGCCUUCUUAUAGUGCUCUUCUGUAAAUAUACACGACUAAAGUCUAAAAAACACUGGAAGAGGGAAAGAUGAUUCGAACAUCACGUACAGCGAUGCUACUUCAUGCUCUCUUUACAACAAAAUAUUCAAUGGUGUUAAUUUAUGAAGACAGUCUUGUAAACAAGCUAAUUUGGUUUUUGGUAAUUUUUUGACGUGAAGGUAAAGAAUCAAAGUUGUUGAAUUUUGGAGGUUAAUUCCCACGGACCGCUCAGCAUGGUUUCCAUCGAGGCGCUUUAUUUGUUUGGUUAUUUUUGGCAAAAGAAUAACCUUGCUAAUUAUUUUACAUUACAGGAAUCAAAAUACAAAGGACGGACCGAUGUGAAAAGAGAUGUUAGCAAGCGAGGAAAUAAAAGCAUAAUUCUUUUGUUCGUAUUUUUAUUUGUAGGCCUCUUAAAAGGAAAUCUGCUUUAGAGAUUCUCUCUUUCAAAACACAUUGUUCCGAAAGUUCUUCGUCAUUGAAAUUCCUGCAGCGCGUCACUGUUGCUUUGAAAUUGCCUUUUCUGUCCUUUCGUUCUUAAAGAUUUGCAGAUGGAAUCUGAUGAGUCCCGCAUGAUUUCAUCAUGAGUGUUCUUGUGUUGUGACAUUUAUUGUAUUUCUUGUCUAUCAUGUAGGGAAAAUGUUACUUUCGUAGAUUAGAUAAUUACGCUUUCCUCACAAAUCUUGAAUCAGAAACUUUUCAAAUGUGCUUUUCAAAACAUUAUUAAAAUGGAAUUUACUGUAAAAUGUAUUCUUAGAAACACGUCAUCACUUGAUUUUUUUUGGUUGCAAAAAUCAAAAUGAUUUUUUUUCUCAGUAUAUUCAAGAGAUGACAUUAAAAUUUCGCUGUUUCCUUUCUCAGUGGGAACACAGGAUUAGGGCUUUUUUGUUGAGAUCUUAUGUUUAACGUAGUGCACUGAGAGAAAGAAGCUGUUUCUUUGUUUAAACUCGCGCAGCCCGUAACAACAAAGACGGCGACCUUGUCUCAAAUGUAAAUUCGGUGUCGUGAAUGUAUAAUUAAGUGGCAGUGUUUAGGAUAGCAAAUUUAUGUAGACGCAACGGUUCUCUGGAUUGUUUUGAGAAACCCGAGUCAUCACCAACCGUCUAAACACCAAGCAAAGAUCUGUGUUAUACACAAUGAAAAGGAAAAUUUCUGGAUUUGUUCAUCAUCGGAACCUAUCAUCAAAGAUUAUUCUGGAUAUUUCAUGUCGAACAAGCGAAUGAAUGGAAGGAAGUUGUUUAUAAAAUCAUGCUUACGAUAAAUCCAUCGGUUCAUCCGAGGAACACGUAGAUCUUACCUUACAACACAAUUAUUUAAGUUUUAAAAUGCACAAAAAGGAAAAUUGGAGUAAUCUUCCAGAAUGUGAAUCUCGAGGUUGCAAAAUUAAGACGGAUCGCCUUGGGCAUUGUAAUAACGCGAAAUUUGAUGAAGCCGCCGACAUCAGCAGUCUGCGAUUAAAACUCCGUACGAGGCGAUCGCUCGGAGAAUGCUCAUGCGACAGAAAAGAGGUGACUUCAGUCCGUACUCAAAUGAAUGGGGGAACGUUUAUCAGAUUUACGGGACCCACGAAUAAGAGCACCGUAAAUCCCGCUGCUAGAGUUAUGAUAAGCAACUCAAAGAGCCGAUCAACUUGCGGAUGUUUCUUGGAAAAAUCUUUGGACGGAAAAUCUCGUGCCUUCAAUUUACAAGCUAACGAUGUGUCAGAAAGUGGAAAAGAGGAAUAUUUUCGCGCCGUAACUAUUUGGCAAGGCUGUUUGAACAAACAUUUAAAUGUCCGUGUGAGAAGAUCGUCUGGCCAAUCUUUACCGCGAGCAAAUCGUAUUUCGUCUGAAUAUUUUUAUUGCAAUGGCGAGUUGCAGGCUGGGAAAAAGAAAUUUUAUAGUAAAGCGAAAAAUUGUCUUCAACCGGAGGUAGGGACUCCGAGAUGUUAUUAAAAUCUUGGAAACACCGUUCUUUUCCUUUUGAGGAAUUUUCUAAAUUUAGUACUGAUGCAGUUGGUACGCCUUAAAUAUUGAAGACAAAAUUGGCAAGGUUUUGUGUAUGGUUUUACUAAUUGUGGUGAUUUGACUUGGAAAUACGUUAACUGGAAUUUCAAAUUUCAAAUUCGAGUGAAUGUGAUUAUUAUUUUUCAAAUGGUAAUCGCUCUUGAUCGUUCUCAAACAUCGCACGGAUUGGGACGAUAAUAAUAAUCAAACGAAAUGCAAAUGACAGGCACUUAAAUUAUGUUGUUCUAAAGGAGCCAUAAAGUAAAUAGUUUUAUUGUAUUUUCGUUCAAAGAAACGACUAAUUUAACGAUUUCGAGCGAAAAGAACAGUUUGUUUCGCCCGUUUUAGGCAGGUACCCGCUGUUAAAUAAAAACAACUUUUUCGCAUAAUUCUAUAAACCUGAAAUAUAUUUCAACACUUUCGAAAGUAAACUUCACCCCGCAGGUGCAAUAUUUGUACCCUGAUAUUUCAUAUUUAAACAUGCAAUAAUUCUUUGUAAACACUUUUUCCGCUUUUUGUAUUCAUGCUUGGUUUCUUUGACGAAAAUUAUAAAUAUUGGACUUUGGAGUGCUUAACCACAGAAGUAUUAAGAUGUAUUUUAAUUUGAAGCAAUCAUUUUUUAGAGUUUUCUCGUCUUCCUUUCCAGAACUUACAAUCAGAACUAAACAAUUCAGCGGAAAGAGCUCACGUUACUGGGGAAGCCCUCCUGAGUCUGCAAGAUCCUUCCACAGACAUGGCAGCGGUGCGCAGUCAAAUGGAUGCGCUGUCAAGUCGGGUAGAUGCACUUAAGGGUAAGAUGACCCGGUUUGAAGAACAUUACGACGAGCACAUGCGCAAAGCCAAUGAGUUUCAGUUGGCGGUUGAAAGGCUUCUUGCAAAGUUCGGCGGGAAAAAGGAGGAGCUUCUAGCAAUAGACAUAGACACCACAGAUGGACAGGCCGUCAAGAAACGACUUGAGGAGCUGGAGGUAAACACUUUUUCUUUAUCCAUAUUAAUUGGAAGAAAAAAAUUUUUACUUUCACUUUAGAAUAACAGUAUUUCAAAUAUGAUUUACAUAGAAUGGCGCAAAACUUUACGAAGCUGUGCUUAAACUGAAGACAUUUUCAAGUCUUCUUUGACAUGUUGUUUGGCGCCCAAAGACGCCUGCAGCUGUAAGAAAAGUGACAAAGAAAAUUGUUUUUUCUUCGCUUUUUUCAGCUACACUAAAUUAGUGUUAACCCUAUAACUCCCACAAGUGAUUUGCUUGUAAAUUCUCCCUAUAACAUCCAUACAUUAUCCAGCAAACAGGUGACGAGAAUACUCAAACUUAUCAGGUCGAAGUUAUCUUGGUCUAACACCAAAAGUUUCGAAACUAAUUUACAAAGAAAUGUGUCGGCAGCUAGAGGGGAGAAUUAACAGUCAGAGCUUGGGAGUUGAAUGGCAAAAGAUGUAAAAUACUUACGAUAUCUCUCUUUGACUGGCAUUUUCAAGUCGCUCAGUUAGUCACGCCAUUUUGUCCGCAUACCUUGUGCUUAAACAAUCCCUGAGAGUACUGUACAGCCGUUGAUAACCGCGAAAUCUCUCAGACUAAAUAUUGUCCGAACGUUCCAGAAAGUAGAUCAGGGAUGACAUGUCUUUGGAAACAUUUGCUGCUGGUAAACAUUUUCUUGUAGCCUCAUAUGACGUUGCUUACUUUUCUUUUACAGGCCUUUCACGAAGAGAUCAGUAAACACAAGCCACUGCUUACGUCAGCGACUCUGACUGGUGAUUGGCUCAUCAGAAACGCGCACAGAUCAAGCGCCUUGUAAGUGAACCGAACCUUAAUUUCCUUAGCUUGAAUUCAAGGGAGAUCCACCUACGUUUUCUUAGUAAGCUAUGAACCCUCGACUUGAUGGAAAAAGUGUUUUAACAAUUAACAAGAUGACUUCUUAGUGCAAAUAGUCUAAAACCAUAUUUUGUGAAUUUAUAAAGAACGGAACGCUUGGGACACAUUGAAUAAAAUAUUGUUCAAGUUCACCAAGACUCUGUUACUUGAAUAAUUCUAUUAUUUUAUUCAUUUAAACUGAUGAAAAUAUGAUGUUUGAUUUAAGCUGUUCUCCAUCCCCGUUUUCGUAGCAUUACUUGUCUUAUCCACCAUAGGUUACCAAACGGAGAACCCGAGAGUGAAGCCAUCCCACGCGAUGUCCAAGAAAAGCUGGACAUGAUCAAAGAAAACUUCCAUGUCCUGGAGAUAAAAAUCCGCGAACAAAGACUUUACCUGUCUUCCCUGUCACCUCAGCAGGUAUCAACUGUAUAGCUUGUUGGUUAUUCUUGGGCGAUGGACGAGGGAAAGAAUGUUUGCACAUUGCCCUUCUUUCUUUCCCCUUCAUAACAUGCACAGCCGAUUGUUCAGGACGCUGAUCUUGAAUUCCAAUCGGUGGCAUGUACAGGUAGAAAUCGUCACUCAAGCGAUUUCAGAGUAGCCCCGCUCCGCCUUCAUGACUAUAAUUUGUGUUAUGGUUCAAGUUGGCAUUUAUGUUUCGGUUGUUUGCGAGUCCUUCAAAAGGAAAAUUGCAGCUCUGCGUCAAAGGUCCGAAAAUCCAUGUUCUUUGGCAGCCUGUCCUCUGUGACGUUUAGACAUCUGGUCUAGAUAUCUUUUUCAAACUUUCAUAGACAUGUUUUGUGUUUCAGGAGCAGAGACUGUUCGCUCUUCCAGUUGACCAUCAACCUGUAGAGGAAGCCCUGAAUCAUUUUAUUUCUUGGCUUUCUCGUGCGAAGGAGGUGGCCUCGAACUAUAAGCCCUUGAAACCUGAUCUGAUCACACUCAAAGACGAGGAGAUAGCAAUCACAGUAAGUUUGAGUUGUAAAGGGUUUGUUAUAAGCACAUGAGGACGUACUAGUAGGGUUUUCUUAGAGGAGCAAAGCAUGUCAACACCUUUUAUCAAAACUUAGUUCCAGUUUUGCACGUUAGUGGCCGUUUUAUUUUUGACGCAAUCAGUAGCUGGCGGGAAUGUAUUGGAAGUCUAUUAGAUUCAACUCUUUGCAGUGGUCAUUGUACCAUGGUCUUCUUAUCCUUUGAACGUCCAAACUCCAAUUACAAUUAUAACUGAGUUAGGUGAGAUUGUAAGGAAAUCCAAAGUGCGUAUAGUAAUCCAGGGGCGGAGUGGGGGAAUAGUCGGGUGAAACGCUAUAGAAAAGAAUCCCAUCGACGCGUAAAAACGGGACCACUAGUUUCUUUAUGGCGACAAAACUCGAAUAACUCCUAGUGACAAGCUGCACUAUUCUUGAACACUUAUCUUAGCGAUGUCAUUUUUCCUUUUUGUCCAGGCCGACAGACGCGACGUACUGAUGCACGAACCGAGCUACAACAGCCUCGUCCGAAAGGCCACUGAAUUCCUGCAGAAGUCAGGCCCAGGACCGAAACAAGAUGAAAUCAGCGCCAAAGUGGAAGAUGUGAAGAAGAGAUGGGAAGAGCUCAAGAAGACAACAAACGAACGACAUGCACAAAUCGCUGAUGUUUUACCGCUGGCUCAAAAAUACCACGACAAUUCGCAGAACGUGAAGGAUGUGGUGACACUAGCUGAAACUGAGUUAGGAUCAUAUCUUGGUGUGUCGCCCGACGUAGAGAUAGCAAAACAAGAGUUACAGAACAUCAAGGUAUGAAAGAUGAUGCUCUUACAGUUGUAACUAAGGCUGGGUUAUUCCAAACCUAACUUAGUUAAUGAUGUAAUUUAGUAUUAUCAACUGAGUUGAUAACGUAAACUGGCCACUGUAAAGAGUUUAAAAGCUGGCGUUUCGAGCGUUAGCCCUUCGUCAGAGCAAAGGACGAAGGGCUAACGCUCGAAACGUUACCAACUCGAUUGAUUAUACUAAAUAACACUGUUACACUCUCCCACCUACGUAGCACCAUAGUUUCUUCAGAAACGUAACCCCCUUUAUUCAUUAGUUAAUGAUGGAUUAACUGCGAACGAAAUCCCUCAGAUAAACUUAGCAUUUUCCAAGGCAGUGGACCUUGACUGGUAUCAACUGUCUCUCGAACAAUUUAGCAAAAGAGUACAGCGAUAAAUGUGUGGUUUCCCAAUACACCAUUUGCACAUCUUCCAUUGGUGAAUUUGCCCUCGUUUAAUCUGUAACUGCUCUGAUUUCUCUUCAGGGUGUCCUAAAAGCUGUAGAAAAACGCGAACGCGACGUCAAGCGAAUGAACGAGGUCGGCGCCGAGUUGGCCGAAAAACUCGACAAUUACCACGGGAUGUCAAGCGAAGCGCGCAACGAUCAGCAAACAACCAAUGAUCGUUACGAACGGAUUCGAUUGGAGCUGCUUAACCGCGAGAAGCUGAUUGAAGCGCAAGUCAACUCCUCGGAUCAAUUCAUGACUGCGCUGCAGGAGUUGGAAAUGGACUUAACUGGCGUGGACGCUGCCAUCGCGGAUGAAUCAGUCGGUAGUGACAGUGAAGAGCUAAAGCGACAGUUGGCUGAGCUUCAGGUGAGAAUAAUUCUUACAGGAAACUGAUCAUUUAAAUUUAUAGCGAUAAUGCAUUUCUCAACUUUUCACACCUUCUAGAGUUGCUUGCACUUCGCGUACGGUUUUGAGCUUUUUUCUUAAGCAUUAGAGGGUGUUCCAAGUAACAUUUGUAUGAUAAAAUUCGAAUGCUAAGGGUCUGAAAAUUUAAAGAACUUGAUACUGGUCCUGUCCACGGUUGCCCUUUUUUCACCCUUUAACGCCCACGAGUGACCAAGACAGAACGUCUUUUUACAAUAACGUUACAAUAUCAAUCUGAGUAGUGAUGAGAAUAAAGAAAUAUUCACUUAGGGGACUAUUAGUUGACUCAAUACCAAAUUCUCCGAACCAACAUCUUAAGAAUUUUUAUGGCAGACAGUGAAAAGAAUUACUAAAAAGAUCUUGGGAGUGAAGGGGUUAAAAGAACCCAAAUCAACUCUCAAAAUCUCGUGGUCUGACUUCUCAAAAAAACGAUUUCCUUUUGUUCGCUCGCUGUCCCUAUCUUUGGCAAUUUUAACUGUCUCGAUGUUUUCUUUUUAAGGCCUCUAAGGUCGCUUUAGCUCAGCGACGCCCCAAAUUAGGCUCGUUACAAUCGGAUGGACUGGCACUGAUGAAGGACAACAAAGAAAACGAAAAGUUUGUGGAUGCAACCAAGUCCAAAGUUCAAAGCGUUACAGAUCUGUACUGCAACAUUGAGGACAGAAUCAAAAAUCGGAUCGCGCAUGUACAAACUGCGCUCUACCGCUGUCAAGGAUUCAACGAGGCGCUAGACGACUUUGAAAGAUGGCUGUAUGACACCGAGAGUCGAUUCCAGGCCCUUGGCAUGCUGUCAAUCAAGCCAAGUGUGAUCAAGAAGCAAGGUUCUGGACUGAAGGUAACUUGGCGCUUAAUUAAUGGCCAGAGGUUUAUCUCCGUAUGCUGUAUAUAUUUAACGACAAACCAUUAAAACGUUUCCUUUUUCCCAAGUGAAUGAUUGAGUUCUGUUUGGGUUGAAAGGUUUUUUUAGUUUCUUCUGUUUGUUAGCUUUGCCUCGAUGACAAAAAUGAUGGCCACACAGCAGUUGUGAUGUGGCCUCCAUUACAGAUUCUUGUGCUUUUUCAGGAAAGUGGCUCCAGCUUUUCAAAUUGUGAAUGUAACUUAACUGUUUUACCAUGCAAAUGAAAGCAGUUUAGUUGUUCGUUUUUGUGCUACUGAAUGGCGUAGUUGGUUUGGAUUAUGAUUCAGUCGUUAGAAUAUAUCUGAAAAAAGUAGUUAGACACGCAAGGCGAGAAGCCUUUUUGCAUGUCCUGUUAUCAAAAGUAGUCGUUGCGAUUUUCCCAUAAAUUCAAACCAGGUAGAAUUUGUAAAAGCAGUUGCAGGUAGAAUAUACUCUCGUAGAGACAACUAUGUAAGGAAAGUAUUCUUCAUGUCGUGCGGAGCAAAUUGUCGCCACGGUCAGUUUGUCACAGUUUCAUAAUCUUAACGACCGUAUCUUGAGUAUGGAACUGAUAGCAAAUGCUUUGAAUUCUAAGGUCAUCAAAGAAGACAUCGAACUCCAUGCCCUUCUGUACGAAGAACUCAGAAAAGCAGGUUUUGACAUGCUAACACGAGCAGACUCCAUACCCGACAAAAGCAACAUAGAGUUAAGACUUGCGGAUGUGAAAAACCGCUGGGAAAGCUUAAGAGCGGGGAUUGACGAGCGCAAUAGGAGUCUUGGUAAACUGGUACCGAGCGUAUUUGGCUACGUGGAAGUGCGAAAGGAGGUGAUCACGUGGUUAAGCGAGAGCGAGAAGAAAUUUGACGAACUCGCUUUGGGAUUCGGUGACGUAGGCGACCUCACAAUCAUGUCACAGAAACAAGAACAGCUCAAGGUGACUUGGGGUUUAUUUUACUUAUUUAUGUUUUUUCUUCUAUUUUAGCACGGGGCUUAGGCCAAAUUUCUUACGCUUCGUUAGGUUCGUCAAACUGUGACACAAUAUUUAAAUAUAUCUUUAAGAUUUAACUCUCGUUUGACAGGCUUUGCGUGAGGACAUGGAGAACCAUAGACCAGUGUUCCAGAACCUUUUGACCAUGUCCGAGGCUUUGAUUGGCGUGUGUCAUGAGCUGUUAAUCAAUAACGACGUUGUCAUGGUGAUCGGUGAAGUGGAGGAGGUUAAGAGACGAUGGGAGGCGUUAAAUACGAAAGUGCUCGGUGGAGAAAAAGAACUGAGAAAUUCCAACAAGACCCUUGCAUUGGUGUGUACCGACUUUGUGUAAAAGUGCAUUUUUUUACUCUUGCAACGUUCACUUUAAUUGCAGAAAUGCGUGUCUUUGUGAAUUUUUUUUCUGUCAGUCAGUCAGCCUUUCAUUAAUUCCGUCUGGCAUACUCUGAGUUGGUUUCUUGCUCAAUUUGUCAUUCAGAGAGUGAGAAAAGCAGUGAGGCAGUCCAGCAAUUAAGCAAACAAACAAACAAACAAACAAACAACAAAAAAAUGAAACGUAAACUGUGUAAAAACAUUUGAUAGCUAGAUUCCCCCUUUACAAGGGUUCAUACUUGGCCUUUUUUUUUCUAAACAAAAAAAUAACUGAUGUUGUCUUGGCUUCAGGUGCAAGAAGCGUUACAACCGAUGCAACAAGUCAUGGCUGAAGCAGAGGGUAUUCUGGGAACCGAGCCUAAAGUCGGCUUUAACAUUGGACAAGCUAAGGAAGAACUCAUCAAAGUUAACGUAAGUACAAAACAGUCGCAGUGUUUUUGAGAAAUUUUUCGUUUCGGAGGCAAUUAACUGAAGUUCAUGGAUGUGUGUGGGUCUUUGUCAACAGAAAUGCAUUGACGUGUUGGAAAAGACGGAAAUAAAGUUACUGAGAUUGUCCAAGCAGGUUACCAACAACGAGUAUAUCAUCACUAUUAUCAAAGACAACAGAGUCAUGCAGGUAAUUAAGACAGAAACUUAAUCUAUUCCGGCAUAGUCUAUCUUCCCUUUACUCGAUACACCCUAACUUAAAGAUGCAUAUUCUCCAUACUGUUCUCUAUACAGUUCCUAAAGAACUGACAAGGAGAGUUUGUAUAACAAUCAAGAGUAUCUUUAAUUGGUGAUCAUUUCCUUGGUUCUCGUCAACUUUACGUUUGAUUCAAGGGUGAGACUGUAAAGAGAAAUUAGAAAUCAGUCAUACUUGAUUAAAGGGUUAAAAAUCCACCCAUAGCAGUUUGUAGACAGAAGAAGGGUACUGAAUUCAACAGUAUACUAGUGCUGAGGAGCUUGCAUCGUUUCUCUCGACAGAUUCGCUUGAAAGAGAGAAAAGUCAAACUGGAGAAGUACAUCCGGACCGUGGAAGUUUUCCAGGGAGCCGGAAAUGAGAUUGAGACGAAAGUGAUGGGUAUCAUGAGUUUUGUUUCAGUUGAGGUCGUUGUCACAGACUUAGACAACAUCCGGGACCAAUUACAACACGUACAGGUACAUUAAAGAAUAGCUUACCUCUACCAUCAAAGGUUGCCGACUGACGUUGUCUGUUGACUGAUGAGAGAGUUUUAGAUCCACGCUUGUCUCUGAAUACUGCUAAGAGUCACGUGAAAAGACUCUAGCGGUCACGUUCGCCGUUUGCCGGCCAUGCUUGAACUUCGGGCAAGGCACUUUCAGGUAGUUGAACUCCAUUGAUGCUUUUUUCCUUCCUGUUCGAAAGUUCUCGCGUAUGUCCUGUAAAUAUAUGUGAGGUAAAGUCUUUACUUCAUAAUCAAUCUGUUUGGGAUGCUAGAAAACCAAUCUUUUGGCCACAUUUUGUAUUUGAAAUGAAGGACCUCUAUCCUUUGUGUAAUUCAAGAUGGCGGCGCACAUAUCGAUUUUUUUUCCAGGUGAAAGCCGACGUCGGUCUAAAAAGCUGAAAGUCUCGAAACUUCUAACCACAAACUGCUGACCGCGAUUUGACGUUUGCGGUGAACACACCAAACGUGGAUCUAAAACUCUCUCAUGACGCGCUUUUGCCCUGUGGCCUUUUCCUAAAGGUUGUCAUAGUAGGGAAGUCCUACAUAAAAUUUCGAAAUUGCUAAUGUAUUCACUAUAUAGCCCUUCACAUAACUCGUUCUAAACUCAGUGGUUUCGUUGCAAGGCGAUAAACUUUGGAGUCUUUCUUCGCAUACAUUAUGCUGACGCUUAUUGUUAACUUUCUCAUUUAUGAAGACCUUAAAUGUUACGUUCCUUGCGAGAGAUUUCCCAGAACUGUUAGUUUCCUUGUUGCGCAAAAGCAAUAAAGUAGAAAAAGGAGUAACUAAAUUAAGCUAUCUUUCGAAACGUUAAGUAGUUUCUGUUUCAUCUUGCUAGAAUCUGGAAGAGGAGGUUGUCAUUCAUCGAAGAAAAAUUGACACUAUGGAAGAGACUGGCGAAUGGAUCAUCAGAGAAAACAACGGCGAACCCGAAGUCAUCAGCGAAGUUCACUCGAGCAUCAACCGAGCGAAGUCGACCAUCAACGAAGUGACGGUGAAAUUGACGGAUCGUCGCCGAAGACUCGAAACGGCGCUGACGGAGAAACAACGAGUGUUUGACACCUUUGAUGACUUUGACAGAAGGGUUGUAAAGCUGGACAAGUCUCUGACUCGAGCUAAACCUGUAUCAGCCGAGUUUGUCGUCAUAAAAGAACAGAGAGCAUCUCAUGAGGUUAGUUAUUGUGCGACGGAAUGUUUAAGUUUAACGAGCCUUGAGGUUCUUUACCGCCUUAGCUUAUUCCAGUAUCUGUAGCGUAGAGCGGCCUGGAGUGUUGGGAUGCAAGUCCAACGUUAAGUUUCCGUCUCACGGCUCUCUGGUACCCAUGUAUCCUGCUUUAUUGUCCUUGAUGGAGGGAGGUAUUGUGAGGGUUAAGUGCCUUGCCUUAGAGCACAACUCAUCGAGCCAAGUUGAGACACGUUUUCCUUUUCCAGAUCGUCACUCGAGAAGUCGGCCGCCUUCGCCCAAUCUCCGACUACCUCUUCCCAGCAGCAGAGAGUCUUCUUGGCAAAGCUGAGGAAGCCCCGGAUAAGAAACAAUUUGAAACCCGUGUGGUAGCCACCCGUUCCCUUUGGGAAGGUGUGCGAGUUAGAAGCGACAAUCGACACGUUGUCAUUGAGCAAGUGUUUCCAUUGGCCCAUAACUACGAUGACGCGUACCGCGCAUUGAACAUUUGGCUCAGAGAGACAGAACAGAAAGUUAUCAACCUCGCUCCAGUUCUUUGCAAUUUCGAAAGCUUGAUUGGUCAACGCAAGAAUUUAACGGUGAGAGCUUUGACUUUCUUUUUUGAUCGAUUUUAGUACAAACGACAACAAGAAAAACAAAAAAAUUAUGAUGCAGUGCUUUGCGGGCUAGGAUCUAGGUCUAAAUCUUCUCCUAUGUUUCCUUAUUUUUCUUAUCGAGAAUUCUCAGAUGAAGUCUGCUUCUUUGGAAGGAAGGAAUAAUUUUAAAUUUUAUCAUUGGCUAACGUUUAAUUUUUGUUAUGGCUUCUAGGCUCUUCAAGAGGACGUCAAAAACCACGCACCGGUUUACGAGUUUUUCAUUUCAGCGGCGACGGCCCUCAGCAACGCUUGUGAUGCAGCUAACAUCACAGAAGGAUUGGAACCCAUCAAAAUGCUCAACCAAGAAGUAACAAAUCGCUGGCAAGUCAUGACAGCUGUCGUGGAGACCAAGAAGAGCGAGAUUGACAAUGUCCAACAGCAACUGAAGCAGUACGAAGACGCUGCUGAGAAAGUCAAACGCAUGUUGAACCGCGCCGAAACCACUUUGGCUUCCCCAAGUGAAUUAGGAGCAGAUGUAAACAAAGCGAAAGCCAACAGAGACACAGUAAAGGUGAGUCGGAAUUCGAGAUCUCUAUCAUUUGCCUCCUACGUUCACGUUUUUAACACGUUUUCUUAUUUUAUUGUGAUUUCGUUUAGACGUUAUUGUCGGUGUUUGAGAAUGGUAAAGAUGACGUCGAUUCCCUCAAUGAAGCUGGCCAGAAGCUUGUUCACAGCGUGGAUCAUCAACUGGUGAACUCUUCGCCCGUACAGGAUCAGCUGUCUGCUUUGAAUGCUUCUUAUAAAGACCUUUACGACAAACUGGAGGCAGAAGAACUUAAACUCGAACAGGUGCAGGGAUCUUUUAGCUUUGUUAAGUUUCCAUUGCCAGUUUUGCAUCUGCUGACAAGCAAUACUGUCAAGUCAGAGAACUAUUCCCUUUGAAACUGAGUUAGCGCUGACCGCUUACGAUGUCAACGGCAGACACGGUUUUGGUCAUUCUUCUGCGAUUUUUUUCAAACCUUGUUCACUGUUGAGUUUUCUUUAGAUUGUAGUGUUUUUGAUGGAACUAUGGCUAGUGAUGAGGCAGUUUAUUGUUUCGUGAAGCUGCUUUUACACCAGCUAAUUUUCCUGAUGAUUGCACUUGAUAAAGAAAACUGUUCGCUUUUCCAAGUAUCCAAGAGGACUUCUAGUUGUAUUUGAAAAGAAAGACUGUAGAAAAGAUUUCUCUUAAACUCUUUAUUACACCAUUAAAUUUCGUCUUCGACAAGAAACUGUGAAAUGAAAUACCCUACUGCGGAUGAUGAAUUUUUCAUCUUUCCAUUCAACUUGCAGGUGAUCGAGAAUGCAGAGGAUUUCCAGACUGCUAUUUUUGAAUUUGAAGCCUGGCUGCCCAAAGUUUCAGCCGCAGUUCAGCAGUUCGAGCCUAUUUCCUCUAAUCUGGGUGGAAUCAAAAAACAACUGAAGGAAGCUGAGGCAAGAAUUUUGAAUUGUUUAUAUUUGUCUAGCACAUACUGAAAUGAUGUCUGUCGUUUUCUGUUCGGUCAAUUUCUCCAAAGAAUUUUGAAGUAUUUUAUGAAAACCAUCUUAGACCGGUCCUUUACGGUUUGCUCUGGAGCUUGUUUGAAAGUUUUUCUUCGAACCGGAAAGUAACUAAAGCCUCAAAUAGACCCUGGGUCAUUUUGAUGGUGAGACGGAAACCCGUUUGCUGCAUAAGUAAUCGAAAAAUUAAAUAAAUUUGCAAAUUUUUCCUUCCAUGCUACAGGAUUUGCAUGACACUUUAGAGGAAAAGAAACCGCUGUUAAUAUCCGCUGAAGACUGUGGUCACAGACUUGUUGAAGUAUGUCCUGAGGAACAGACUAUAGACGAUGUGGUCGCCACCAAACUGGACCCAUUACAAAAGGCUUACGAAAUACUUUCCGCUGCGGUGGUGGAGAGAGUUGGCCAACUUCAGGUGAAGCUUGUUCAGUCCCAGGAGCUUGACGCGUCGCUCGCUGACGUCAUUCGUUGGUUGGUGGAAAUGGAGAAGACACUGAAUCGACAGGAACCCAUCGUAGUGCAGCCUGGGAAAGUCAACAGACAGAAACAAGAUCAAGAGGUGGGGUAUUAUUAGUUACUUUGUAAAUGCCUUUGUUUAUUUCCAAUAUCUGUGCAUAGCAUAAGGUGGUUAUUGCGACACUGAUGUAAAAGAAGAAGUCUUCGUUUUACUCCCAGCAAGUUUCAGCAGGCCUCUCUGACAAGUGACCAAUACUAUUUGUACUCUUGGGUGGAGACGAGCGAGGCACUCAAAUCCCUCACUCCGAAGUGUGGCACAUAAACCGUUGGACAAGUGAAGAAAGAGAUGCUUAAAUAUCAGUCCGACCAAUGCCUUUUUAUUUCUGCAGGUGUUAUGUAAAGAGAUUGCCAGUGAACAGCCAGUGAUCCAACAGGUUGAUAGUAACGCCAACCAUGCAAUGGCAUCUAUGCCAAACGGGCCAGAGCGUGACAUAUUCAAGUACAAGCUAGCAGACAUCGACCGUCGCUUCGCUGCUGUGACGGAAAAAUCCACCCAAAGAAAGCAAACUUUAGACUCACUCCAGCCUCUAGCAGAGCAAUACAGUGAGGUUUUUCAGGCGUUUACUCUUUAUUUGGAAGGCGCAGAAGAAAAAGUGGAGUCACUGAAGAAAGUACCACGUGACGAUGAGAGUGCUGCUCGUCACAAAGCUGAAGCACAGGUAACAUAAAUUUGACGAUAGUCGUUCGGUGACGUGGUGGCGUUCGACUUUUUCGGUAGAGAGGGAGAGUUACUUUAGUUUUUCCGGUAAUGUUAGCCAACGUCGGUCAUUAUUCAGUGAGUCUGUAGGUAAUUUGGUCGUGCGAUCGGUCAGUGAAUCAGUGGGUCAGUUAUUCACUCAAUAAUUUUGUCAGUCAGUCAGUCUAUUAAUCAGUCUGUCGGUCCGUUUUUCGGCUGGUCGCUCAGUCGAUUGUUCGGCUGGUCGGUGGGUCGAUCGUUCGCCUGGUUGGUCUGUCGGUCUGUCGGUCUAAAGCAGUUUGAGUUUUGAAGCAGAAAAGAGUUCUAUUUCCCACUUAUUUUUUGUUAGUUCAAACCACUAGCAAUUUAUGUGGAGAAAAAGAGACUGAAAUCGCAUUUGAAACCCGAAAUUAUUUAGAUAUUGGAUACCAACGUUUUAAAAAAUUACUUCAUCCUUUAAUUUUUUUUUCUUCAUUAGGAUUUUAACGCUUCAUUAAUUUUAUUUCAGGCAUUCGUAGAAGGAGUGGAGAACCACAAGGGUGUUCAUCAAAUGUUAAACAUGGCUUCAAAGGCCCUAAUUGAUUUUUGUGAGAACAGCUCUCUCACUGUAGACACGUCACACAUUAUAGAUGAAGUUCAAGAUGCUAAUACGCGCUACGAUAAGCUCUCCAGGGCAAACUUUGAUUUAGAGAAGCAGACCCGGGUUGCUGAACAGAGUAUUGAACCAUACCAAAAGGCUCUGGAACCUGUCGAGUUGACGUUUAUCGCAGUUGACAGUUAUCUUGAGUCUGAGCCCGCUAUCGGGUUGGACGUGGAAAAGGGCAAAGAAGAACUAGUGAAAGUUGAGGUAGGUUGAGUCUGGUGACAUUUUCUCUUUUAACAAGUGACGUUCAAAACAAAAUUACUUAAAACGUUAAGGAACAAUUCAGUAACGCAAAACAACUCGUCAACUUGAUAGUGUUAUUGGUUUUGCAAGAUAUCUAACAAGUGUCGUGAAACUGAACCCGAGAUUAUCACAAAAGCCAUUAAGAACAAAGAUAAAUGUCAAAAGGAUUCAAUCAGAACUAGAAGUAGACAGUUUGCAUAUCCAGUAUGCACAUUCCCUUUAGUGUUCUUUAUACAUUUCCCUAGACGCUGACAAGAAGAAUUUAUUUAACAGUCGAGAGCAUCUUUCAUUGGUGAUCAUUUCCUUUGUUCUUGUUACCUUAAUGUGUGAUUUAGGGGUGGUAGUGUGGGGAGAAAUUAGGUAAUAGUCACUCUAAGAGGUUACAAGGUUAAGUUUUUUAACCUGAUAUAUUUAAAAGAAGGAAAAGUUUUCUGGACCAAUCACGGCGUGGAGUGAAGACAAACCGCUCCAAACCUUGAUGAUAUUCGACUUCCACUGAAAAACAGCCUCCUUUCUGACACGUAAAUGAUUUCCACUCCCAGGAACUUCUAAGCACUCUUGAGGAACAGAAAGCUGAUCUGGAGGUGGUCGAAAUGUCAGGCCCUCCACGGGUUGAGCAAGCUGUGGAUUUAGCUGAAGAACUGGCCACUGUGUCUCAGAAAUAUGAGAUGAACGUCAACAAGUUGAAACGCCAAAAGGUACGGUUUAAAAACAGGUUUCUGCAUUGCAUUCUCACCUUUGUACUUUGUAGUUUGUAGCUUUUGAUAUUGGUCAACUGUGGACAUUUAAGGGUGCUGCGUGAAAGGCAAAUCAUAAAAUGAUGCGAACGUUUACUCUGCACAACAAACAACAUCCCAUAAUAUCUGUAAUAAGGUGUAAUCCUCUAACAAAAAAACAACAACAAAAAGAAGCCUACUGUAUAUUUUUUGUGUACAGGUUCGAUUGACAAAACACGUGGAGAAGCUAAUUCUGUUCAUGGAGGUGCAUCGCGAAAUCGAGAAGUGGCUGGAAGGAAUGUCAGAAACGAUUAGCGGAUUAUUACCCAUCAGUGAAGACAGCGACGAGGCCAAAGCACAACUGGCUAACACUAAGGUAACACUCUCAGGACUACGAAAAGUGUCCCCUAAUGAUCCCUAUUUGAAGUUAUCUGAUACCAGUUUUGCGGGAGAAUUUUUGCAGUCGACAUUAAACCCAUCGCAAUCUUUGUUUUUGCUUUCAGGAUCUUAAUGACGAAUUCCAGAAAUACCGCGCAAAGCUUGACGUGCUCGAAGAAAUCACUGAUUACCUCAUAGUAGCAGAAAAAGAUGAUCCUACUCUUGUUGCUGAACUAAGAGAGAAGUUCAGCGCGGUGGAAGAGCCCUUUGAACGCCUACACUCUGUUGUGCUACAAAGACAAGCCCGUCUGCAAAACAUAGUCAUUAAUAGUCAAGACUUUCAACUGUCACUGAAUGAAGCUCAAAACAAUCUGAAUGAAUUUGAAAGGAGCGUUGCUCAGCUAGAGCCCAUCAGUGCCAUUUACGAAGUGGUUCAACGACAGAAAGAAGAUCAUGAGGUAAUUAUGAAUAAAAAGUUAAAGUGAGGAUACUCAUUAGCACUGACCACUCUUUCUCGUGGUUGAAAAAGUUUCAUGCUUUUGGUUCUUAUGUGGGGCAUUUGUUUUCUUUUGCGAAAAAUGUUUGUUACGUCUAUGCUUCAUGCCCAAUAUGCGUGCAAUAUCAUACAUUUCAUCUCGCAUCCUGGACAUCCCAUUUAUCUACUAUGUUUUGUUAUUUUAAGGGUCUGUACCUUGAGAUCACCUUGAGAGAGGUUGUGUUCAACGAACUUCUCAAACUCGGUCGCGAGGUCCUGGAAAAGACUGCCCCAGGCCCAAACCGUGAAGCUCUUCAAAAGGACCUGAAUGACGUCGAAAGCCGGUGGACGGAAGUGUUUUACAGCACAACAGAAAGGCAGGAGGAACUCGAGGAAAUUGUACCACUGGCUCAGAAAUACUCUGAUUCAGUCAGUGAUUUACUUCCAUGGCUAACAGAGACCGAACAGAUGGUUGCAGAUUGUAACGCGAUGAUUGUUUGUGAAAAACAUGCGCUGAUAAGAGAGCAAACAUUUCUUAAGGUAAAUGGGUGAAAAUUCUGUAAAACGUACAUUUUUUAAUCUGAAGUGCUUAUUACCCCUAAUAUUUUCCCCAUGUACUCUGGGGAUUUAAAUGUCAGCAUAUUGGUUUUGUGCAGUUAACUCGGGACAACUGUCAAUCUGACGUCGCGUAAAUGAUUUUGGGUAAGACGAAAAGAGCAACUCAACAUUUUCGCAGCCGAUUAUAGGGCUAAAGAAGGAAAGGGAGUAAGUUUCGUUUGGGUAGGGGGGAAAGGGGGAGGGGGGAGAGGGGGAGGGGGGGGAAGUACAAGAUUAUUUGGUUAUGACAACUGAGUUGUUGAUGUAAACUGGCCACGUUGAAGAGUUAGCUUUGGAAACUCUUAACGGUGGCUAGUUGAUAUUAUCAACUCAGGUGAUGAAACCAAAUUAUCUUGAUUCAACUCUUUAACUCCCAAGAUCUCAUCAGUAAUCCUCCUUACUGUCUGCCAAAUAGUUCUUGUGAUGUUAGUUUGGAGAAUUUGGAAUUGGAUCGACUUAUAAUCCCCUAAUUGAUAUUUUUUUAUUCUCAUCACUUGUCUGCUUGAUAUUGUAUCGAUGUUGUUAGGAGAAAUUCUGUCUUGGUCACUCAUGAGAGUUAAAGGGUUAACUACACUAGUCGACUUGUGAAUUUAAGUUAAUAUUCCUCAGAGGGGAGAAUUAACAAUCAGAUCUUGGGAUUUAAAGGAUUAUUAUAUGGAACUAAAACUUUACUUUCAUUUGAACAGUACUUGCAGCAGUUCUUACAGGAGGAUAUAGAAGGACAUCGCCCAAUCUACCGCUCUCUUGUGGACAGUUCAGAUGACCUGCUUGAAAGCUGCGAAGAUCUGUCCGUCACCGAAGGAGUGACGCAAAUAAAGGAUGACGUCAAAGAAAUGAUUGACAGAUGGAGCCAGGUAAACCAGUUCUAUCAGGAGAGACGGCGUCAAGUAGCGGAAGCUUCGCAGGUGGCGAAGAAGUACAGAGGCUUGUUGCUACCAGUUGAAAACGAACUUAAAAGAGUGGCGAGAAAAAUGGAGGAUUGUGAUUACGAAGGAGUAAAUAUUGACGUUGGAAAUAAAAAGCUUGAGACUGUUAAGGUACAGAAUUCUGUUGAGUAGUUUGAGGAGAUGAUAUACACGACUAUAAAUGUGUGGGUUACUUAUGCAGGUAACCAAGCUCUUGGUAAACCCCAUGAAAACCAAGUGGUUUCUCAUAAUGAAUUCAAAAAGGUCAAGAAGAAGGUAGUUUGAAGUCCUUCUUGUAUUUGAGUUCCACUGAACCAUCCCCCCUAACCUUACAAUCCCUCCCCCCUUUCGUUCGUCGCUCGUUAACAUCACAAACUAGAAAAACCGUCAGGCAAUUUUUUGUGAAAAAACUGAUAGUCCCUUAUGCAUUUCCAUGCGCAGGCUAUCCAAGGCGAAAUCUCUGAGUUGGAAUCCCAGCUUGAAUCACUGAGUGAACAACUUAAAGACGAAGGGAAAGCUCACUUGGAUCUGAUGCCUGUCAAACAACGGUUGUCUGCGCUCACUCAGCGGUGCAUCGCUCUACGGAGAGAUGCUAAUGAAAGGAUGGUGAAACUUGAGAGAAUUCUGAAGGAAUUGACUACAUUUGUGACAGCCACUGGGGAAUUGAGAGUGUACUUGGAUGGCGCAUUCAAGGAACUCGACAGCUUGGAACCUAUUCAUAACGAUGCAGAGGUUAUUACAAAGCAGCUGAAAGAAGUGCAAGUAAGUUCACUCAGAGCGUAUGUCGAUUCAUUAUCUUAAAAUCAAAACUAAACAUAAACCUAGUUGGUCGGCUCAUGGCAAAUCCAAAUGACGAUUAACUUCAAAAUUGCCUACCGUAACUCGAAGUUGAAACAAGCAAACUCCCUGAAGUGUGAAAAAAAAAUUGCACUGUUCCUUUACCGAAGUUAAGCUGAAGCAAUGCCGCGCUGGAUUUUUCGAUACGAUUUUACAAGUAGUAUAACUUUUCAGUUGGUCUUUUGUGCGAUACCUUUACGUAAGCCUUUGGUGAUGAAAAAAGCGUCUUUCUCCUUAAACCUCUGCAAGUGGCUCAUUAUUUUCUGUUAUCGUUUAUCAAGGAGCUCCAAGCCGAGGCCAAUGCCCAGGUUGGCGUUUUAUCAUCAGCUGAGGUAGCUGCGACAACCAUCUGCUCUGAAAGGAAAGACGACCUAAAGGCCACUCAUGACAUCAACAAGUCACUAGCUGAAGUCCAAACACCCAUGCUAGACCUACUAGAGAGACUUCAGUCACGUGAGCAGGACUUGAAGAGUGCCCAGGAACAUCUAGAGGCUUACAAGGCACAGCUAGAGCCUGUUCAAGAGGUGUUCUUUCAGGUUGAGUCCUCCGUGGAGGCUCAGGCCCCGGUCGAUUUAAACAAAGGCGAAGAUGAACUUGGCAAAGUGGAUGUGAGUGAGAUACGACUGUAAAACGUUUUAACCCAUUCCUUACAGACACGGUGGCCUAUUGCUGACCGCACUGGGCUACGGGUAGAAAGGUCCAGGGUCCACACCUGUUGGGCAAGGCACUUUCCUAAGACACUCGUAGUGCCUCUUCCCUCUGAGGAGUAGUAUAAUGUGUUCUAAAAAUAAUUUAAGGGAAAACUGAUGAAUCCUUAGGAUGGGGGAAGGGUGGGGGGUGACCUUAGCUACGGUUGGGCCUUGCACCUGUCAGCGUAAACUUAUUUUUUUAAGGGAGGUAUAAAAAUUCAGUCUCGGAGUCAUUUCCGUCAUUAUUUUUCAGUUUAUUUUGUAUGUAUACUCCAUCAUUGUGAUAAUGACUACAGGAGUCGAAAACGUCUCGUAAUUUUUGCAACCUUUCCACCUCAUAUUGUAAUUGAAAUAUAUUCAAUAUGCCCAUUUCGCUCUAAAGGUGUUAUAACUAGAUAACUUUAACUAUUGGCUCAUUUUUGUGGUAUUUUUACGUUCAUUGGUGACUUAGAAUGGAGUCAAAUGAGUAGAGCCUGGGAAAAUAAUGCUGCCAAAAAGUAAAACAAAAUUAUUUCUGGUUAGGUUGACCUGAAGCAUAGAAAAAACAACUAAAACAAUUUUUUAAUUCCUUCCCUCGAAUGCAUAGACGAUGAUCAAAGAAAUGGAAGAGAGCGGUAAACAAGUACGCCUGAUGAGGAAGUCAAGCCAGCAGCUUUUGCGAGUCAUGGACAUUCAGUCGGAGCCUGGUACCGAGGUACAGACGGAAGUGGCUAAAGUCACUCACAAGCAACGUGAUCUCAGGUCCAGUCUCAGGCUUCGACGCUCGAAAGUUGAGAAGAGCCUGCAAUUGUAUGGAGAAUUCCUGGAACAGAUUGAGAAGGUCGAGAAGUGGUUGCCAGAGGGAGCGGAACGGGUAAAGUCAUUAGAUCUCACUGGCGGUGACCCUGAGACGAUUAGAAAAGAGCUGGACAAGCUCCAGGUUUGUCUUUUGUAGUGUGUUUGCAUUUUGUCGUUAUUGACUCUCUCUAUCUCUUCCUGAGGGGAAGCGCGUCGUUGUUUUGUUUAAGAACUAGUGAACUUCCGUUAGUGAUAGGAAAGGAAAUCUUCUCAGUCACACUUAUAGUACAGAAAUGUCGUGCAGACUGUAGAUAAGGUACAUGAAAAUGUUUUGCAAACGGAGAUUGCCUUGAUUUAACAACAAGGCUAGCCAACUAAGAACUUUUUGAUAAAGGGCUAGGAGAAAUAGCUUUUGGAUCUGUAGAUUGAAAGACCAGAACCACAGUGAUGUGUUUCAGCAGCCAUGAAAACAAAUGUAAGUAAUGCAUGUGUAACAGAGUGGCAAACGUUUCUUUAUUUUGUGGUAUCUUCAGAAUGUAAGAGAUGAAGUGCAAGCGAAUGUAACGUCAUUAGACAACACUAAGGCUUUAGCGGACAAAAUCAAAGAGCUCAGUGGUGAAGACCCUACCAUCAACAAAGACCUGGACGAACAGUUGCAAAAAGUGGAGCCGCCGAUGAACGAGCUUAUUUCGCUCCUCGACGCACGACAGACCGAGUUUCAGACGGCACUGCUGCAAAGUCAGGAGCUUAAAGAUUCCUUGGAUGAGUUCGGUGGCUGGCUAGUGGCUACUGAAAACCUUUUGAACCUUCAAGGACCGGUGUCAGCCAGACACAAGGUCAUUGUCGAUCAACAAGACAAGCUGCAGGUAAAUUACUUAAGCUCAUUCCUCUGUCAGGCUUUGCCCACUGGUUUUUGUAAUUGUCUUAGUAACUCACAGGGUAUCCACGCUUGUUUAUAAGAAAAAAAAAAGAGGUUAUUUGUCAUUUCAAAGAUAAAAAAGGGGGCAUACUCUUUAACGAGGUAAUGCUCUCUAAAAACUUCCACCAUAAUUCAAAAAGGCCUUUUUUUCGAUGUGUGCGCAGCAAAUCAUGCGUGAAAUUAUGCGCAUUAAAGAUAUGCAGUGGGGAAUGAACAGAAAUAUGAAAGGUGCAAGGGUUCGCUCAGCCCUCCCUUAUAAUCUUACGAGUGGAAUCAUAAGUUAUAAUAUAAAUGGAGCGCAAUUGGUUCCGGUUCAUGGUUUCAAAUUAGCCACUGAGCUGUCCAAAUCGUUCUGAGCCCUAGUAAUGCCCUUUCUUUCUGUUUUAUUUUACCUCCUUGACGUCUUUUUGUUUUAGCUGUUCAGGUACAGGUAUUAGGAAAACACCCUCUCCCCCCCUCCCCCCUCCCCCUUUAUAUUUCCCAGGAUAAUUAAUUUGCCUGUCGUGGAAGAGUUCUAGGGUAGCCAUUGAUUUCUUUUCUUGCAUCUCUUUAGGUGCUUGAAAAAGAUGUUGAACAGCACAUGCCAGUUCACGAACACGUUAUGGAAAAAGGAAAAGCAAUGCUGGACAGUAUGAAACCUGGACGUGAGAAAGGCAAUCUGCAACAGAAGCUUGAAGAUCUUGAUUCUCGCUGGAACCAACUCUCUGAAAAUAUCAGUCAACGAAACCAGAAGCUGAAGAACGUAGAACCUUCUGCAAGCAAAUAUGUCAACAGUUUUGAACCCUUCACAAACUGGUUAGCAGAAUCAGAGGAGCGUUUGAAAAGUUGCGAAAAGAUCCCGGAAGAUGAAGAGAGUACUACACAACAAAUUGAGCUGUUAGAGGUAAGUUUGGUUUUUAGACUGAACUGAAUACUUCAAGGCUCUUACUGCUGUGAUCGACAUUUUGGUUCUUCUCAAAUUUUUAUCUCCUUUAUAACGUACUGAAAGAUGUGACGAUUACAGACUAACUUAUCAUCUGGGUUUUGUUUUUCGAUGCAAUGCUCAAUUCUCUAAAGCACAUUCCUAGCGGGUGUAAAGCAGCUAGAAAGGAGAAUUGGGUGUCAGAUCUUGAGAUUUAAUGGUUCAUGACACAAUUGUGGAGGAUCACAUGGUGCGAUAUCCACGAUCAUUGAUAUCGCCAAGCGUUUUCGGCUUAACAAGUUUUCACGUAUUUUAUUUCUAUCGAAAUAUUUGAGGUUACGUAAUAAUACAGGCGACAUUAUCGUUCAACAAAUCUAGUGAUGUUAAAGGAAAGUUGAACGAGAAUGUUCUAUGCGUUAUUUAACCUUAUCUGCGAAGUGUUUGUGAUGCUUUUGUAUACCAGAAGUGAUUAACUUUAUUCAGCAAACUGGCGAUGAAACAAACUUAUCAGAGCAAUUUAUUGGGCUGGUACUGUUCUUGAUUUUAAUUUCAUGCCUAUAUCAUUCAGAACUGCACUUUGAAUAGUAUAUUCGUUUCGUUUUCAACAGACUUUACAACAUGAAAUUCUGCUACACAUGUCAGAACAUCAGACAUUCACAGAAACAUCCACUCGCCACACGGACAUAUGCAAUGACAAGGAGGUGACAGCUGAUUUGUCAGUUUUGGAAGAGGAGAUCGCAUCCGUUGAUAAGCGAUGGAAUGAAUUGUGUGCCACUGUUGGCGAACGCCUCCGGACUUUAGAGAACGUACAAGAAGAUGUCCAUCGACAUCAGCUGGUGCUUAAUGUUGUGAAGAAAACACUCAUAGAGCUUGAACAGAUUGUGUAUGUUGAGUAUAUCUUGGUCUUGGAUCAGAAUAAAGCUAAGCAGGAUCUUGCAGAAGUUAAGGUAAGAGAUAGAAAUAGUGGAUAUUCAGGUCGAAUAUUUUGUUAGUUUCUGGCAAGUUCCUUCUUUGAAAAGUUGUGAAAAAUCUGCUCUGUAGGCUUAGAGCUUUCAUGAUAUUGCGUUAAUUUAAAGUGACUCUGAAGCUUAUUAUAGAUUCUUCAAUGCUUACUAAAAGUUAAAUCAAGGCAUGCUGAUUUUAUGAUAAUUCUCUGGUAAAAAAAAAAACAGCGGUCACCGAAGUCGCAUUUGAGCUGAGAGGAACAAGAAUUUAAAGGAGCCAUAGUGUUCCUAUAUAAACCUGAAAAUAACCACAACUUGUUAAUGAACAAUUUGGCGUUUGAUGGAUACCUUUCUUAAGGGAAUAGAUAAAAAGUUGCGGUAGUAUUGAUUCGUCAGAGAGUUGGUGUUUUAAUCUCUCAUGAACUUAGUGUCCUGCCACGUCGCUGGCAUAGUGUAGAGAAAUGAAACGGUUUUGCUCCACUCUAUACAGUGUAUCAAACUCCCUUUGCGCGAAAUAGCAGGUCAGUUUUUGUGACACCUAACGCAAUGUAGUGUUAUCGAUAAGGGCUUAAGCUCGCUCAACCAUAAGCCUGGAAAAGUGGAACCUUUAACAGGUGUUCCUUGCUGUUUCUAAUUGAUGAGAGUUUCUGGUGAUGAAGAAUAACUAAUAAGCUAACAAUAAACGCAAGUUUUCCUGCCACCUCGGAGUUACGUGUUUGAGUCUUUUUGUAUGUUUUCCUUCCAGAAAUCUAUUGUGCUCCUUAAAAAUCGACGACCGGAUUUGAAAGAUCUUGAAAAUAGCGGAAAAGCUUUAACAGAAAAGACUGGCUCACCUGAAUGGCAGGAAAACGUGGCAGUCAUGCGUCAAAAGUACAACACCCUGGAAAUCAAGUUACACGAACGGGAAGACUUCAUGGAGAGAGUUGUCCGUCACAUUGUUGUCUACACGACAAAUACUAAGAAUGUUGAAAGGUUCAUUCCGAAGGUUAAAGAAGAGAUUGCCAGUCUGCCACCCAUCAGUACCGAACCAGAAGUGGUCCAAGAACAACUUCAACAAGCUGAGCAGUUGCAGUCCUCUCUUGUUGACGAGCGGGUCUCACUUGACGGCGCUCAGGAAGCUGCUGAUUGGUUGGCUGCAAACUGUGACUCAGAACCUCUAGCGAAGGAAGAACUGAAGGCCAGAGUUAGAGUUUCUAAAGAAGCCAUAGACGAGCUCAUGGCUGUUAAUAACGAAAGGCAAAACGCUUUGAAGUGCGCGCUAAUGCAAUCCAAGGAGUUCAAGGCUGCUUCAAAUGACUUCCUCAUCUGGCUUAAUGGUGUGGAAGACAGGCUUGCGUCUCAACCUCCUGUGACGUCAGACACAGACUCCAUCCGGGAACUUAAAAAGGAUCAUGUGGUAAGAUUUUGAACCAAAUCAAAAUAUUCCUCAUGGUUGAUCGAUUCCUCCAUACUUUCGCUAUCAUCUUCUGCGUUGUAAUGGAACUGAAGAUCAGUGUAACACGUCAUAUUCCUCAAAAAGAGAGAUAGUAGAUCCCUGUUCCUUUCUGCGCUGAUAUUUGUUACAGGCAAUCAUCAUUUGCAUCUUAAUGCGUCAGAAGACGUUCAAAGAAGUAGACUUGGCUCAUAAUCCAAUACCAUCUGAUGUGUACAGUUGCUUUUACGUUAUUUACCUUGGUAUUAUUUGUCUUUUUUAACAGCCUGUCAAUGAAGACGUACAGCAACAUGAGCUUGUAUUGGCCGCCUUAAAGAAGUCAGCAGAUGAUGUCCUUCAAGCGACGGAGCCUGGUAAAGAGCGUGAAAGAGUAGAGCAAAGAAUGGCCCAAAUUCAAAGCAGAUGGGACAAUGUUCAAAAGAACACCACUGACCGUAAGACUUUGCUAGACCGGAUAGACCCUGCGGCGCAGGAUUAUGGAGAGAGCUUGCAUAGCUUCUUGUCCUGGUUGGUUACCGCUGAAAAGAAUACAACUCUGCUGAAGUAUGUUCCAUGUGAUAGAAAGGGUCCUCAAAAGUACGAAGAGUUACUGAAAGAGAUGGAGAGUGAUCUGCAAGAAAAGGAGAGCGCUCUCAUUGAAUUAGAUCAGAUCGCGCGCUCGUUAUUGGAAUUCAACCCAGCAGACGCCAACAUCGUGAAUGCACAAGUACAGGACGUACGGAAUCGGUAUGUUGCGCUUCAAGGCAUCCUCCUAGAGAAAGCAAAUAAACUGGAGAAGAUCAAACAGCUUUUAGAAAACUUCAACUUCCGCAGACACGCUGUUGAGGAGCUGGUUGUGCAGGGCGUUGUCGUGUCCGCCUACAAAACACCUUUAAUGGACGCCGACAAAAUUGCCGAGGAACUAGCCUUGAUCCAGGAGUUACUUGAUGCUUUCGCUGAUCAAGAGGAAGAGUUGGUAGUGGUUCAAAGUGUAGGAAUGGAGCUCUUAGACCUCUUGGAGGAUGAUGCCCCAGAUGCCGCCAUUAUCAGAAACCAAGUAGAUGCUUUGUAUACACGAUUCCAUGUGACAAGAGAUCAUUUACAGCGAAGACGAGCGCAGCUGGAUAAGCACAACCAGCACCUUGUGCCCUUCAGGGAAAACAUCGAACAGCUAGAGAACUGGUUUGAAACCUUCAGUGCGACCGUUGAAGACCUAGAACCAGUCAGCACCGAACCGGAGAAACUGAAAAAGCAGUUGGCUGAAGCGGAGGAACUGCAGCGUGAAAUACAAGAGAAGACAUAUCUUCUGAAGAGUGCGCAAACAGAAGGAGAGUGGAUGAUGGAACAUAGCAAAGAAGACGAAGACAUGGUGAUUGAUGUGGUGACCAUUCUAAGUGGAUGCCAUGCCAAGAUGGAUCGCGUGACCGCUUAUAUUGAUCAGAGACAUUCUCGACUGCAGAGCGCAGUCAUCGCAAGUCAGAGCGUCGAGGUAACCUUCGCUGAGUUUGUCGAUGACUUGAGUAGGAUUGAAGAGCAGCUUGCUGGCAUGAGGCCAAUCUCUGUAGUCCGUGAUACACUAAAGGAGCAAGAACGGCAGUUUGAGGUAGAGAUCAGUCAGAUUUUUUUUACAAAGCAUUCUCAAGAUUUAAAUUGUAUUGCUAAAAGAUGCGGCUUCACAUAUUUAUCAAUUGUUCAAGUUUCCUUACGUGCAGAACCAACCUAGUUCCUUGUAUUUUAUAUUAUAGCACAUUUGAGUUCCAUGACCUCGACUGAAAUUUAAAUUGAGUUUUGUGGAGUCGCCAUUUGAAAGUUCAUGUGCAGGCAUAAAGAAAGGGAAGGACGAAAACGUCCCCUCUUACUUCUGGAAGGAAGUUUCUCUUUUAACCCUUUAAUUCCCAAGUUCUUAUAAUUAAUUCUUCCCUCUAGCUACCACACAUUUCCAUGGGAAUCAGUUGUGAGAAUUUGAUGUUAAAUCGAAAUCAAAAUUUUUGCCUGAAAGUUUGAACAUUCUCGUCACAAAUUUCAACACAGUUAGUUGCUAAAUGCGAAUUCCUUUUACAGAUCAUGAAAGAUGACGUCAAAGAUUUAGACGAACUAGCUAACGAGCUAAUUUCCCGCGUAGAAAAUGUGUUGGAGAACGCUGAGCCCAGCCCAGACCGCGAUGCAUUACAAACAAGAUUCGAAGAUAUGAAGGCUAAGUGGGGUGACGUCAAAGAUAAAGUUAGUGCUAGAGAAACAGAAAUUGAAGAGCGAGCCCCAGUCCUUCAUGACUACCACGAUAACAUGGAGGACUUUGUCGCGUGGUUGACAGACCUUGAUAACAAGAUCUCAUCACAGAGCCCUGUUUCAUGUGAUCCGAAGAUGAUAGCUAAACAGCUCCAGCAGGUAGAAGCUCUGAACAAAGAUCUUGAAUUACACAAGCCAGAAUUUGAGACCGUGAAAGAGAUUUCCUCUGAUGUGAUCAAACGCCAGCCAGAUGAUGUGUAUGUUGUCGAGGCGCAAUUGCAGUACGUUAUCAAGAUGUGGGAAAGCGUUUCUUUCCGCCUUAAGGACAGGUCAGACCAAAUCAACAAUGUCAAGGACAUCGCUGAGGAGUAUCAGAAGGCCCAGAGACCUGUGCGCGCUCUGUACGCAUGGGCAGAAGAGGCUAUAGUACCGGCAGAAGCAAUUGGUUCGAACAUUGAAAGAGCUAAACAAGAACUGAACAACACAAAGGUUGGUUUUCAUUUUUCAAUAUCUACUUUUUUUCUCGGCGCCCUGUUUAAUGCGGAAAAUGUUGAAAGAUUUGCGAGUUUCGUGGACGAUUAGUAAAGCUGUGCGAGUAACGUUAAGCAACUCAUCCUUUACAAGCCUGGCAACUUCACUACAAACAGAUUUCAGGAAAUGUGAUGAACAGCUUGUAACACAGGGGCUUAAGGAUCAAACUUGCAGUCUGCCCAUAUUGGUUUUUCAUCAGUUAAGGUCAGAAAGUAUUUCUGAUUGAACUAUCGAUUCUUGGUCAACUUUUGAUAGGUCCAGAAAUCUCGCGUCACCUUUUAAAUCUAUCAUAUGCAGGACUUUUGAUUUAGGCCAAAUACAUUUACUUACGAAAAAUUUUCGUACGUUCUUUUGUGUUGCGUUCCGUUAUUGAUUGGUCGUUGUAAUGAUUUAAUUUUGGUCUUAUGACGAAACUGUUUACAGGCGUUGCUCAACCUGAUGGCCACGCGUGAAGCUGAUAUGAAACAGGCACAGAGACUCGGCCAGAAUCUGGUUCUAAACUCAGAUUCUGCAUCUCCAGAAGUCUCAUCACUCAAACAGGAAGUUAGAGAGAUCCCAGAGAAGUACGCGGACCUUAAGAACCAGCUCACAGAACAACAAGAGCAGCUGGAGAGAAUCAUCCAGGAUAGUUCAGUGUUCCAAAAGCAAAUCAGAGAGCUGGAGCUGUGGGUCACGGAAGUCUCUGAGAGCACAGCUAUGCAAGAGCCUAUCAGUACUAAUCCGAAGGUUGUGCACAAACGUCUGGAACAGACUGAGGUAAAUAGUGGAAGGGGGAAUGUUUGUAGAAUUAGGCAACGGACCGAAAACUACGUACUCUAUGAUUGGACAGAGAGACAUCAUCCAGUGGCGAACUUAUGAAAUUUUUAACUCAUAUGAAACUGGUAACUUGUUUGACAUUGUUGGCUUUUAAUGAAAACAGAAGUGAACCUAAUAUUGUGAUUUUGUCUACGUUACGUUGUUUGUGACUAAAUGUUAGGUCUUGUUUACGCUUUGUGUUUCGUUUGUGACAAAGUUAUCUACUGGUUUCUCCUCUUCAAUUUGAUAUAACAGAACUUGCAAAACGAGAUAGCCAAGCAACGUGCCGCAUUGGAUCGUACGAAUGACCUUGGUAAGGUGAUCAUAGACAACAGUGGUGAUAAUCCUUUGGUGGUUGCUGAUGUACAAGGGAAACUAACCAAGGUUCGUGUUCAAUUGGAUCGCUUGGAUGCCAGAAUCGAACAACGCCAUGCUAUUUUACAGAACAUCCUGCUUCAGAUUCAGGUCUAUGAUGUGAUGUUGGAUGAGUUCGUUACCAAACUUGAAGAGAUGGAAGAUGAAGUGAACAAGUUCAGGCCAAUUUCUGCCAUCCUGGAAAUCGUAAGCGAGCAAAAAGAACACAUCCAGCGAAGUGUCAGCGACAACAUCACGAGGAAGCAACCUGUGUUCGAUAAGAUCUUGGAAGAUGGGCAUGGCAUGUUGGAAAGAAUGGAAGCAGGCGACGAGAAGGACGCGCAGAAGGAAAAACUAGAACAGAUGGAAACGCGGUGGAACAAGAUCAAGGAGAAAACAGCUGACAUGCAGAAGCGUGUUCAGGUGGUUCAUGAAGCUUCUCAGAAGUAUGACCAGAGGGCGACAAACUUCAGGGAGUGGCUCCAGGACGCAGAGAAGAAAGUAAGCAAGAUCUAUCCUGUUUCAUGUGACGAUAACGAAUUGGAUGAAAGGCUUGUAGAACUUGAUGGACUUGCUUCUGAAAUAGAGUCGCAUAAGUUAGACUUCGAUGAGUUGAACGAGUCGGCCAGCACUCUUACGGACUUGUGUCAAGCGGAUGGUGAUGUGAUCAAAGCAGAUUUCAACGAGCUUAAGAGCCGCUGGGACGCAUUACAGGUUGCGGUGCUGGAGAAAAAAAUCAAAGUUGAAGAAGCCAAAGAGGCUUUUGAGAAGUACCAGAGUGCCUUGCAGCCUGUACAAGAGGCUUUUACUCAAGCAGAAGACGCUUUGGCUUCCCAUAAGCCAGCGGGAACUGACGCUGACAAAAUCCAACAAGAACUGGAGCAGAUAAAGGCCCUGGUAUCUACUCUGGAUGAAAGGAAAGGAGACAUAAAGCAGCUGAAUCAGUCUGGUCAGCAGCUUUUGCAACAAGCUGAAGACGACGCGCCGUCCACCCUGAGUGUAAAGGAACAACUGGUAAGCACUAACGGCAAAUUUAAAGACUUGCCUACCAGACUCAGCGACAGACAAAAGGAACUGGAGAAAGCGCUUGAGGAUACAUUGCAGUUCAAUUCAUCACUGGCAGAAAUAGAACAGUGGCUGCCAGAAACUGUCGAAACUGUUGAAGCCCUUGAACCUGUAAGUUCAGAACCGGAAAAUCUCAAGGAGCAAAUCAGAGAGACCGAAGCCCUGCAUGAUGGGGUGAAGAGAUAUUUGGUGCGCCUGUGCGUUGUGGAAGAGACAGGUCAGCGGCUGAUCGAGGACAGUAUGCAGAAUCCUGACGCUGUAGCAGACAUUCAAAACAACAUGGAGAAAGCUCGCCAACCACUCGAUAAACUCAGUGCAAAGUUGGAACAGAGAAGUCUUCGAUUGCAUGACGCCAUGAUGCAAUCUCAAGAAUUCCAAGAAGUGUACGACGAUUUCAUUGCUCGUUUAGGGACUCUCGACGACAUCCUUCAAAGCCAAGAGCCGAUUUCUCCGGAUUAUCCAACAACAAGACGCCAAAAGGACGAAACAGAAGAGUUCAGUGAAAACAUCGCUCAGAUGCAGCCAGUUUUAGAUAAACUUUUAGCUGUAGGGGAUAAGGUUUUGGAGACAUCGGAUCCUGGAAAAGACCGAGACGCUGUACGAAAGAAGUUGGACGAUCUUAAAGAGAAAUGGAAGGAUGCUAAAAGAAAGGCCUCGGAACGUGAGGAAAGUAUUUCUUCUGUGAUUCCCGAUGCGAAAUCGUUCCAUACUGGAGCACAAGCGUUUGACUCUUGGCUUUCCGAGACGGAAAGAAAACUUGCCGCCGUCAACACCGAAUCUGUGAGUCCAGAAGAACUGACUCAACAACAAAAAGUGUUCGAGGAUCUUAAAGAGGCUGUAGAGAGUCAUCAGCCGGACCACAAAUCAUUGAAUAACACCGCUGACUCACUCAUGGACAAAUGUAAAGAUAACAGCUAUUUUGUAGAGGUGCAAAUUAAGGACUUAAACAGACGCUGGGACGAACUUUUCAAGGACAUGGAGACAAAGGAAACUGACCUACAAACCGCCAAGGAUACUGUGGAUAAAUACCGAGAUGCCUUGGGAGCUGUUGAAGAAGUUGUACAGAAGGCUGAAACAUCGCUUGAAUGCCAAACACCGACCGAUCUCGACGUCAGUAAGAGCAGGGAAGAACUUGCAAAAGUUCAACAAGUCGUGGAUGAUUUGGAACAAUGUGAACCUCGUCACAAAGAGAUGCAAGAACUUGGAGAGAAGUUACUUCAAGGAAUGAAUCCCGAUUCCGUCGAUGCCGUGAUGUUGAAGCAGCAGUUAGGUAAAGUUGGAGAUUCAUACACAACUGCUCUGGCACGAGGCAGAGAACGCAAAACACAGCUUGAGAAAAUCAUCGUGUAUAUAAUAGAGUUUACGGAAAAAUACGAAGUUUUGAUAACUUGGACUGAGGAGAUAACCAUCGUGAUCGAGACCUUCCAUGUUACAAGAACUAAUCCGAGUGCUGUGAAGAGCCAGUUGGAUGAAAUUGAGAAAAUUCAGGAAAACAUUGUGAAGCAAAAAUACGUCCUCGAGUCCGCGGAUGAUGCUGGGCAGCGGUUGGUGGAAUGCUGUGAAAAUGAACCGGCAAUUGUAAUGGAGGUCAAUAGUAAAGUAUAUAAAGCAACAACCUCACUGGAUCUCCUCUCGGCCAAAGUUGAUGACCAACAAAAGAAACUGCAAGAGGCCGUUUUACAGUCGCAAGAAUUCCAAGAAACACUGGAUGAUUUUGCUGAGAAGCUGGCAAAGUUGGAAGAUGAUGUGGCCAAAAUGACACCUGUGUCUUCUCAGUAUGACGUGUUACGCGAGCAGAGCGAAGACAUUGAACACGCUGUUGCCGAUGUAAGACAACUUGAGCCUGUGUACGAAAGGAUUUCUAGCAACGGUGAGGACAUUUUUGCGAGUCUUGAGCCGGGAGAGGAGAAAGAUGAACUUAAGGAGAGAUUGGAUGAUCUUGCCUCUCGUUGGAAUGCGGUGAAGGGCAAGGUUGAUGAUCGGAAAUCAAAAAUUGAUGAAGUUGUAGUUGUAGCAAAAUGUUAUCAUGACUCACUGCAAUCGGUUCUUCCCUGGAUGAGUGACUCUGAAACCUGGGUCGAUUCCCUUGAGCCAGUUUCCUGCGACGAGAAGAGUAUCGCAAAAGAGAGGAAAACCUUGGCUACUUUGGUGCAGCAACUCGAGGAGCACAAGCCUGAAGUCGACGCUGUUAAUGAUUCUGCUCGCGAGCUGGGAGACCUGUGUGAUGAUAUACAGGUUGUCCAAGCUGAAUGCAAGGAUGCCAACAAGAGAUGGCAAGUGCUAACAGCGAAUCUGACAGUCCGACAACAACAUUUGGAGAGCGUGGCUACGUUGCUUGAACAACUGACCAAUCAGCUUCAGCCGAUUGAGGAGAAACUGGACGAAGCAGAAGCACUAGUUGAUGCGCCGCUGGCCAACCUCACCGACGCUGAAAAAGGAGAAGAAGAGCUCAGGAAAAUUGAGGUAAUGAAGUUUGCUUGGUAAAACAUUCAUGGUAUCAAUCUGUAAGACGUGUUCUGAAAUCUCACUGAAUCCUGUUAUAAUAAUCAAUUGGGUCUCGUGAAUUUGCCGAAUAUUCAGAAAUUUGCGCUCUGAGGGUUGUGAUAUCAAACUUAUUUUAUUCAGUCCCAGAAUGUUUAAUGGACUGAUAAGUUUAUUUCUUACUUUGACUGCUAUUCACUAGAUCUUAUCAGUUAUUUUUCCUUCUACCCCUUACACAUUCCCAUGUAACCCCUUCUAUCUAAGUUUGUAUUCUCUUUUCACCUGACGAAUUUCGCGGCUGGGAGUUUGACUGUCAAAAGGGAGCUAUGGAACAAAUAUCGCAAGAACGUUUGCCUACUCGCCAUGCACCAUGGGAAGGAUCAAUAAAGAACUUUCUACUCGAAAAUAUAUUUUUCCGUUUGUAAAGAGCAAAUAAGGUUUUGUAGAACUGAUUCCUUCCUCGGCCUUUUGUCAAGUGAGACAGAAAACAGAGAAAGCGUCUGCUCUCUAAAACUUUGUUCUUUGAUCUUUAGGCUUUGCUUUCAGUCCUUGAAGAACAGGAGCCUGAACUGAAUGAAGUGAAUGACAACCUGUCACUUCUGAUGCAGCAAGUUGACGAGAAGACGCCUCACGCAGCCCAAGUUAAGGCUGAAGUGUCACAGGCAGACCAGAAACAGAAAGAGCUCAUCGAAAAGCUGAACGCCCGCAAAAUCAACGUUGAGGAGGACGUGAAACACGCGCGCGUCUUCCAGGGAUCACUCGCCGACGUAGAAGCCUGGUUACCUGAAGCUGAAGAGCGUGUUUCUGCUCAACAACCAAUCAGCACAGAUCCUGAGACGGUUAGAAAACAGCUCGAGGAAGCACAGGUUGGUUGGAGUAUUUUUCAGGGGGGAGGUCAGUAGGAGUAGACUUAGUAUCCAUUUGUUGCUAAGAUAUGAAGUGCCGCUACAGACAGUUGGAACUAGACCCCACUGACUCUUUUCACGAGAUAAGAUGAGAUAAGUUACAAAUUAUUCGCUCUUUAAUAAUCGGCAGCAUUUAUUGUCAAUGUACUCUUACUCAUGGGUACCUAGACUUGUAGGUGGUGUGCUAAAAAUAUAUUUUCACUCUUGAAGUCUUAGUGCGUUCAAAUUCAGCCUCUCUCCGUAAAAAAAUGAAAAUGAAAUCAAACUUAUUUUUUCAUUUUUGUUGAAAGUGAUAAGCCAUGAGCUUUUUACUCAGACACUCCGUAGGAGGCCCGAUUUUAGAUAAAAUCAGUUACAAAUAGCCAUCAAGGCUAUAAAGCGCACGCUUGAGUCCAAGUUUCUCACACGUAGUCUAUGAACUAGCAUAAAAACACGCGAAAACACGGUAUGGAAAAAUAAAAUUUUUCACAUGCCUUUCAUAUGGCAAGUUUCACUUACAUGUGCAUUUAGCACGUGAAUUAAGUGUGAAAAACAUAUGACUGCUCCUCGAUUUUAGCAUCACGAUUAUUAAGUUGUUUGUUAAAAAUCUUCGGGGUCCUCCUGUCAUGCAAAUUACGAACAUCGUUAAUGAGUCAUUUCACCAUGUAAUUAGAUUCUCGUAAGUUGUCUGAACUUCUUCUCGAUCUUUAUCACACAAGAAUGCUUGCAUAAAUAUUCUAGAUCAGUCACGGCGUUUCGCACCAGAGAUUAAUAUUCACAGCACACGUGGUGUUACGAAACUUCGGUGCGGUCUUAUUUUCACGACACACCGGAUUAAUGAUCCUCGAUGUAGGCUUGACAUCAUUAACAUGAGCUCCUCUGAGACUUAAGUUUCUUUGGCACCGGUGGGAAUUAAAUACUGUGACAGGUAUUUCAUUGUUUUGUUCAUCGGACAUCAAAAGACGUCGAGGGACUGCAUCGCAUCAAUAAUUUAAACCACCAACAAUUUGUGGGGCUGUUGUGCUUCAACCGAAACGAAAUUCGUGCCAAACAGAUGCAUAACGAUCUCGUCGAACGCUUUAACGCACAAGGAUUAAAUAUGAAGGAAAGCGGUUUAAGACAGCAGCGAUCCAACGGAAGAGGAUCUAGCAGGGUUUGUGGAGAAGUUCUAGUUCUUCCUUCGAAUUUUGUCCCUGGUCUUGGAUCAAUACGCGAAGACUUCAUUCUGGUAAUUAUGAAUUGAUCGAUUCGUUCAGGUUGUCGAUCGAACCUUUCUAUUCGUCAAUCGCCUUUUUCUUUACCGUUCUGCUGAGUUUAUCCCAGCGAGUCGACAGAUCAUUUGACACAGUGGUUGCUAUAAAUAUUUUAGGUUCACGUGUCGGAAUGUGAUUAGUAAAAUCGCGCCAAGCGAACUGUAUUCAUCUGUGAAGCUUUUUCAGUUCCCGCCAUAAGCACUUCGAAGUGUCAAGAAACAAUUUUGCGGCGCUGCGAUCUUUCGCGUACAUUUCUUAGCUCAUAACGCCAUACUGCACCUUGCGUGUUUUGCUUCGGUGUCUGGCGUUACUUUUUCGUCAAUUUGAAUUUUGCACACCGUCACAUUUAUCGUUCUUGUUAAAUAGACAUUGGUCCCACUGCGUUUACAUUAUAAUACCUGUGUUGAUGAUCUCAAAACAUGCCCUAUUUGUGUUUAUGCCACGGUCGAGUAAUGUUUCGUUGUUGAAAUUUAGAGAAUAAACUGAUCCGGAAGUCACCGUUCAUAUUCCGAUUAAUUCCGGAAACAGCCUUGAGACCUUCAUUACGUAAGAAGACAUGAAACGUGAGCAGAAAAUAUAUAUCGGCUUCCUGUUUUUAUCCCGCAUUUCAUGACGUUUCAAUAUAUCACACUUGCCGUCUUAGGGCCAUUUUCGAUUAACAAAAUGAUCUCAGAGAAUGGGUUAAGGUUUUUGUUUGUUUUACUUCUCUCUUAAUUGAUUUGUUUUCAACUCAGUGACCAAUCUCGUGAUCGGAUCCGAGUUUGGUAUAAACACAUCACGAAUUUGUGUCAUCAAGAGGUCAGAUAUCAAAUGUAAACAGUGCUUUACCUUUGCAGUUGGCAAAUGGCUUAGUGACUGAUCCAUCUAGUUGGUUACUUCUAUUUGUUAAGUUUGGACACAAUUGUCCGAGUUUCCUAAUAAGAGAUAACUGCCUGAGACGUGAGAAGUGAGCAGACAAUUUUUAUCGUCUUCAUGGCGUGACCUUAAAAAACUGGCAAAUGGCGAAGCGACUGACUAAUCUGGUUACUGCUAUUUGUCGCGUUAGUGUUAAAUCCAGUGCGCUUCUUGGAAUAAUAUAGCCCAAAAUACACUCUGUUACAUGUUUCAGCCUGACACCUGACACCCGACAGACGGACACCCCCCCUUUCCUUCUUCUCCCCCCGCCCAUGGUAUUUGUGCAAAUUAAAGAUAAUACCAAAUGACAAAAACUAACUAACACUUAAAAAUGUGAACUGGUCCUAUGAGCAUAAAACGUAAAUUGGCCGCCGUAAAGAGUUAAAAGGCUGACGUUUCAAGCGUUAGCCCUUCGUCAGAGCUUACGAAGGGCCAACGCUCGAAACGACAGCCUUUGAACUCUUUACGGCGACCAAUUUACGUUUUCAAGUCGGUUGAUAACACUAAAUUAUCCUGUUAUACUCUCCCACUGACGCAGCACCACAGUUUCUUUGGAAACUUACUCCCCUUAUUCCUAUGAGUAUAGCUGCCGGGGUUUUAAACUUGUUUCUUUCUUGGUUUAGAUUCUUAAAGACGACAUCGCUAAACACAGAGCACUCUUCCAAACAGCAGAGAACACUGGACAGAAACUGAUCGAACGGAGCCAAGAGGAUCCAGCAGUGGUCGCCGACGUUUAUAGUAAACUUUACAAGGUGCGCACUGCAUUGGACAAGCUGUCGGCUCGAGCUGAUCAGCGCCUUGGUCGGCUGCAACAUGUUCUACUGCAAAGUCAGGAGUUUUACGUUUCUUUCGCCGAGUUCUUGGAGAAACUGGGUCGAGUUGAAGAACAGAUUGCUCUCCAGGCCCCCGUGUCGGGAGUGUACAGCACGGUUAAAGAACAGAACCAACAACAAAAGGUGAGCUAAGGAGCUGUGUCACUUUUCCUCAAUAUUCAGAGCCUUCUUCCUGAUACUCCAUGCUUAAACCCAUUAGCAAGAUUUAAAACGAAAAAUUGUCGGCUGUAGGCAUUAGAAAAGAAAAAACUUCUCAUGUCUGGAAAAUCUUUGUGAAGCACAAUUUUCCCCCUCAAUUUCUCUGGUAGAGAAUCCUUCUCAAGUCUAUUUCAGCAGUACAUCAGCAUAUUUCGUCCUUCACAGUUGAUCCUUUACAAGUCUCCUCGUUCGAUGGGCUUGCAAGUCAGAAAAUCGGCUAGCCAGUUUUUGUUUUUAUUUUUUUUCCUUCUACGCUAAGGUAAAAUUUUUGGGGAAAGUGUGCUGAUGUAGAUGCUCCUAUUAAGAGGAGCUGUAAUCGCACCUACCAAGUAGGUUUGUAUAUCCCCAUUACCUUAUUGCUCUUUUUAAAACGACUGAGAUAUUACGAGCCUCCUGACUGGUCAAGUAAAACAUUUCUCAUGUUCGUCCAACUUCCCAAGUGGAUUAUUACACCAAUAAACAGAUAGAAAUUGUGGUCUAUUCUUUAAAUAGCGUAACGAUAUUUUAAGCCGAAGUGGUUGCGUGUUAGUCACUGCUGAGAGUCAAAAGUUCGAUUGAAUAAUAUGUUGCUCAUUUUGACGUGAUUUCGUAGACCGUCAAUGACACCAUUCAACAACAAGAGCCGCUGUUUGAGCAGCUUGUGCGGGCUGGAAAAAACAUUCUGGAAACAUCUGAGCCUGGACCAGACCGGGACGCUUUGGAGGAUAAAUUGAAUGAUCUGACACAGCGAUGGGAUUCAGUCAAAAGACAAACUUCUGACCGGCAACAACAGCUUGAUCAAGUGCUGCCUCUUUCAAAGGAGUUUCACGGUGAGAUUCAGGACUUAAAACCAUGGCUGAGCGAUGCUGAAAAACGACUUCAAGCCAUUGAUCCAGAUGCCUGUGAUGAGAGAUCAAUCGACAAACAACUGCAGGCGCUAACUGAUUUGAACAAGGAGAUUGCUGAACAUCAACCAAUUGUCGAGACCAUGGAAGAUACUUCUUCAUCUUUAUCUAACAGUUGUAGUGCGGAUAAGUUCGUGAUUGAGGGAGAGGAACAAGAUGUCCGAAAACGCUAUGAAAAUCUGUCUUCUGAGGUGCCCAGAAUAGAAGACAAUUUGACAAAAUUGAAGGUAGCGUUAAUCCAGUACAACCAGGCUUUAACACCCGUCGAAGAACUCUUGGAACGCACAGAAAAGUCGAUCGCGUCGCGCGAAUCCACUGGUAUAGAUGUGGACAAAGGUAAAGACCAACUUAAGGCUGUAGAGGAUCUUUUAUCGGCCCUUCGAGCGCACGAACCUGGCGUCAACGAUUUGAAGGAGGCGGGAGACAAAUUGACAUCAGCUAUGGAUCCCAAAUCUUCCGAAGUCCUACGUGUUAACCAUGAAGUGGAAGCAGUUAGUCGGAGAUACAAGGACCUACUGGAGAGUUUAAGCAAUGAAAAAGAACAACUCGAGAAAGAAACCGAGAAGGCCUUGAAGUUUCAGGAUGCUUUGCGCAACCUGGAGGAGUGGUUACCCAGGGUGGAGGAAGCCGUUGGAGCUCAGGAACCAAUUAGUAGCGACCCGGAAGUUGUGAAGCAACAGCUUCAACAGGCGGAGGUCGGUGUUGUUUUGCUUGUAAUGUUGUGUGAUCCGUCUGAAAGAUACGUUGUACAUUCCUAAUGCAUUUUAGGUAGCUCAGAGAGAUUUUUUUUCCAUCUAGAUGUUAAUUUUUGUUCUCGUCAGUUUUGUAGUGAGGAGAUCUGACUAAUCCCUUGUCGGGUUAACCUAGCUACCCACUAAUCCAUCACCUUCUCUUUCGCAGGCCUUAAGGGACGACAUAGCGAAAAACAAAGCUCUUCUGGACGCACUGGAAGACACAGGGAAGGAAAUUAUUGCAGACAGCAACGACGAUCCCCAAGUGGUUCGCGAUGUUCGGGGUGAACUGAACAAAAUCGUUUCUCCUGUUGACUUGAUUCUUCGAAAACUCGCUGAACGUCAAGUCAAACUACAGAAUGCUUUGCUUCGAUCUCAGGAAUUCCAGGUAUUUAGUUAAACACUUGCAUAUUAAAAGAAAGGAAUAUUUGAGCCUACAGAUUGGCAGUCCUAAUUUCGCAAAGCGGUGUGCCGUCAGUUAAAUUAGUGAAUCGUCCACUUCUAAGCUUUCAUGUCGUUAAGGUAGAAUUGUGCCUUUGUGAUCUGGAAGGCGUUGAUUAUAUUUAAGAGGAAAUGAGAGGGUUGUCACUUACUACCCAAGUUAUUUUUUUGGGGAGUUUAUUUUUCUUUCCAAUUUUCUUGCACUAUAGGUGUCUUUCGAUGAAUUCAUGGCUAAACUGGACACAUUUGAAGACGAACUAGCGAAGCAAGACCCGAUUUCUGCUCUUCACGAAACUGUUCAAGUUCAGCGGCAAGAAAAUGAAGCCUUACAAAAAGAAUUGGCACUUCAAGAUCCUGUGUUUGAAAAACUUGUUCAAAACGGACAAGGUGUGGUGGACGCGCUGGAAGAUGCGCCGGAGAGGGAAGUUAUGGAGAAAAAGAUGGAGGAACUGAAGUCGAGAUGGCAGAGUCUGAAAGGAAAAGUCGAUGAACGUCAAAACAAACUGGUUAAAGUCGAACCAGAGGCACAGAAAUUCCGUCAGGAUGCAGACUCCUUGGCUGUGCUGCUAGUAGAUGCAGAAAAACAGGUUGAUGAGUUUGAACCGCUUACUGUAGACAUAGACAACAUUGCUAAACAAAAAGAACUUGUGAAGCAGAUUCAGGGAAUGGCAGACAAACUUAAGUCAGAUGUGCAAGAGGUUGGAGGAAGCGCUGAAGAACUCAAGGAACAGGCUGAGAAAGAUGUCCCUGUUCUUGAAGCUGAGGUGGAAGACUACGUUUCGCGCAUCGAGAAGUUAUCAGCAUCCGUCGGCGAGAAAGACGACCAGCUGUCAGCGAUGGAAGCGGCGUCACAUGACUAUCAUGUCACAGUUAAGAAAGUGGAGGACGUGUUCUGCGAGGCAUGUGACGUCGUCGAUGCACCAGUGGUGUGUGGAACGAACACGGAGUCAGCUGCACAACAGCUUGCCAAGAUCAAGGUAAACUGUUCAGUUUUAAAAGGCCGAGUAACGGUAUUGUGCUAGUCGCAAUAUGCAAAUGUUUUGACCGCGUUUUGUCACCAAAACUGAACUUACCUUCAUGCUUAAUGUGAAUCUAUCUGUGUGUUUCUUGCAAAAAAAAUAUUCGGGUAAUUAUAACUGCUGUUGAGAGCGAUUUUGGAGCUUUUACCCGUAAUGAAAAGUUUUUUUUCAUUUAGUAUAAGUGCACAGGAAUUUUUACAUUUACGUUCGUGAAUUUUUUACUUCCUCCAGGAACUAAGUUCAGUUCUUGAUGACCACGCCCCAGAGGUACAAAAUGUCGGUCACAAGGGCAAAACUCUUCUCCAACAAGUUCAUGACUCAUCACCAGAUCACGCAGUCGUUACCAGUAAAGUGGCACAUGUAUCCCAAAAGUUUGGAGAAUUACAGCAGAAGCUCAAGGCUCAGGAAGAGGCUCUUACCAGCAAGAUCAGAGAUACAGACAACUUCAAUGCUAAGGUGGAAGAACUGGACGGGUGCAUACAAGACACUCGUGAGAAGCUCGCGGCAGUUGGACCUGUCAGCACUGACCCUACUGCUGUAGAAAAACAGCUGGAGCUUGUACAGGUGAGUAGUAAACUCGAUAGAGUGUUAUCAAAACUCAUAGUACUUUGAUAAAUCGUGAUAAGGUAACUGUAACACUUUGAAGAACUCUUACCCUCCCAAGAUCCAAUUAUUAACUCUCCUAAAGGACUUCAAUGCAUUUGCUUGUAAAGAAGACAGAAGGAUUUGAUGUUUUAUCUACAUAACACCUUCAAGCUGAUAAGCUCGUCUGUUCUCAUAAGCUGUUAGCAAGUUCGGCUCAGUGCUGUUCAAUUGACUCAUCGCACUCUAGGUUACUGUCUACAGAGAUUGUACUUCUAAUCACGUUUCUAUUAAUUCUCAAUGUCAUACGAAAAUUUUAUGAUGAUAGUUUCCUAUGAGAUUUUACAUUAAUGUAAAACUCAGAGAGCCGUGCCAGUGAGGGGCUGGAAAGUUUUUAUUUAAGGACCGAUUCACGUUGACUCGUCCAGUCCUCCACACAUUCAGCUUUUAUUUCUAUAGGAUUGUGAGAGCGGGGUUGCACGGGUCAUAGGAUAAAUACGUUAUGAUCUCAAGGGAGGUCUUUCCCUUAUUAAUCUUGACAAAAUACAACUAUUUUGUCUAUUUUCUUAAAGCACGAUGACAGCAAAUUUAAUGGGCUGUUGUGCUUUUAAGUUUGUGAGUUGUUCUUUAACUUGUACUGUUUAUCGUUUUUCAGGACUUGAAAGCGAAACUGGAGGCGAAGAAACCAACUCUUGAAGAUGCCAAGGGUUUAUGUGAGAAGUUGACUGAUCAGAACAAAGACGAACCGCUUAUCGUAGCAGCCAUUAAAGACAAACUUGACAAAGUCGAGUCGCCAUUUGAAGACCUCAAGGCAAAACUCGCUGACCUUGAGGGAAGACUACAGGCAGCACAGAUACGCUCACAGGAAUUCAACGUGUCUUUCAGUGUGUUUACAGACAAGCUGCAAGACUUAGAAGAACUUUCCACCAACCUGAAGCCUGUGUCCGCCAUAUACGACAGGCUCAAAGAACAGAAGAACGAUGAUGAGGUAUAAAGUGGUUUUUGUUUCCGACCAGCCUUUCUCAAACAAAAGUCUUGCCAACAUUUGUCAAAGAUAAUCGGUUCUUAAAAACUUUGUAAUACCGUACCACUGUGAUAUUUUUCCCUGAGAGGAUUUUAUACCAGAAAAGGUAUACAGGUGAGGCUCCGUUUACUUCAGAGCGACUCGAAGUUCUACUUCAGUGUUUAAAUUGUGACACAAAGAUCCCAUCUUAUCCGAAAUUCUAUUCAUGAGAAAAAUACCACUCCGCGCUCCAAAUUUGUGAUCUACUGGAUGUAAGAACGGUAUAAUUUCCCAAAAAGAGGUGACCUAUUAAAGAGUGAAUGAAAUACUAACUGUAAGUUGUUUAUCACAGGAACUGCAAGAAAAGAUCAAACAACAAGAACCUGUUUUUGAACAGCUCUUGAGCAAUGGCAAAAAUCUCCUUGAAAGCGCAGAACCUGGGGCUGAGAAAGACGAACUCGAGGCGAAAAUCGCUGACACAGAGAGGCGCUGGAAUGAAAUCAAACAAAUUGCGUCUGAACACUCAGCUCGUGUUGAUGCAGCUCUCCCCGAAGCGGAGACAUACCACGAGAGCGCCGGCAGUCUUGGGCCGUGGUUGGCGGAUACGGAGAGAAAAUUGACAUCCUUAGAACCUAUUGUAGCCAAUCAAGACGUUGUGGAGAAACUCAAUAAUGAAGUAGCGUUGCUUCGUGAAGAUAUUGACAAACACAGACCAGAGAGAGACUCAGUAAGUGAGAAAUCGAGAGCUGUUGUAGAAUUGACUGAUGCCGAUGGAGACGUUAUAAGGAACGAAGCUCAAGAGAGUGUAGAUCGAUAUGACGCAUUGGAUACAGCUCUGGCUGCCAAAGAGAAAGAUCUACAGGACGUGAAGCAGAUGUUGGACAAGUAUCACGGUCUGGUGCAGCCUGUACAGGAUACACUGGAAACUGUCGGCGCAGAGCUUGCCUCACAAGGACCAGUUAGUGCUGACGUGAAAAAGAACGAGGAAGAUCUUGCAAAGACUAAGGCAAGUAUUGUGUAUCACUCGACUAAAAGUUUUUUUCUUUAGAGGAGGAAAAGGAGUUUUGUCGCUAGUAAAGCGUAAUCAUCUUAGACAUCUCAUCUCGAAUGGUACACCGGUUGCAGGUGACGUCGCCCCAUUGAAGUUUCGCAAAUCUGUUUUGAAUUUUGCUUGUUACAGUACUUACAAAAAGGAGAAAGAGUUUAAAAGCGCCGUUUUGAUCACUUGACACAUUUACUUUACUUACAGGUAGUAAACUUUUGUGUUCGGCUGUACAUCGUGUUGAGUUCAGUGUUUCGUUCGUUGCAAAUUUUCUUCUAUCUGGUGUUUCAUCGUUUUUCCUUUCCCUGCCAAACAGGCGUUAAUUCGUCAACUGAACGAUAUGAAAGACAACCUCGACAGUGCAGAGACAAGUGGCAAGGAAACAGCUGCGGCUAUUACAGCCUUGGACGGCGAUCCCGCUCUUGUCCAAGAGGAACUCAAAGCGGUUAAUGCCAACUACGAUUCUCUAAUGGAUCAACUGAAGGGCAAACAGUCGCAGCUGGAGCAGGCGAUAGGUCAAGGUCUGGAGCUACAAGACAAACUGGAUGAAAUUGAAGCCUGGACUGCAGACAGUGCUGAGAAGGCAGAAGCCUGGGAACCAAUCAGUACAGAUGCCGUCACAGCCAAGAAACAGUUGGAGGAGUUACAGGUAUGAUUACUCCUUGAAGGAUGAACAUUAAUUUAACGCACAUCACGCUUUAAUUCUCUGAUCUGAUUUGUAAUUCUCACUUGUAGUUGCCACACAUGUCCUUGUAAAUAAGGGUAUGAGAACUCAGUGCUACAAUCAGGAUACCACUUUCCGACAAAAUAGGUUCUUUAAUCUCUUGAUGACUGCAUAAUUUGGUUAAAUUUUGAGGAGAAGUUAAGAAUUAGUUACUUAUUGAAAGUUCAAGGUUUCAAGAAGGAAGGGAUUCAGUUCCCUGAGAAAAUCUGGAUUUUGGUUGAACUUAAAGUUAAUUAGUUAAGGGAAAUUAAACUUUUGCAUGAAAUUUAAAAGGAUCAAAAUCUUCCAUUGAUUUACAAGGAUUCUAAUUUUUACAAUUGCAACACACAUGAAAUAUAAUAAGCAAACCAUGAAUGCAACUAUUCAAUGGUUAUUUAGCGUUUAUUGGUGUUUGGUGGACGACAUGAAGCAUUUAGUCGCUUGAGUUAAGUUUCUUUUGAACUUAAUACAUGAAGUUCGCUGUCGAAAGGCGGGAAAUGAGACUGAUUGCUUGUGGUUGCCAAAGCCCCCUUAAGCUUUUGAUAACUUCCUUGAGAAGUCAGACAUGUUCUUUACUCGUAAUGUAGAAAAUAAUUUUCCUAAAAUUUUGGCAGGGUUAAAUCUAAAGCUUUACUUUCGAUUGCAGGCGAUGAAGGAUGAUCUCGAAAAACAUCACGCUAGUCUAAAAGACUCCCAAGCUUUAGCAGAGAAGCUGCUGUCCGACAGCGAAGAUCCGAUCGCUGCAGCUGAACUUGAGAGCCGUCUGUCCAGAGCUGAUCUCGAGUUGAAAAAACUCUUAGAUAAGAUCGAAGCGCGGGAAAAUCAGCUUCAAGCAGCCCUUGCGCAGUGUGAUCAGUUCGAGGCUGAUUCAGAUGAUUUCUUACGCUGGCUUACCAAGACGGAGAGAACUUUCGCCAAGCUCAGGCCUAUUUCAGCUGAUGCAGGGACAGUUCGAGAACAAAAAGAUAGCUUCCAGGUUGGUAUGAGUAUCAUCCGAAGCUCUUCACAGUAGCCCUUAAAGAGACUUAAAAAAAGUAAUUACAAUCCUUUAGUGUUUUCUCAGGCAAGUCUAUCCUUAAUUUGCUCAAAAAGAAAAAAACUCAUUGACGGUAGCAAAUUCCAGGCUCGGCAGAAAAACAAUCAAUAUAUACGCUGCCACAGAAAACAUCAUAAGCUAGGAAUGAUUUUUUGGAGCAAUAGUAUCUGCGCAACUGCGCACCUGCCCCUCCCUUAACCCAGCGUUUACCAUAACUUGUUAUCAGCGGAAUGUUGUUGGGCUAGGGGAGGGGUAGGUGCGUAGUUGCGCAGAUGCUGACGUUGAUCCUAUGUUUCGAGUUUGUAUAAUGGUUUGAAUAAGACGAAUCCACUCCCUACGAACCUGUGAUAAAUAGAGAAUAAAGUGAAGUUUUCCCAUGUUACGUACUUGCUCUAAAAGUGAUAGAGCUUUUCCAGCUAAUUUGUUUGAAACUUUUCAGCCCAUCCACCAGGAGAUAAGAGAAAAAGAACCAACUUAUGCGGCCCUGAUGGCAGCUGGUGAACAAUUGAAGGAAACAAGUCAGCUACCCGCUGACCAAGAAAACCUACAGGAAAAACUUGAUAAUAUGAGACAGCGAUGGACUGAGCUAAAUACGACGUCUGAUGACCGAACCAACAAUUUAGAAAAAGCGGUAGAACUGACUACCGAGUACCAGGAGCAGCGCGGCCACUUUGCCCCAUGGCUAGAUUCAGCAGAAAGAAGAGCGGACGCUAUUCACUUGACUUGUGAUUCAGAAGCUCUGGAGACAAACAAGCAACAUGUCGAG